AUGGGGAAAAGAGUUUGGAUGAACAAACGAAAGGGCACAAACACUGGCAAACACUGCCAAAACCAACGACUAGGAGUACACCCCGAAUUACCCCUUCCCCCCCACCAUAACACUGACUCCAGGUUAGGAUAUCAACCAAACGACCAUAGGUACUACUCACGCACCUCUCCCCCUCCCUACCCCCCCCCCCUCGCCACUAUCGGCUCCCCUCCCAGGUUCUUGACCCCCAACCAGGUUCAUACCACCCAGAAUCUUGAGAAGACGGGAGAAGACAUAAGACAACUAGGCUCUCCCGCGCCAUUGACGACUCAUUGUGAAGAUGACGAUGAAAUGAAUGUUCAACACGUAAUUGUAUUAUGCUGUCUCAUAACCAUUAAGGUAACAACGAACAAUGUUCAACAUGUAUCUGUAUUAUGAUGUCCCGUAGCCAUAAAUGUCACAAUGAAACAAAUAUCCAACGCAUACUUGUAAUUUGAUGUUCCAUAACCAGUAAUGCCACGAUGAAUGUGACACUUGUCUGACUAACCCACCUAUCUUCUCUUCUGUACCCUGAACCACUCGAACUAAAACAAUAAAACAUAGUUUUGUUUUUUUUGUUGGUUUUUUUUUUUUGUUGGUUUUUUUUUUCAAAUUUGUCUCCUAACUUUUUUAGCUGACUCUGGCAGUAGGUCUCCCCCCUCAUUAUCUUUAUGGCCACCACCCAGGGGUGGGGGCGGGGCAGUAGCCCCCCCCAUUAUCAUUAUGACCCCCACCCACCGCGCAGAGGUGGGGGCCGGGGGGGGACCUUAGGUCUCCCCCCUUAUUUUACUUUAGGGCCCCCACCCGUUGUUUAGGGGUGGGGGCCAAUAGUUUUUGGGGGUUUUUCACAGUGAGCAGCCACAGGCUGGGAAUUAGGGAGUUAUCUACUAAGCGGCUGCAAGAUGCAGCCACAGCAAGAAUAGGAUCAGAGUUUCAUUCAUUCGAAUAAAGUUGCGAUCCUAAUAAAAUGCCGAAUUGUGUUCUAAAACAAACGAACAUAGUGUUCUCAUUCAGUUAGAACGCAAUUCGGCAGUUUAGUGUAAAGUGACAGGAAGCAUCGCGGGAACACAGAGGAAAGGUAAGGAUCAUGGGAAAAUUGCUCUGACCAGUGGAAAUGAAGCAUACUUUGCUCCUCCGCUGGUCAGAGCUGGUCAAGCGGAGGAAUCCUCCAUAAGGCAAAGAGUCUCUACUUUGUCUUAUGAUUUUAAAGAAAACUAAAGAAGACAGGAAGAACAGAUCCCGAGAGAGGGGGAGAAGAGGAAGAGAUUGAGGAAAGGUAAGUUUGGCAUGACAGUGCCACUUUAAAUUUGCUUGUGCCGUCGCAAGUUGUCAUGUGUAGGUGGAGUUCCCUCAUCCAUUUUCGUUGGUAUAGGGGUCUGGGUGCGUCUCCAGUAUCCAUUUAGAGGAGACGGUAGAUGGCCGACAGGGGCCAUUUUGUUUUACUGCCCUGGGAGCAUAGGGAUUCGAAUGGCGUCUUUUCCCUUUUUCUCCAUAACGGGAGGACCGAUUGGGUCAAGAAAUGGGUUAACUGGGCUCUGGCCAUAUUAUCUAGUAGUGUUCCUCUGCUUCCUGGUUUUGGGAAGGUCUUUAUUUUAGGUGGGUCGUCUACUGAUAGGACUGCCGUUAGCUCUGGACAAGCUUCCCCGGUGACUCGAGUUAGAGUAGUGCUUCCAUGUCCGUUUUGGAAGUCUGGGUUGUUAGCUAGAGGGAAAACAGGGACAAACUGGGGGAUAGUCCCCAGUCCUCUCUAUGUCUCCUCCAUGUCCGGAGUGUGUUGUGGAUGAGGGGGUGUGCAUGUAUAGGUUUUAUGUAGUAAUUGUAACAUUGUGUAAUUUUAUGUCUUUUUGCAACCAUGUGGUUAACCCCUUAAGGACACAUGACGGAAAUAUUCCACCAUGAUUCCCUUUUAUUUCAAAAGUUGUGUCCUUAAGGGGUUAAUGGAGUCUUGCCUCUGUCCUGGGAGAUAAUUUGAUUACUUCCCAAUUAUCUCCAGGAUAGAGAGGAGGGAUUGUGAUGUCACUGUGGGAGCGUUUUGUUUGUAUUGUCUGUGAUUGGCUAAUAUCCAAUAUGUGUCCCAUUGUUCCAUCAGGUCCCCUAUGGGAGUUUCCACCCGGUGGACACUUGCAUAAAUACCAGGCAGGUAACUCUCAAUAAACCAGACCUACUUGCACCUUUCUUGAAGCCUUGGCUCAUGCUUGGGGGAAGGGAUACCUACACUCUGGGGAUUGCUAUAAUCACUUACUCCCUACGCUCUCUGGAUUUAUGAGAGGUUCACCCACUUCGAGCUGGAUCCUGGUAGUGGAUCCAGGGUGGGUGAGAGACAGCGAGACCCCGGCGCAGCUGCAUCGCUGGAAGUGGGGUCCGCAGUGCUGAUGGUGUCGGUUGGAGUGCUCAGAGUCCUUGGCAAGCGCUAGGAGCAUCGAUUGGCGGAGGUACUCGGUCGGAGUGCCAGCGGUCCGUCACACAGACAUUAGGCUGUUAGAGUAGGACCUGCCAAAGAUGGGGUACAUUGACGUUGUGGCAGGCUUAUGCAAUGUAUGAUCAUAUAAUGUAACUAAACCCCAAUUAUUUUUGCCUAGAUUAGGUGUUUGAAUUUUUUUUUUUUUUUCAAUCUGUCAACUUUGAAGUUGCUGUUUAGUGAGUGCGCUGGAUCUUAUGAAUUGCAUAAAUUGGCUCCCAGCAGCACCCCAUUUAUGCAUGUUCAGGUCAGUGCAGCCCCCUGGUUUUUUAUAUAUAUGUAUGUAUGUAUGUAUGUAUGUGUGUGUGUAUGUAUAUAUAUUCAAUGUGUAUAUUUAUCUACUAUAUUUACAUGAUUAAUGUUACUGAUUAUAAUUCAAGAGACCUGCCUGACAACCUAGGCAGAAAGUCUAUUGAAUUUAAUUUACAUGCACUAUAUUUAAAGGGACACUCCAGGCACCCAGACCACUUCUGCCCAUUGGAGUGGUCUGAGUGCCAACUCCCAUCACCCUUAAUCCUGUAAGUGUAAUUAUUGCAGUUUUUAUAAGACAGCCACUAGAGGGACUUCCGGGUUUUUAAAACCCGAAAAGUGUUUUAAGCGACGCUGGACUUCCUCACACGAUGCAUGAGGACCUUCAGCAUUGCCAGAAUUCCCAUAGAAAAACAUUGAAUGCAUGCGCAUUAGGUCUCCUCCGCCCGCUGACGUCGGCGGUUGAGUGUGGACGGAGCUUGACCCAGCGCCGAGGGACAUCAGCAUAGGAUUCAGGUAAGUCACUGAAGGGGUUUUAACCCCUUCAGCAACAUGGGAUGGGGCAUGGGAGGGAGAGAGACACUGCAGGAUUCUGCAGUGCCAGGAAAACGAAUAUGUUUUCCUGGCACUGGAGAGUCCCUUUAACCGUGUAACUUUCCAUAACACCAUAAAACCUGUACAUGUAGGGUACUGUUGUACUCACGAGGCUUCGCUGAAUGCAAAUACGAGUGUUUUAAAACACUUAAACUUGUAAUGAUGAUGAUGAUAUCAGUGAAAGUGCAUUUUUUGUGUGAAAAAUGCCCCCAAAAAUAUGAAAACUAACUUUGGCUGGUGUUUCUGACUAAGUGACUGGACUUACCCAAUUCUGAAUACCCUGGGUUGUCUACUUUUGUGAAUGGUAUGCCACUAGGGGGUAUUUCUCAUUCCUUUGCUGCCAUAGGGUCUCAAAGGCAACAGCUCAGCAAAACAAUCUGGCAAACUGAAAUGGGAAAGCCCUAUAUUUGUCUCUGUAACCAUAGGCGUGCGCAUGGGAUGUGCCGGGUGUGCCUGGGCACACCUUAAUCCCUGCGUCCCGCGCUAUGUGCCUCCAUGGGCCAGUGAGGGAGAUUAAAGAUCACACAGCACCCUUACACACACAUACUAACAGCACUCCCCCCACACACACUAACAGUGCCUUCACACACACACACCCAGCACCCUCACACACACACACACACACAGCAGGGAGGGAGGCAGGCAAGAGAGGACCCGGGGAGCUCUAGCCAGCAGCUCCACCAGGUUCCUCUAGCAAGGUCGGAGCGUUGCCACGGCUAGAGUUAACUCACCACUGGACCACCAGGGAUGGCAGCAGCACGGUCCCCCCUCCCUACAAAAGGUUAGAAGGGAGGGGGGCUAUUUCCUAAACGGUCUCCUCCCCACAGUCCCUCCAAACACACACAAACAGCACCCUUACACACAUCACCCUUACACAUACACACACACACACUAACAGCACCCUCACCUACACACUAACAGCACCCAAACACAUGCAGCACCCUUACACACACAGAACCUGUUGUUACGCUACUUGGGUGAUUUGGCUUGGAACUCAACUGCAGCUUGUAAACUCCCUAAUUACAAUAGUGAAGAAACGGAGAAUCCUUAAAGUAUCAAUACUGUAGCUUUAAGAAAAGAGAGAAUUGCUGGUAACUUGAUUCAAACAAAGUUUUAAUAAGUGUUAAACUUAUUCAAUGAGUGUAUUUGCAAAGCAAGAAACAGUUCAUAGUGAAUAAACAUGAUGGGAGUUGUCCUCCAUAUAAUUAGUAGCUUGUAGCAAUGAAGAUUUGAGUAAGCAAACAUUAGUUCAUUAAUAAAUGAUAUUGUAGACAAAUAGCUGAAAGUGUCCGUUUUCCAGUAAUCCUUUAUAGCAUGCAGCAAUCCUUGCAUUGGCUCAAAGGCUGGAACGGCCUGUCUGAGCUUGUGAAAGUAGCUCCCAGUAGCUGAGCCUGUGGAGCCCGCGGUCUCGCGGAGGCAGCUCACACAUUAGCUCACACACAAUCACCAAGCACCCUCUCUCUAGCCCAGUUUCCCUAAAUACCUUCAGAGCUGUGUCAGAGGGGGCGGGGUCCGGCUCCUCACAGCUGAGUGCCGAACCCGGAAGUGUUUCUACAUGACACCCGUACACACAUAGCACACUUACACACACAGCACCCUUACAGAUACAUACACACAGCACACCCACACACGCAGUACCCUUACACACACAGCACACGCACACUAACUGCACCCUCACACACACACAGCACCCCACAGUCCCUCCAAACAAAUACACACAAACAGCACCCUCACACACACAGCACCCUCAAACACUGCACCCAUACAGACACACACACACAGCACCCUCACAGAUGCACACACACAGCACCCUUACACAUGCACACACACAGAACUCGCGCACACACACACUAACAGCACCCUUACACACACAGCUCCCCUACACACACACUAACCGCAUCCCCCACACACACUAACAGCAUCCCACACACACAGCACCCUUGCACAUUCACACAUUAAUAGCACCCUCACACUAACAGCACCCUCACGCAUACAGCACCCUCACACACACUAAGAACACCCCCACACACAGCACCCUUACACAUACACACACACAACACAUACACACAGAGCACAUACACACACACUAACAGCACCCUCACACACACAGCACCCUUAAACACACACAGCAGGGAGGGAGGCAGGAGAGGACCCGGGGAGCUCUAGACAGCAGCUCCGCCGGGUUCCUUUCGCAAGGUCAGAGUGUUGCCGCUGCCACUGGACCACCAGGGAUGGCAGCAGCAUGGUCCCCCCUUCCCUACAAAAGGUAAGAAGGGAGGGGGGCAAUUUCCUAAAUGGUCCCCCCGCCCACAGUCCCUCCAAACAAAUACACACAAACAGCACCCUCAUACACACAGCACCCUUACACAUACACACACACACAAACACCACUCUCACAUACAGCACCCAGAAACAUACAGCACCCUCACACACAGCACACAUACAGCACCCUUACACACAGCACCCUUACACAUACACACACACUAACAGCACCCUCUCUCUCGCACACACACACACACACACACACACACACACGAACAGCACUCUCACACACAGCACUCACACACAUACAGCCCCCAGAAACAUACAGCACCCUCAUACACAGCACUCACACAUACAGCACCCUUACAAACACACAGCACCCUCACACACAGCACCCUUACACAUACACACUAACAGCACCCUUACACACACACAGCACACACACACACACACACACACACUAACAGCAGCCCCCCCACACACACAGCACCCUCUCACACACAGCACCCUUACACACACACAUAGCACCCUCACACACACACACCACCAUUACACACACACAGCACCCUCACACACACACACACUAACAGCACCCUCACACACACACACAGCACCCUUACACACAUACACACCACCCUCACAAACACACACACACACAGCACCCUUAAACACACACAGCAGGGAGGGAGGCAGGAGAGGACCUGGGGAGCUCUAGCCAGCAGCUCCGCCAGGUUCCUCUUGCAAGGUCGGAGCGUUGCCGCGGCUAGAGUUAACUCACCACUGGACCACCAGGGAUGGCAGCAGCACGGUCCCCCCUCCCUACAAAAGGUUAGAAGGGAGGGGGGCUAUUUCCUAAACAGUCCCUCCAAACAAAUACACACAAAUAGCACCCUUACACACAGCACCCUUACACAUACACACUAACAGCACCAUCACACAAACAGCACCCUCACCUACACACUAACAGCACCCAAAAACAUACAGCACCCUCACACUAACAGCACCCUCACACUAACAGCACCCUCACACUAACAGCACCCUCACACUAACAGCACCCUCACACUAACAGCACCCUCACACUAACAGCACCCUCACACUAACAGCACCCUCACACUAACAGCACCCUCACACUAACAGCACCCUCACACUAACAGCACCCUCACACACACAGAACUCGUACACACAUAGCACACUUACACAUACACACACACACACAGCACCCUUACAGAUACAUACACACACUAACAGCACCCUUAAACACAUAGCACCCUUACACAUGCACACACACAGAACUCUCACACACACACACAGCUCCCUUACACACACACUAACAGCAUCCCACACACACAGCACACACGCACACACAUUAAUAGCACCCUCACACUAACAGCACCCUCACACACAGCACCCUUACACAUACACACACACAGCACAUACACACACACUAACAGCGUCCUCACACAUACAGCACCCUUACACACACACACACACACUAACAGCACCCUUACACACACACACACACAGCACCCUUAAACACACACAGCAGGGAGGGAGGCAGGAGAGGACCCGGGGAGCUCUAGCCAGCAGCUCCGCCGGGUUCCUUUCGCAAGGUCAGAGUGUUGCCGCGGCCACUGGACCACCAGGGAUGGCAGCAGCAUGGUCCCCCCUUCCCUACAAAAGGUAAGAAGGGAGGGGGGCAAUUUCCUAAAUGGUCCCCCCCACAGUCCCUCCAAACAAAUAAACACAAACAGCACCCUCAUACACACCGCACUCUCACACACAGCACCCACACACAUACAGCACCCUCACACACAGCACACACACACACUAACAGCACCCUCACACAUACAGCACCCUUACAAGCACACAGAACCCGUGCACACACAGCACCCUUACACAUACACACACUAACAGCACCCUCUCACAUACACACACAGUGCACACACAGAGCACCCUUACACACACAGCACACACACUAACAGCAGCACAUACACACACAGCACCCUCACACACACACAGCACACACACACACACACACACACCACCCUCACAAACACACACACAGCACCCUUACACACACACAGCACCCACACACAGCACCCUUACACACACACACACAGUAGUGUGUGUGUGUGUGUGUGUGUGUAUAUAUGUGUGUAUAUAUAUAUAUUUGUAGUCGGAGAUAUAAAGCCGUAAGUGUAGUCGUAGGUGAAGACUGAUAGUUGGUUGUGGUGUGCCUGAACCAACGAUCGGGUAGGCCUGAAAUAAUGAGGGCAAAAAGGUUUCAAACAAAACACUUUAAUGUAUGUAACAUUCACAUGAGCAGUUCUUUAAAAGCUUUCCUCAGUUCCUUCUCUGGCUGUGGAAUGUAUUUCCCGUAAGCUGCUGAUUUCCACCUACCUAGUUUUUUAAUGAUGUGUGCGGGUACGUUAUUGCUGGAAGCGGCUGAUGCGGCGCCGAUCCUGAAUGAAUGUCCUGAGAUGGACAUGGGGUCGUGUCCUAAUCUGACCGCCAAGGCCCUUACAUAGUGUAUAAAUUUAGCCGUGGUCAGAGGUUUGUCGGCGAUAGUGAGUAAGGGUAAGUAGCUUUGUUUGUCUGUGAGGGAAAGGCAGAAAGUAUCCAGGAUUGUCACCGGGCACCAUUUGUUAUGGGUCGGGAAGUACUGGAUUUCCGUAGGCGGUCCUACCUGAUUUGUUUUUGUACGUCUUAGGCGCAGUAUGUAAUGGUCCCCUGAUUUUUGUAGGUCCCUAAUUCUGACAUAGCUUGUGUUAACUGAUAGAUUAUGUACCGUGAAUUCAUUGGGCCGUAAGAACCCGUAAAACGCUAUGUACAUAGCCGUCUUGAGUACGUUGUUAGUGUUAGGUUCGAAUGGGUUAGAAUCUAAUAGAUCUGAUAGAUCCUUGAAUUUAUUGCCGUCAAUUGGCUGUCUUUUGGCUGUUGGAGGGCCGUCAGUGCGGAGUAUUCCUUUUAGGACGUUUUUUAAGAGAUAGGAUGACAUGAAAGGUUUGUGAUUGGGGAACAUGGUGAGUAAGUGGUGCUGAAUGCCCGUGAGGUAGAGUUUUAUAGUGUUAUGGGCAAGCUUAAGGUGUAGGUGGCAGUGCGCGGUGAAAGCAACAAUCGUGUCUAAGGAGAAGGUGUUGGUGAUGUGGUGUUCGGAAGUGAACCUGGAAAAAAUAGUAAGAGCUCUGUCAUAGGAUUUCUUGGUAUUAUCUGAUAGAGCCGCUUUAGCCAACAUUAGUGCAUGCUGUUUCAGGUUUAUCAAUCCAUAAUGAGGUCCUGAAAUGCGGGGGUUGGCACAGGUAUGGCUACCGCCGUGGGAUGCUGUUCGAAAAAGGCCUGCAAGUUGGAACGAGAGAGAGCGUCAGCUGCAAUGUUUUCCCGGCCUGGUAUGUGCAUGCAAACCAAGUGGAAGUUGUGAGUUGCUGCCAGCCAUGUGAGUCUUCUCAUGAGUCUCAUGAUGACUAGGGAUGCGGAUCUGCCCUUGUUAAUGAUUUCACAAGUGGCUUCGUUGUCAGAGAGACAUUUGACUGCUUUGCCCUCCCACAAUGGGCCCCAAGUGUGUGCAGCUGCCACUAUUGGGUAAAGUUCGAAAAGUGAGGAUGUGGUGUUAAACGCCUGUAGUGUUGAAGUUUCGGAUGGCCAUGCCCCCCGGAACCACUGGUCGUUGUAUAUGGCUGCAAAGCCUGUGUGGGCUGCUGAAUCGGUCCACACGACCGGGGAAUCUAUGUCAAGUGGGGGUAUGAACAUUGACCUCCCGUUCCAGGAGGAGAGAAAUGUGCCCCACAUGCGUAAGUCUGCUUUGGCGUUAACGUCGAUGAGUAUGUGGGUAUUGUCGUGGGGGGUCUCCGUCAGGAGGUGAAGUAGGCGUGAAAUGAAGGACCGUCCUUGCGGUAUGAUGCGGACCGCAAAGUUAAGUGAGCCCAAGAGUGACUGUAGCUCUUUGCGAGCGCAAAAGUUUUUCUGCAUGAACCAUGAGAUUUCGUUGGUUAUGCUUGUUACCUUCUCGUCUGGGAGACUCGCUACCAUGGAUAUGGAAUCUAGAUGGAUGGCUAAGAAGGUCAGGGCUGUAGAAGGACCUAUUGUUUUUUCUACUGAAAUAGGUACCCCCAGUGUGGAGAAAAGAGCAGCCGUUUUGUCUAAGCUGUGGGGGGUGCGGUUAGGUUCUUCAACCGUGAGGAAGUCGUCCAGGUAGUGUAUUGCUACCGGGCAGCCACACACAUUUAGUAAUAACCAGCAAAGUGUUUCGGCGAACGUGUCGAACAGUUUGGGACUGCUUUUGGCCCCAAACGUCAAACGCGUGGCGAAGUAGUACUGGCCCUCCCAUUUUACUCUGUGUAAAUGCCACAGGGAUGGGUGUAUGGGUAGCAAUUUGAAAGCGUUGGUGAUAUCGGUUUUCCCUAACCAGGCGCCUUUACCUGCUUUCAAGAUUGCUCCCAUUGCAUUAUCCACUGUGGCAUAUUGGAGUGAAAAUUCGCUAGACGGAAUCAAAUGAAUUAAUGCUAGGAACCACGGAUGAAUGAGGCGCUGACAGGUCAAUAAUCAUGCGUUUUUUAUUAUUGAAUUUCCCAGUAGCAAUGCCAAUUGGGUUAGUUCUGAAACUGGCAUAUGGGGGGUGUGUGAAUGGUCCUAUCAUGAACCCAUGGUUGACCUCGGCUGUCAGUAGUGCGUUCGUAGUGACGAGAUCUUGUAAGGCUGAUUGUAGGUUCCUACAUUCUAGGGUGCCUCCCGGUAUUGCCACUAGCCCUGUGUGGAAUCCUAUCAUGAAGCCUGUUGUGAGGAACUCGACCAAGUGAGCGGAGGGGUGAUUGGAAAGAUAAUAGGUGAGGUUGAUAACAUUAAUCUCCGUGAGUCAUUGUCUAGGGAACAGCUGAUUAGGGCACAUGGUCUUUGCGUGUGCCCUAAAGCAAAGGGAACAGACAUGCAAUAAACGACAAGCGCUGAAGCUACAGCCCCCCGCAUUGAAGUUAUUGCAUACCUGUGCUUUGCCGAGGAAUACAAUGGGCCUGCCCAGUUUGUCUUUGAUGACCCUAUCUGAUUUGGGGGUGGGCUCUGCUUGGCUUGUGGAGGGUUGGCUUAGUUCAGAGGGACACCGAUUGGUGGAAUGUGCAGAGGACGUGCAAAUGGCACAGGACGGAGGCUUGAGGCCGGCGAAGUGGCGGCAGAACAGUUCCGUAUCCAGUUGGCUCCAGUCUGAGCGUAUGUUAAACUGGACCAGUGCUGCCGCCGCCUUCGCCGAAAAUGACCUAUGAUAAUCAUAGAAAGAGUAGCCUCCGUAUUUGUUGCCUAAGUCCACCAAUUUAUGGAGGUACAGGUCCAGUUCUUCUCUGCAUUGAGGGAAGACGGAACAAAUGACAUCCCUGUACAAUCCAAAAGCAAUCACGAAAUCGGGGAUGGCCAGUUUUUUGUUAAGCCUGGGGUCCCUAGCCUUGAGUACUACCGAAACUUCCCCAUAGCAGUAAGCCUUGUUUUCUACUAAGUCUUGGGAUGCUAUGAGGAGUGAAACCAGGUUGACAUCUUUCCCCUCUAGGAUGUCUUUUUUAAUGGCUUGGGGCACUAAGUGGGCAGGCGUGAUGAUGUGAGUGGAGGCAGGUGCUGGGCCGGAAAGAGUGCUGUUACCCGGGUUAGGCAGUGACUGUGGCAGCAUGGUGGGAGCAUUAGCUGGGUUGAUCAAGGCCACUUGGUUCUCAAGAUUCUCCAGUCUCUCGUUGAUCAGAUUAACUGAAGCGAGAAGAGUGGACAUGGUGGCCUGAAGUCCAGGCGUGUUCCCAUCGAUAGCCUGUGUACUGGUGCCGGGUCGCGGGGUGUCGGGGUUAUUGUUCAGGAGGCGGUACAGUUCCGCUUUGCGGGCCGUGGCCGGGUAUGGUAUGCCUCGUCUUCUGAGCUCAGCUGCGAUCUUGGGAACAGUCCAGGAGCGUAGGGACGCUGGACUAGCCGUCUCUACCAGCUCCACUGGGGUACAAGGUCUGGUAGGGCUAGCGACCCUGGCUGGGGUGCUGGGUAGGGAGACAUCCUCGGCUAUGUCCGAAGCGUGUGACAUUCUAUAACGUGAGUAAGUACAUCAAUUAGAGGAUGAUGGUUCGAGUAGGGUGAAUAUUAUUAUAAGAAUAAUUUAUCUCUUUAUGUAGGGAGUGAAGUGCCUUGUAACGGGGGGGGGGGUGAUUGACGUGCUCGUACGUGAAUAUGGAGAGUUUGCCCGUGACGUCGGUGAGCGAAGUGGUCUAGAUGUGAGGACCAAUUUUUUUGAGCGCAAGGACGUGUGACGUAGCGUGAACUAUGACCCUGUUUUGGGGGUGUUGUGCUUGAAAAGCGAGUUCUAUGGCCUUGUCCACUGAGAGAGGAAGGUGGUUUAGGAAACGUGAUCGAAUUGAGGCCGUAGUGUGGGCCUUGUGACCUAUUGGCCUGUCAGGUGCGUGUCUGACCAGGUGACUAUGCAAGGGGAAAAAAAAACGGAAAAUGAGGUACUUACUUUGGUAAGCGAGUUUUCUCACGAUAGCGUUGAGCUAUGGAGAAGAAUUAGCGUCUUGCGAACUGAUAUGGCAUGUGGGUUGCCAGAUUUGGCUCGAUCUGCGUAGCUUGUCCGGUGGAUAUUAAGGGAGGACUAUGCGUUGUUCCUUAGAGCCUAAGUGAAAUUAAAACGAGUGUGUGAUCGAGAUAUAGAUGUUGGACCGACAAGACCAUGUUGCUUACUUACCUAUGUAUUACUGGUAGCGUGGUAUCCCAAGACUGUUGUGUCCAGUAUGCAAAAGGUAGCCUAGAGAAAACAGGUAUGUGAAAUAGAAUUUUAAAAAAAAAUUUUUAUUUUUUAUUUUUUUUUUUAUAUUUGAGAUUGACACGUGGUAGAAACGUGAUUGAAGGUAGAUUUGUCAGGGUGGGAAAAGCAUAACGUGCAUGACAUAAGAAAUAUACUACUUAGCUUGUAGUAUUAUUUAUAGGAAACCCCAGGGAUUUAACUGUAAGCGGAUUGCCCUUUUGUGUGUGUGAUUCGUGUGGAUGAGGGUCUGGCCGUCGGCACUCGUGGUAGUGCUUUGCCAGACCCCUAGUUAGACCACUAGAAUGUUUAGAUCGUGACGGAUGGAAGGAGGGGUGGCUGGAGGCGUCAUAACAGCUGAAAACUUGGGGGGAGGGGGUGUGGCAGGUGUUAUACUACGUUCCAUGCCCCCCCACUUGUCACAACUUUUUUUUUUUUUUUUAAAUUUAUUUAUUUUUUAUUUUUUUUAUUUAUUAUGUGACUGGGGGAGGGGGGUGCUGGUGAACUUAUGCAACCUUCCAGCUUCCCCCCCCCCGCGAGACCGGCGCGAGGGUACUGGACCGGCAGUGUGUCACGUGACCGGAUUGUCACGUGACCGGCGGAAGUCUUUGGAGGGUGCUGGUGAAAACCUUGCCCGCCUUCCAGCUCUCCCCCCCCCACCACUAUGGGGAACGAGGCCGGCAGCAGAGUGUCACGUGACGGGAGUGUCACGUGACCGGAAGUGUUCCGGCGAUACCGGAGGUGAAAUGCCUCGGAGGGGGGCCCGGUCCCCGGGCUGGCUGAGAUGAUGCAGGGUAGGGAGACCCUGCAGUCGUGGGGAUGUUGCUGCCUAAUGGUACUUACUCUGCUGGACCGGAACCGGAAGUGACGCGAGUGACGUCAGAAGCGACCUGGCCCUGAUUUAGAGGUAGGUCUGAGUUUAAAUAGGCCGGUUAACCCCUCCCACAACUACAGGCUCCGCCUUCCCAUAUAUAUAUAUAUAUGUGAUACUUAAAAAAUUAGAAUAUCGUGCAAAAGUUCAUUUAUUUCAGUAAUGCAACGUAAAAGGGGAAACUAAUAUAUGAGAUAGACGCAUUACAUGCAAAGCAAGAUAGUUCAAGCCAUGAUUUGUCAUAAGUGUGAUGAUUAUGGCUUACAGCUCAUGAAAACCCCAAAUCCACAAUCUCAGUAAAUUAGAAUAUUGUGAAAAGGUGCAAUAUUCUAGGCUCUCAGUGUCUCACUCUAAUCAGCUAAGUAAGCCAUAACACCUGCAAGGGGUUUCUGAGCCUUUAAAUGGUCUCUGUCUGGUUCAGUCGGAAUCACAAUCAUGGGGAAGACUGCUGACCUGACAGUUGUGCAGAAAACCAUCAUUGACACCCUUCAUAAGGAGGGAAAGCCUCAAAAGGUAAUUGCGAAGGAAGUUGGAUGUUCCCAAAGUGCUGUAUCAAAGCACAUUAAUAGAAAGUUAUGUGGAAGGGAAAAGUGUGGAAGAAAAAGGUGCACAAGCAGCAGGGAUGACCGCAGCCUGGAGAGGAUUGUCAGGAAAGGGCCAUUCAAAAGUGUUGGGGACUUUCACAAGGAGUGGACUGAGGCUGGAGUCAGUGCAUCAAGAGCCACCACACACAGACAAAUCCUGGACAUGGGCUUCAGAUGUUGUAUUCCUCUUGUCAAGCCGCUCCUGAACAACAAACAACGUCAGAAGCGUCUUACUUGGGCUAAAGAAAAACAGACCUGGUCUGUUGCUCAGUGGUCCAAAGUCCUCUUUUCUGAUGAGAGCAACUUUUGCAUCUCAUUUGGAAACCAAGGACCCAGAGUCUGGAGGAAAAAUAGAGAGGCACACACUGCAAGAUGCUUGAAGUCCAGUGUGAAGUUUCCACAGUCUGUGUUGAUUUGGGGAGCCAUGUCAUCUGCUGGUGUUGGUCCACUGUGCUUCAAUAAGUCCAGGGUCAAGGCAGCCAUCUACCAGAAGAUUUUGGAGCAGACGAGCUUCAUGGGGAUGCUGACUUCAUUUUCCAGCAGGAAAUUAAGCCCACACUGCCAAAAGCACCAAAGCCUGGUUCAAUGACCGUGGAAUUACUGUGCUUGAUUGGCCGGCAAACUCGCCUGACCUGAACCCCAUAGAGAAUCUAUGGGGCAUUGCCAAGAGAAAGAUGAGAGACAUGAGACCGUACAAUGCAGAAGAGCUGAAGGCCGCUAUUGAAGCAUCCUGGUCUUCCAUAACACCUCAGCAGUGCCGGCAUAGCUUCCAUGCCACGCCGCAUUGAGGCACUAAUUGCUAAAAAAAAGGGUCCCAGACCAAGUACUGAGUCCAUAUGCAUGCUUAUACUUUUUAGAGGUUCGAUAUUGUUCUAUGUACACUCCUUGUUUUAUUGAUUGCAUAUAAUAUUCUAAUUUACUGAGAUUAUGGCUGUAAGCCAUAAUCAUCGCACUUAUGACAAAUCACGGCUUGAACUAUUUUACUUUGCAUGUAAUGCGUCUAUUUCAUAUAUUAGUUUCCCUUUUACAUUGCAUUACUGAAAUAAAUGAACUUUUCCAUGACAUUCAAAUUUUUCGAGAAUCACCUAUGUAUAUAUACACUGUGUGUGUGUUUGUGCUUUAGGGUGCACACCCAUAUGCAAUAGGCUGUGCAUGCCUAUAUCUGUAACCUUCCAAAACCCCAUAAAACCUGUACAUGGGGGGUAACUGUUUUACUUGUGAGGCAUCGCUGAAUACAAAUAUGAUUGUGAUAUGUUUUAGAGCAGUAAAACUUAAAAUGACAAUGAUAUUAUCAGUAAAAGGGCAUUUACUUUUGUGAAAAAUGCAAAAAACUAAUAUGACUGCUAAUUUUGGCCAGGGUUUGUGACUAAGUGGCUACUUAAAAAAGACUGGACAUAUCCCUUUUUGAAAACCCUGGGUUGUCUACUUUGGCAAAUGGUAUACCAUGAUGGGGGUAAAUCUCAUUCCUGGGCUGCCAUACAGUCUCAAAGGCUGCAUAGCCAAUCUGGCAAAUGUGAAUGUGUAAAGAAUUAAAUACUCAAGCCUUAUAUUUAACCCUGUAACUUUCCAAAACCAAAUAAAAUCUAUACAUGCGGGGUACUGUUUUACUCACGAGACCUCGCUGAACACAAAUAUGAGUGUUUUAGAGCAGUAAAAUGUAUAACGACAAUGAUAUAAUCAAUGAAAUUGCAGUCUUUGUGUGAAAAAUUUAAAAAAACUAAUAUGAACGCUAACUUUGGCCAGGGUUUGUGACCAAGUGGUUACUACAAAAGACUGGACACACACCAUUUUGAAUACCCUGGGUUGUCUACUUUUACAAAUGGUAUGCCAUGCUUGGGUUCAUUUUCAUUCCUGGACUGCUAUAUAGUACCAAAGGCAGCAUAGGCCCAGCAAACCAACCUGGCAAAUUUCAAUGUGUAAAAAAAUUUUAAAAAGAGGAAAGCCCUAUAUUUGACCCUGUAACUCUCCAAAACACCAUAAAACCUGCACAUACUGGGUACUUUUGUACUUGUGAGACAUCGCUGAAAACAAAUAUGUGUAAUUUAUUGCAGUAAAAACUAAGUGUUAUGAAAUUAACAGUUAAAAUGCCAUGCAGAACUUGAAAAAUACAGUUUCUUAAUUUCUCAAAGUUUUUAAAAUUUUAUUCAUAUUAAAUUGUUUCAUAUAUAAAUAUGUUAUGCAUAAUGAUUUACAAUAUGUGUGGGUGUACUUAAUAUGAAAGAGUUGAAUAAUGGUUAAACAGACAUAUAGCACAAAUUCCAGGUUUUGUUUACAUUUUGAUCACAACUUGUACAACUGACGUUGACGUCCUUAAUGGGUUAAACUAAACGGGGCAGUUAGCCUUCAUUUUACUAAACACAACCGCACACCAUAACCGGAUUCUUCAUUUUACUGAACACUUUGAUUAUACAAUUUUUGAAUAUCCGGGUUUCUCACUACAUUUUUUUGUAAUAUGGGUAUCCUGACUUGACUGUAUCUAAAUCUAUGUAUGUAAAACUAAAUCCAGAAAAAAAGCAAUGACGAAAAUGUUAAUGAGAAACAUCACAUCUCCCCAUUAACACCUCCAAGCGCACACCUAUUGUACAACAAUAUAUACACUGCUCAAAAAAAUAAAGGGAACACAAAACUAACACAUCCUAGAUCUGAAUGAAUUAAACAUUCUUCUGAAAUACUUUGUUCUUUACAUAGUUGAAUGUGCUGACAACAAAAUCACACAAAAAUUAAAAGAUGGAAAUCAAAUUUUUCAACCCAUGGAGGUCUGGAUUUGGAGUCACACUCAAAAUUAAAGUGGAAAAACACACUACAGGCUGAUCCAACUUUGAUGUAUUGUCCUUAAAACAAGUCAAAAUGAGGCUCAGUAGUGUGUGUGGCCUCCACGUGCCUGUAUGACCUCCUUACAAUGCCUGUGCAUGUUCCUGAUGAAGUGGCGGAUGGUCUCCUGAUGGAUCUCCUCCCAGACCUGGAUUAGUGUCUGCCAACUCCUGGACAGUCUGUGGUGCAAUGUGACGUUGGUGGAUGGAGCGAGACAUGAUGUCCCAGACGUGCUCAAUUGGAUUCAAGUCUGGGGAACGGGUGGGCCAGUCCAUAGCAUCAAUGCCUUUGUCUUGCAGGAACUGCUGACACACUCCAGCCACAUGAGGCAAAUGCCAAAUGUCCUGUACGGUGUUGGGCUGUAAGCACAACCCCCACCUGUGGACGUUGGGCCCUCAUACCACCCUCAUGGAGUCUGUUUCUGACCGUUUGAGCAGACACAUGCACAUUUGUGGCCUGCUGGAGGUCAUUUUGCAGGGCUCUGGCAGUGCUCCUCCUGUUCCUCCUUGCACAAAGGCGGAGGUAGCGGUCCUGCUGCUGGGUUGUUGCCCUCCUACCGCCUCCUCCUGAUGUACUGGCCUGCCUCCAUGCUCUGGACACUACGCUGACAGACACAGCAAACCUUCUUGCCACAGAUCGCAUUGAUGUACCAUCCUGGAUGAGCUGCACUACCUGAGUCACUUGUGUGGGUUGUAGACUCUGUCUCAUGCUACCAUUAGAGUGAAAGCAUCGCCAGCAUUUAAAAGUGACCAAAACAUCAGCCAGGAAACAUAGGAACUGAGAAGUGGUCUGUGGUCACCACCUGCAGAACCACGCCUUUAUUGGGGGCUGUCUUGCUAAUUGCCUAUAAUUUCCACCUGUUGUCUAUCCCAUUUGCACAACGGCAUGUGAAAUUGAUUGUAACUCAGUGUUGCUUCCUAAGUGGACAGUUUGAUUUCACAGAAGUGUGAUUGACUUGGAGUUACAUUGUGUUGUUUAAGUGUUGCCUUUAUUUUUUUUGAGCAGUGUAUAUAACUAAUUGUAAUAGAAGAGCAUUGGGACUAGAACUCCCAGCAUGCUACAUGCAGAUGCUGAUAAGUAGGAAACCGCGCACUCUAGGGACUGCAGACAAGCAUUUGCUGUAACAUAGUUUCAUAGGGAAAACAUAAUUUCUUUCAAUACUGGCAAGAGAAUGGGCUGGUUGGUGAGGGAGAUCUCGAAACAACCUAACUGUUUUGCCACCCCUCAGCCUCAGUGGCCUUACGAGAAAAUUCGUCCAUGUGCCCAUCCUAUAACACUGCCUUUAUCAUGUUCUAUUCAUGAAUUGAUAUGCUUCAGUUCAUGAACCAUUCCUUCUCUUUUGUAUACUCUUCUCUUUCUUUCAUACUAGUACUAGCUGAUUUUAGUGAUCAGAGGUUUGGCCCUUGUGGUAAACCAUCUCUAUUAACUUUCGUGAAUGUUACUGACGCUCUACAGACCAGUACAGGUUCUCUUUAUUUUAUGUUACCGAAUGCCGUUCCUUUCGGUACCCCUGUUGUAUAACCACAAUUACACAAACCGUCAGGACCUUAUAUUCGCACAUACGAAGUAAAACCACCCAGGCCCUGGCGUGUGCCGCCACUUAACCUUUGUCACCUUUCAAACAACCGAACGGCCGACCACCGGGAACUUGCGGUUUGCGGUUAACCACAACAUAAUUGAGGACCUCCCUGUACUCCGACGUGUGUCCCCAAUUAGAACGUUGGGGCUGCGGUUAACCGCAGACUAAUUGCUCAUUCAGGGCGGUCUACGUUCGGUCCACAAAGGGCCGAGGCAACCAUCCCUGGAGCGGUAUUCGUAUCACAAACUAACAGUCUCUCGAUCCAGGGGUUUUGGGGCCAGGUCCUGCUCGCCUAUUAUCCGAAAGAAAACAUGGCCGCCAUCUCGUGUUCGGGACAAAGAAACACAAAAGGACUUUGUAUGUUAAGGACUGGCUCUACCCUUCGUGAGGUCUGAGCGCUAUUCGCACAUCUGAUGCGCUCAGACCUGAGCUAUCUAAUGAAUGGUAGAAUAUAGGAGAUGUGUUAUACAAUGUUAUAAAUAUGUAUUUUUAUGCUGUUUUGUAUGUUCAAGUUACACGUGGGAUUCUGGGCACUUGGAGAUAAUUGAAUCACUCCAACCAUUGAAACUUGUAUCUCCAAGAUGGGCGGGGACUAUUUCAAAUGAUACAGUGUACUGUUAUUGGUCAAUUGUUUGUGUUGUCCCUGUAUCCCAUCAGGUCCAGUGGGGGAUGUGCCUGGACCUGAGGUUUUUGCAUAAAUACCAAUGCCCAGGUGCCAUUAAAACCAGUUCUUGCUUGACCUCCAAAUCGCAGCCUCGACUCGUUUUGUGGGGAAAAGGGUAUCCUAGCUGUACUAUAGCUAGUGGGAUUGCUCUACACUUACAGGAUUCGUAUGGACUAGCUACCGAAGCGGCGCUUCUCUCUCUCCAUACCGUGGAUCCAGGCUAUCCAAGCGGUCCAGCCUCUAGCUAGCCUGGGGGUUACCGUAACAGUGAAAUCUUCUCUUGAUUGUAGACUUUAAUAAUAUGUCUAACUUCUGGAGAAUUUUCUUGGCUAGAUGUUGUGAAGGAAAGAAUUUUGUGAUCAUCCACUGCAGUUGUCGUCCAUGGUUGUACAAACAUUUUGGUGUUACUGAGCUAACCAGUGCAUUCUUCUUUUUCAGAAAUGUACCAAAUUGUUUAUUUGGCCACUCCUAAUGUAUUCCUGACAAUAUAGGGUUAAAAACACCAUCUAGCCACCCUGGUCCCCUCAUGCCUCCCUGAAUAUUGUAAUUCUUACUUGUAUUCAAGUCUGCAGCUGCAUGCUUUGUGCCUGUUUUCUUUAGACCUGCCCACUGCCUGCUGACAUCAGCAGAAGUGGUAGCAUGAUCCAAUCACAAUGCUUCCCCAUAAGAUUGGCUGAGACUGACAAAGAGGUAGAUCAGGGGCAGAGCCAGCACAAUUCAAACAAAGCCCUGGCCAAUCAGCAUCUCCUCAUAGAGAUGAAUUGAAUCAAUGAAUCUCUAUGAGGAAAGUUCAGUGUCUGCAUGCAGAGGGAGGAGGCACUGAAUGUUUGGAUGCAUUUUAGGCAGCCAUGACCCAGGAAGGAUCUCUAACAGCCAUCUGAGGAGUGGCCAGUGAAGUUAUCACUAGGCUGUAAUGUAAACACUGCAUUUUCUCUGAAAAGUCUGAAGGUAAUGAUUCUACUCACCAGAACAAAUUCAAUAAGCUGUAGUUGUUCUGGUGACUAUAGUGUCCCUUUAAUUGUGUAAAUCAACUAUAUCACACUUUUAUGUUCCACUUUGUUAUAGGUUCAGCUGGUUUCCCACAAACUUGGUAUAUUGUAUUGUCAUAUAGGAAGGAGAUUAACUGGGAAAGCUCAUUGGGGAAGCUGUCAUCUACUCCACACCAGUAUUUUAGAUAUUGGUGGUGGGAAUUGGAUUUAUAUCCUAUCGUGUGCACAUACAUACAGAUACACUGCAUUUACAGACAUGCAGACACACUUUGCAUUCACAUAUAUAAAGUGCCAGACCUAUACUCUCACUGUGAGAUACACACAUACACACGUUAAGAAAAAAAUAAUAAUACAAAUUUCUAGUCACCUUUUCAUUUUCCAACCAUUUUACUCGUUCAUUUUGCUCUCCCCCAUGACAUGACAUCCUGCUCCGCGGGAAAAGUGGACUGACAGGGCUCUCAAGGGGCUCGCUCAAUGGGAUACAUUCAAUGCAGUCAAUAUUUGGAAAAUCAGUAUAACUAUAGCAGUUCAAAUAUUUAUGGACAUAAUUGUAUGCUCACCAGCCAAAAUAGAUAUAACUAGAUUACGGAAAUGACAAAGUCUUUAAAUAGCCCCUAAGAGAAAAACAAAUCAACUAAUAAGAAAGUAUGUGUAGAUGAUUCCUAAAUGAAUAGUACUGCUAACAAAUAAUGUUAUGAAAAGUAGUACUAGUUAUUCUAUAGAAAUAAUGAAAUUAUCUUAUCUGUGCCUUCAUGUCCCCUAGGCCCCAAUGCUACCUUUGUUUACUGGCUCAACAAAUGGUAAAAUAAUGUACUGUAAUAAAGAUAAUUACCAAAAAAGUGUGAUAGGACAUAAAUUACAAACCCAUAUUUGAAUCACCAAUUGAAGGAACAGACGCAUUAUAUUCAUCAGGUGUCAGACAGCUGUACAAAACAAAUAUAUUGUUGUAGCAGCAUUGGUGAUCCCUUGAUGUUUUGAAGAAUUGUUACUACAUAUUUUACAGCUGAAGAAUGGGUCACAAACUGAAUUUUUAUCAUUGAAGAAUUUUGUGCCAGGAUUCUUAUUUAAUCACUGUCAAAAAAAAGGUUAAGAGCAAUUGGGAGGGAGCGAUCAUUGCAUUGUUACUGCUCCACCGUAAACACCGAAAAACUACUUGUACAGCACAUGGUAAAAUAGUUACCAGAGCAUCAUAAAGUCCUCACCUAAAUGGAAACAUCCAACUUGACUAGAUUUGUGAGUACUUCUUCCCACUUAUCUUUCCAAUUCAUUUAGCCAAUCUUACAGAAUCAAUCUGAAAUAUCCUGGCAGUCACAAACAAAGACAUGAGAAUCCUUGCCAAUUUACUGGGUUUAAUCUGUAACCUCUAGCUUUUGCAGAUGGUUAAAGUGAUCCGAUGUAAUAACUCUUUGGAUGGACAUAGUAUUUCGCUUCUCUGCUCACAAGCCAGGAAAACUGUGCAUAUUUAAGAGAGGGGUGUACAUUUUGAUUAUUCCAGUCUACUUUUAACUGGUUGUAUUGCACCUCUGUUUGACCUACCUCUUGCUCUCCCAAUAUAGGGGGAUCACAGGCAAAGGAAUCGGAAAGCCUUCAUGCUCACAAAAAAAGAAUACAUGCUAGUUUCUUUAAAGGACCACUAUAGUGCCAGGAAAACAUACUUGUUUUCCUGGCACUAUAGUGCCCUGAGGGUGCCCCCACCCUCAGGGUCCCCUUCCCGCUGGGCUGGAUGGAGAGGAAGGGGUUAAACUUACCUAUUUUUCCAGCGUCGGGCGGGGAGCUCUCCUCCUCCUCUCCUACCUCUUCUCCUCCUCUUCGGCUGAAUGCGCAUGCGCGGCAGGAGCCGCGCGCGAAUUCAGCCAGUCCAAAGGAAAGCAUUCACAAUGCUUUCCUAUGGACGCUGGCGUCUUCUCACUGUGAUUUUCACAGUGAGACACAUGGAAGCCCUCUAGCGGCUGUCAAGGGCUUCCAUGUGGAUAAACCCUAGAUGGACCAGGCACCCAGACCACCUCAUUAAGCUGAAGUGGUCUGGGUGCCUAUAGUGGGCCUUUAACAUAGAGGAGAUAAAAAGCUGUGCAUUAGCUAUAUUUCUUUGUAGAAAGUACCUGGAGGUUAAUUCAAGGAGUAACAUCUCAAAGCUCAACUUUAAUUUGUGAUCAAGAUUGUGGAAUUAGAAGAAACACAAAUGCCAAAAACGCAGGUCAUCCCCCUCAAGACAAAUGGAAAGCAAACCAUUAUAAACAGCAAGUGUUAGAAACUGGUUCUAUCUAUAGAUGUUUCUCCAGAUAGAAUACACAAAGCAUAGGUCAGGCCCAAACUGAUUGUAUCUCAACACAGUUUGCCUUGUGAUCUGGAAAGCAGAAACAUCAUGUGACUUUGGUGACUGCGCUAGUAAUUCUAUUCUGAAGAGCCCCUUUUGAAAACGAUCUACUGUUAAUGUUGAGCCAAAACUUGUCUGUUAAAAGGCAUCAUUCUAAAUAAUCUCUUUCUAAAAUCAUAGUGAUUGAUUUUCCAAAACACCCUGCAACCAACAAUUGUUACAGUAAAUUUAGAAUCUUUUUUUUAGAUUACUUGCCAAAAAGAAGAAAAAAAAAUACAAACUUUUUUCCCCAUACCUCCCAAUUUAUAACAUACACAUUUUUCCUUCUGUCUCUGCGUGUUGCCUGCCAUGUUUCUCUCACUGUAAGCUCCUCAACAAGAUCUACCCUUUCUUGUCUUCCCUUUUACCAUUUAUUGCACUUGUUAUAAACAUUUAGUGGUUCUUUAUUUUGUCUGGAAGAGUGUACUGCAGGACAACACAAUUCUGAACUGACUGUCAUAAGACAUAGGCUACAUUUAGAGCUGUUUCACAUGACUGUGUUUACUUUCUAGAAGCAAUUGGCAGUUGUCUUGUGUUGUGAGAGUAACCAGGAGACGUGCCCAGUCAUUUUUAUUAGGGUAGAUCAUAUGACUGUGCAAGUGGAGUGAAAUGCAUUUGUUGACUGAGAGCAUCAUUCCCAAAUACAAACAAAAGCAUUUUAAAAGGCACAUCUGGUUAAUUUAAAAUUUACCUCCCAACAUUUCAAAUGGACAAAGAGGGACACUUUAAUUUUAGAUGUAGCCAGUGGUUAGCAUAAUCAUUUAUAAACACAUUUUUAUAAAUGUAUUUAUUUAUAAAUUCCUUCUUUAAUUGUGAUAAUACAGGGCAUUUAUUAUUAUUAUUAUUAUUGUUACUAUUCUUACUAGGGUUUAAAUAGUGCCAACAAAUUUUGCAGAACUUUACAAUUAUAGAAAGGGAAUAUUUGGCAACAAGUAAAUGAACAUAGAAUCCCAACAUUUAGAAACAAAGGUCUUAUGGGCUUCUAAAAUUAUUUUACUACAACAUUUUUGGUGAUGAUUCUGUAGGUCUACUAUGGGCCUAGAGAGUAGAAAGACCAUGGCUCUAAUUCAAAAAGGGUCUAUGAAAGACCUGUGAUAACAACUGCUGAAUCUUGCACUAUGGGAUCACAAAGUGGCACCACAUGUGCAAAAAUGUGACUAUAAGUUAGCACCAACAGGGAUGCCAAUAGAGAUCUCUGUUGGAGAUUGGUGUAAUGUGGAGGAGAUUGUCCAAGGAAUUAUUCCAGUCUGAGACAGUAAAAUCCUUAGGAAAUAAUGAUAAUCAACGAAGUUAAGUUAAGGACAAUGCUGAUAGUAUGCGAACCAUUGAAAUGGGAGGCAUGGAAGAGUAUCCCUUAACUAUGACUAGGAAUCAAUUGAUUUUGAUUAGUGAUGCACCGAACGGUUCGCCGGCGAAUAGUUCCUGGCGAACAUAGCAUGUUCGCGUUUGCCACGGCGGGCGAACAUAUGCGCGUUUCGAUCCGCCCCCUAUUUGUCAUCAUUGAGUAAACUUUGACCCUGUACCUCACAGUCAGCAGACACAUUCCAGCCAAUUAGCAGCACACCCUCCCUAGCAGACCCUCCCACCUACUGGAGGGCAUCCAUUUUACAUUCAUUCUCAAGCUGCAUGCUUAGUGAGAGGAGGGAAAGUGUAGCUGCUGUUGAUUAGAUAGGGAAAUGCAUAGCUAGGUUAGGGUAUACAGUGUCCACUACAGUCCUGAAUGACUCAUCUGAUCUCUGCUGUAAGGACAGCACCCCAAAAAGCCCUUUUUAGGGCUAGAACAUCAGUCUGCUUUUUUUUUCUGUGUAAUGUAAUUGCAGUUGCCUGCCUGCCUGCCAGCUUCUGUGUCAGGCUCACAGUGGAUACUGUGCCCAGUGCCACCACUCACUCACUGGUGUCACAAUAGCUUGCAUUUAAAAACCCAAAAACUUUUUUCACUGUUAUAGAUUGAAUAGCAGUUAGUUGUCUCAAAGCGGGUGUGUCAGGCUCACAGUGGAUACUGUGCCCAGUGCCACCACUCACUCACUGGUGUCACAAUAGCUUGCAUUUAAAACCAAAAAACUUUUUUCACUGUUAUAGAUUGAAUAUAAAAGUGGCCUCUUUGAGAGAAAUAUUUCCCACAAUCAGAACAAAAAUAAGGUUUCUCUCCUGUAUGGUUCCUCAAAUGAUGCUUAAGAUUGGAAGCGGCUGAAAAGCAUUUCUCACUCACAACAAAAAAUAUAUUUUUAACAUUUUCCAAGUGACGAAAUGACGUUUGGAACAGUCUCUAUUCUGCUCUGUGUCAGUGUGUAUCAUGAUCUCUGAGGACAGGUGUCAAUCCAUAUCUGCCAAGUGACCCUAUGUAGGAGGAACAGUCUAACUCAAUCCAUAUCUGCCAAGUGACCCUAUGUAGGAGGAACAGUCUCUAUUCUGCUCUGUGUCAGUGUGUAUCAGGGGCUCUGAGGACAGGUGUCAAUCCAUAUCUGCCAAGUGACCCUAUGUAGGAGGAACAAUCUCUAUUCUGCUCUGUGUCAGUGUGUAUCAUGAUCUCUGAGGACAGGUGUCAAUCCAUAUCUGCCAAGUGACCCUAUGUAGGAGGAACAGUCUCUAUUCUGCUCUGUGUCAGUGUGUAUCAUGAUCUCUGAGGACAGGUGUCAAUCCACACCUGCCAAGUGACCCUAUGUAGGGGGAACAGUCUCUAUUCUGCUCUGUGUCAGUGUGUAUCAUGGUCUCUGAGGACAGGUGUUAAUCCAUAUCUGCCAAGUGACCCUAUGUAGGGGGAACAGUCUCUAUUCUGCUCUGUGUCAGUGUGUAUCAGGGGCUCUGAGGACAGGUGUAAAUCCAUAUCUGCCAAGUGACCUUAUGUAGGGGAAACAGUCUCUAUUCUGCUCUGUGUCAGUGUGUAUCAUGGUCUCUGAGGACAGGUGUCAAUCCAUAUCUGCCAAGUGACCCUAUGUAGGAGGAACAGUCUAUUCUGCUCUGUGUCAGUGUGUAUCAUGGUCUCUGAGGACAGGUGUCAAUCCAUAUCUGCCAAGUGACCCUAUGUAGGAGGAACAGUCUCUAUUCUGCUCUAUGUCAGUGUGUAUCAGGGCUCUGAGGACAGGUGUCAAUCCAUAUGUCAAGGUGUCAAUAUGUCAUAUGUCAGGUGUCAAUCCAUAUCCAUUGUGAUUUAGGAAUGUUAGGUGAUUUAUGCCCUUUAUGGAUUAAGACCAGACUCUGUAUCAACUGUGUAAUUUUCCAUGGGAGUUUUGCCCUGGAUCCCCCUCUGGCAUGCCACAGUCCAGGUGUUAGUCCCCUUGAAACAACUUUUCCAUCACUAUUGUGGCCAGAAAGAGUCCCUGUGUGUUUUAAAAUUCGCCUGCCCUUUGAAGUCUAUGGCGGUUCGCCCGGUUCGCGAACAUUUGCGGAAGUUUGCGUUCGCCGUUCGCGAACCGAAAAUUUCGGGUUCGCGACAUCACUAAUUUUGAUGUGUUAACAUAUUGGGUAGAGGGUGUCAUGACCACUGUGUGUCCAUAUUGAGAAGAGAUAGGUGAAACAUGGUGUCGUGGAUCAAAUCAAGUGUUUGAUAAUUUUUGUAUAUCUGCCCCUGUCCAAAUUGUUGAAUUAAAUGCGUGCACGCUCACAAAGUAAUUCACACCAGACACAAGUUUCAGGUUAAUGAAAAACUUGAGGAAAGUUUAAUACACGGGGCCGGUAUGCCCCUUAUAAAGCAAAAAUAUAUCAUAUGCAUAAUUAUAGAUAACAGAGAAAAUACAUCAAUAAUUGGUUAGUUGUUAAGUGGUUCAUCUAAUGUACAUCCUACCGGGUGUGAUGUCACUGUCAUCAUGGAUCUCUCCUCCAGAUUCCAGCGCCAUCUUGUUAAUUGAGGUGGUUAGUCGAUGGGGGGGGGGGGUAACUCCCUAGCGGGCACUUUAAGUAACUUAUGAAUAAUACUGAUUAUAGUUAUGCAGAGUAAAUAGGCAUUUUACUAAAGUUAAUAUUCUGUCCAUAACAGUCCCCCCUUAAAAUGACUAUUUUCUAACAACCACUAUAUCUAACCCUAAUACUGUCCCUAAUAGGCUGCCGCACAUCUGUCCCACAGGCCUCUCGAACACUUCUGCUGCGCAUAAGACAAGUAGUGGCUUUUCCACUAUAUCCCCCGCUACAGCCUCGCCUGUGCGGACAGACACUGUCCCUAAGAUUUCCCUAAAGAGUAGUAGUUGCAUAUUUAGUGUGGUGAGACUGUAGGGGUGUAUGAGGUGUAUCACAGUUUUCAUCAGCAAACUCUUGGUGAAGGAGGGUUGGGGUGGUACGGUCAAUGGUCUGGUAAACUGUCUUCUGUAGGUAUUUCUGAACACAUGGCAACAAGCAAAAGACAAUGAGAACAAAAAGAAACAUCACGGUCAAAACAGCCAUACUCUCUUGAACAUGCACUUUCUGCCAGCCGUUCAACCAUCCAAAUCAUCUAUCCCAUGAAUUAGUGACUCCUGAGUUCCUCUUUAACUCUCCUGAGAGACUUUCAAGCUUCUCUCUUGCUAUGGUUACCUUCCCAUUAGGGCCUGUGUUGUCUGGGAUAAAAGUGCAGCAUGUCAUAGUGUCUGGGAGUAUUUUACACACUCCUCCUUUCUCUGCUAGAAUCAUGUCUAGGGCCAUUCUAUUCUGAAAGGUCAUUUGAGAGUUGGCCUGUAAUUGCUCUGCCAGGCCCUGGAGGGCAUCUCUGGUGUAAUUGACAAAGGGUUGCUGGUUGUAAUAGAUAUAAUUAAUCCAAUUUACAUUUUUAUUUGCAGUGAUGUGUGGGAUCAUGGAUUUGAAUCCAGCCGCAACUUCAUCUCUCGCUUUAAAUUCGUUUGGCACCUGUCAGAGUAUUUAUAUUGGCAGACAUUUUGUGCUAUGAUAGAAACUAAAAGUGUAUAUUCUGAGUCACUCUGAACAGACCAGACUCCAUUUUGUUAUUUCAAGUUAACAGAAAGACACUAUAUUUCUAUCUGUAAGCUAACCACUUUCCCAGAGCUGAGGAAUGCAUAGUAUAUACAAGCCAAGUGAUAAGGAAGGGGGUUGGACAGACUGUCUAAUGCUAAUGGAAUAUAAUCAAAUCUAAACCCAGACAAUUGUGACAGAGAAGAUUAAAUAAUAAUAUUUAACUGUCUAUAUAUAUAUAGGUACCAUUGUAUGGAAAAGGGUAAACUUAGUUCAUGAUCUGUCAUAUCAGAAAUUAUGGCAGGAAUUGCAGACGCUAAGUCUGGACAAAAUUUAAGAAACCUUUUGAAAUUUUAAAUUAUGGCGCUAUAAAGAUAAUGCAAAAUGACGUCAAAAUAGCCACCAGGAAAAGUUAACUCUUUCCUGGAUAGGUAUGUUUAGUGGGACAAGACUGCCCUCUAUAGACCAAAUACCUAAUUUGCGAUCUGGAAGAUAACCACACCUCUAGUGCUUCUAUUGGGUUAUCAACUGAUGACGUACAGAGAGUAUGGCCCUUUAAAAGUUAAGACAAAGGGAAGAUAGAGAUACGAGAGAAGGAGGCAGAUGCAAGAUAUGCAAAGGAGAGGAGAGAGGAAUUGGAAGUUUGGGGACUCCAACUCGGACAACAUCUGAGACUAACACUCUACUCCUAAAACUCUAACACUUAGAAUUUACUGACUUUCUAACCAACACCUCCAUGCAGAGAGACUACCAAUCGGAUGAAAUAUCUACUCAACUGGUAAUUAUACUGGUUUCAUUUAAUUUAAUUAAAUUAAUUAAAAUGUAUUAAUAGCAUUAUAUAUGACUGGAUAAAGCACGGUCAGAUUUCCAUAUUAAGAAAUCUUAGUUAACUAAAGAAUAUAUAGUUAUAAACAUUCCAUUCUGCAGGUGGAAUUAAGAAUAAUUAUAUAUUGAUGUGAUAUUAUCACGUGUUAGCAUACCGCUGUUUUUAUCCAGGUGUAUUGAUUUGCUCUAAAUUAAGAUAGAUAUCUUUUAGACAAAUUAAAAAUCUGCUUAUAUAAUGUGGUAAAUUCUCUUAUUGGAUGAGUUUAAGAAAAUGAAUUUAAACUGGAUUAAAUGUUAUUUUAUUUAAAAUGACAUCAGAAUAGAUCUUAACUACCUAGGAGAUCUAGCCAGCAUUGAAAGGGUUAUUCUAACUGUCUGCUAAACUUUACGACCUUACGCUGCACUCUGAGGAAUUCUGUUCUCUGUGUGAAAAGUUUCACUUUCAGCCUGUGUUAAAGAUAGUCAUAAAUAAAGUCUUGACAGAAAAUGCUUUUUAGCCAUUGAAACGUAAUACCCAUUUCUUUGUAUUGCAUAUAAUUUUAUACUGAAUAUUCAUUGAUUAUUGUCAUGCAUGUUACAUAAUAUUAUUUGUUUAUUAUUAAUUUGUCAUAUAAGUAAAAUCUAUUUUUAUACAUUGUGAUAUUAAUUAUAUGAAAUACAUUUCACUUACGAUAAACGUUCUUUGGGAUCUGAGAAUUGAAUUAGUGGGCAAUUCUCACUGUUACUAUUAUUAUCCCAUAAAUAUCCCCACACACCCCCCUUGGCACUCCUAUGGCAUCUAUGUAUAUGUGAGGUUCGAAACUGCCCUUUACAGGAGUGUCUCUUUUUACUCUAAAAUAUGUGUGUGGUGAAUCAAAAGGGCCUUGGUGAUUGUCUGAUAUUAUGUGUAUGGGCAUAAUAACUUUAGCUAAGGCACACUCUCCCCACCACAGGCCUGUCAAUCUGGAUCUGAGUUGCAUGUCUCCACACAGCCAAUAAAUGUCUCCCAGGGAUUUAGCUUGGUUUGUUAUCAGGGCAACUGGGGGUUCUCGAUAUAUAGCACAAUACCCAGGAGGGAAUUUUCCCACAAAUGUACCCGUGUUGCUGUGCAUGGCGUAGCAAGUGUAAUUACCUGGAUAUACCGUGACUCCAUCAGGUGGCUUGAUAUCCUUUUGAGUUAAUGGGUAUACCUUUUUCCAUGAUUCACAUGAUGAUGAAUUGCCUUUUGACUGUACAUAGGGACUUGGGAAACAUGUUUCUACAUCAGGAGGUAGGUUUAGGGGUUCUGUACCCAAAUAGGGUCUAGCUCCUCCACAAACAUAACAGUUUUAUUAUGAGAGUUAGCAUUAUAUCUCAUCCAUUCAAGCCAUAGGCUAGUGUCUGAAAAAACAGUCUCUACUGCCUUAUUGUCUUCAAAUGUAGGGUUAGCUAUAGCUACCAUGUCCUUGAGAGUCUUGAUGUGUGGUUUGAGAGGGUUAAUAGUCAUGUGUGUGGAAUCUACCCACUCAUGCGAUUGGUACAUGUCUUGUAGAUAGAAAGAACCCAAUUUAUUGUAUGAACCUCCCCUUCUCCAGUACAUUCCCAUUACGUACUCACCAGUAUCUCCAGGACUAGGGUGUUCUAUGUUUAAGGUAAGCUUCAUUGGAUUUGACCCUAUUGGUUUGCGUAUAGUCAUUCUGUGUAACAAGGAUUUCCCAUUUCUGUCCACUCUAUUUAAAGCACUCUGUCGUCUGUAGCCCCAUGGUCGGCCUGUGUUCCAACCCACCGCCUUCCAAGAACUACAGUGAUGUCCCCAAUGGUCACCAGUCACACAAAUGUAUGGGUCCUUUUUAUUAGAUAUGUCUUUGUAUAUUGUUGAUUGUAAUGAUUGUGGAAAUACACAAGAGACAAUAUCACAGUAAUCAAAUGUAAAUGUGGCUACAUGUGUGUUGGAAGAAUUAUACCAAAAUGUGUAAACAUGAUUCUCUUUAGUAAUAGCAACUUGUUGGACCUUAUCAGGCCUAGCAGCAGGAAAAGGUACAGGAAGCUCAUGGUUUAACAAAAUUUGCUUCCUCUGGAGCUGGAAAUUUCUUGCAGUGAGAGGCGUGUAUCCAAGUGUUCUUCCCGGCCAGUUUUACCGGGGUAGACGUGGUUAGCAGGACUUGGAAUGGACCAUCAAAUCUUGGCUCAAGAGUGUGUUUCCUCAGGAAUUUCUUAACCAGAACCCAAUCACCAGGAAGUAACUUGUGGGUGCCUGUAUCAGACUCUGGAUCUGGAAUGGAAGAAAACACCUGUGCAUGGAUUUUGGUCAAGGCUUGAGAGAGCAGUUACAUAAUCUACCAUUGUAUCUGACUGGAGUGGGAGUUGUUGAGGAAAGUAGCAGCUUAACCUAGGAGCGGAGCUGAACAAGAGUUCAUAUGGGGAUAAGCCUAUCUUCCCUCUUGGUGUGUACCUCACACUAAACAAAGCUAUGGGAAGACUUUCUGGCCAGGAUAUGUUAGUCUGUCUUGGUCCAUCUUAAGCAUUCUGGCUUUCAAAGUGCCAUUCAUGCACUCUACCUUACCACUACUCUGUGGGUGAAAGGGUGUGUGGAAUGCAAGGGUCACUCCCAGUGCUGCCCAGAUUUCUUUGGUCAAUAAUGUGGUGAAGGAUGUACCUUGGUCACUUUCUAUUACUUCAGGAACUCCGUAUCUGCAGACAAUUUCAGUAAGUAGACGCUUUAGCAACUGGGCAAGCUUCUGGCCAUCCUGAGAACAUGUCCACCAUGACUAGUGCAUAUUCAUACUGGCCACCUUUUGGCAUUUGAAUAUGAUCGAUUUGGAUCCUUUGGAAAGGAUAGUGUGGUUUUGCCAGAUGUUUAGGAGGAGGUUUUUCCAUUUUACUUGGAUUGCAUUUGGUACAGAUGGUGCAAGAUAUGCAUAAUUCCUGGUCAGAGAAGUAAUGCCUGGUGCUUCAAAAUAUUUGCCAAUUAGAGAGUUCAUGAGGUGCUUGGACAAGUGUGCUGCUCCAUGGGCCCAUUGAACCACUGCUGGAUACAUGUUUCUGGGUAGGCAGAAUUUGAGAUUAAUGGUAUACACCCCACCCCCACAACUUUGUCUUUCUUCUGGGGCAGCAGCUGCUUGUUGUUCCUUCAGGAACUUGAGAUCCGUGGGUAGAGUUUGCAUAAGGGUUCCUUCAGCGGACACUCUUCUGUCCACUUCCAUUGAUUUGCGUGCAGCAUCCUUGGCGGCCUGGUCAGCUAAAUAGUUGCCAUUUGCUUCUUCUGAAUUCAAUCUUCUGUGGGCCUUUACCUUCAGUAUGGCCACUUCUUCAGGAAGCAGUAAGGCAUCAAUCAACAUUUUGAUAGCUGCACCAUGUCUGACUGGCGUGCCAGUUGCUGUGAGGAAACCUCUUGUUUUCCAGAUUAAUCCAAAAUCUGGAGCCAUCCACAAACAGGGUGAAGUAAGAAUCUGGCAAAGCAACUUUAUGCACUGUUGGGAGAUGUGUUGUCUCCAUUUUCAUCUGUUCAAAGCAAUCAUGAGGAGGGGUAUCUUCACUUAUUUCUGUGUGAUAUUGAGGGUAACCAACUGUCUUGCAAUUCACAGUUCUUUUGGUAACACCCUCUGCGGUAAGCUGAUCUUGGUCUGCAAUGCUCCAUGUGUUGGCCAAUGGGCCAAGUUCUUUCCAUGAGAUUUCUGGAGAUUUGGUCAAGAGAUAUGAGGAACAGCCAAAUUCCAGUGAUGAUACAUGUGUCUUACUUCCAUGGGUAAGAGGACCAGGGCCACACUAUUUCCUUUAGAGUCACAAAACAAGUCUGUCAAGCUGAGGCUUACCUCCACCAGUCUGAACAACUCUUCUCCGUAAUGUGGGUCAGGUCCUGGGGUAUUUCUGUACCACAAGGUGCAGUGGAGAGAAGGCUGUUCAUCGUGUGGAAGUGUGGGUUUCUUUACUUGUAGUUCAAGGGCAACAUCAGGAUUUAUGUCAAGGCUGUACCAAUGAUGUGGUAUUUCCCCCCCUGGGAAGUGGCAGAAGAGUGGCCGGAUUGAGUGUGUAACAUCUUUGUAAAGUGACAUUGUCAGGCAGGAGGAGAGUGGUCUGCAGGUGGAGAUAUCUCUGAGACGUGAGAUGUUUCGGCUGCACUUGAUUAAGGAUGGCAGUAAUGUCAUGUGGUGCAAGGACUGUAAGAAUAAUGUCAUUAGUCUUGUCCAGCAGAGCACUUGCAGCAAAAACAGCUCGUAGACAGGAUGGUCCUACUCUGGCUACUGGAUCUAACUUGCAGGAAAAUUAACCAAUGGGACGUUGGCGUGACCCAUGAGACUGAGUUAGAACUCCAGAUGCGUGACCCAUCCUUUCACAGACGAAGAGCUUGAAGGGCUUCUGGUAGUUGGGAAGGCCCAAUGCGGGGGCUGUGGAGAUGGCUCUUUGAAGGGCAUAGAAACUGGUAAGAGCUGCUGGAGAUAGUGAGAAAGGUUCAGUCGUCAGGGCAUCAUAUAGAGGUUGCAUGAGUGUAGAGGCCUCAGGAAUCCAGGCCCUGCAGUAGGAGAUGAGGCCUAGGAAGGCAUGAAGAGGUUGGUGAGCUGAUGGAGGGCAGAUGGCAGUGAUUCCCUGAACUCUGUCCCUGGUGAGGUGACAGGUGCCAUGGGAAAGACAAUGUCCCAAGAUCACCACAGAGGGCCUGCACCAUUGUAACUUCUUUUUGGAGGCUUUGCAGCCUUUUUCGGCUAGGAAACAGAGUAAGUCUUCUGAGAGACGUUCAGCAGUUGGGAGGUCAUCUGCACAGAGGAGUAGAUCAUCCACAUAUUGGAGGAGAACCACAUCUGGGUGGGACUUCUGCCAUGGCUCCUGAACAGUUGACAUAGCCUUUGCAAAUUGACUUGGUGAAUUCUGUGCACCUUGAGGCAUGACAGUCCAAGUAUACUGCUGGUGGUCAUGGGUGAAUGCAAAUAGAUAUAGCGAGGGCCUGAGCAGGCUUCAAGGGGUAUUGUGGCCUACGUGGUGGAUUUGCUCCUUUGUAUAGCUUCACAACCACUGGAUGAACUUGCAGGCGUCCAAUAUCAUCUGGGCCUGUGGACCAAAGCUUGGCUGGUACCCUAUCCAGGGCACUCGGGGAAUCUAGCACCCUUACUUCCUCACGGGGAGACUCCAUGUGUAAUAGUAGAGGCAAAGAACAGAGAGCUGAGGUAUCCUUACGAGAGAGAGGGGUUAGUAACUGAACCUGACCGUCAGCAGUAAAGGAGAUAGAAGCCUGCAGGUGGGAGAGAACAUCAGCACCUAACAGGUUAAUAGGACAGGUAGAAGACACAACAAAAUGUGUGAGAAUAUCUGAGCCCACCCGUAAGAGCAUGGUUAGCGUGUUGGUUCGAGGAGUACCAUCUACACCAACACAUGAAACAUCAAUGUCAGACAAGAAAGAAGAGUAAGGCAGGUCUUGUUCUCUGAGAACACUACAGGCUGCGCCUGUGUCAACUAAAAAGGUGGUUGGGUGACCUUCAAUGGGUAGGACCACUGUGGCUAAGGGGACUGCCGCGCCAUAUGAGGUUGUGCCUUCUCCUUGAUAACAGUGGGCGGCUGCUCUUGAUGGUGGUGGUGGCCCUUGUCGGAUCCAUGUGGACCGGUCUUUGAGCUGUGGGCACUCUCGCUUGUAAUGCCCCCACUUCUGGCAGUGAUGGCAUUGCACAUUGCCCUUAGCCACAGUGGUCCUACCCAUUGAAGGUCACCCAACCACCUUUUUAGUUGACACAGGCGCAGCCCGUAGUGUUCUCAGAGAACAAGACCUGCCUUACUCUUCUUUCUUGUCUGACAUUGAUGUUUCAUGUGUUGGUGUAGAUGGUACUCCUCGAACCAACACACUAACCAUGCUCUUACGAGUGCCUCCAUGUCUUUAUCCCCUGUAGACACUGCCGUGACAGGGGUGUUAGACACAAGUUUGCCAGUUACCUAUUGGACAAGAUCUAGAUGGUCAGGUGUAGUGGUGGUUGGCUGCUGCGGAGUGAUUAGGCUGCUGAGCAUGCUGUACAGGAUGGUCAUGACUAGGUGAUGGGUGGUCAGCGGGUUGGUAACCAUGAGAACCAUAAUUAUCAGGAGGACUGGCAACAUAACAGGAUGAGGUGCAGGAUGAUUGGCAGCUGAAAGUGGAAGAUAAGUGGCCUGGGGGUAGUCUUGGGCCACUGCAGGAGGGUAAGAAACCAUAGGAUGACCUGUCAUUGGGGGUAUAGGAUAGCCUGCCAUGGGAUGAGGUGGUCUUACGGCCUGCCACUGCUGCCUGGAGAUCCUUGGAUGUGGACAAUCUUUCCUGCAAUGGCCAGGUUGAUUACAAUUAAAACACGCUCUGGUUUGAGGCCUAGAAACCUGGGACAUGGGUUGCCCCAUUGAGUUUGCCUAAAAGUACCGAACACUGAUGGGAAACCACAAUAGCGAAAGACCGGAGCUCCCGACGGCCUGGAAGUCCAGCGGUGUUCGCGCCGUCGAGUAGCCGUUUUCAGUUCCACGUGCUCGACGACCAAACACCGCUGGUGAGACAAAGGAUCCAAGAUGGCCGACUGCCGCGUGGUCGGUAGCCGAACGACGGCCACCUAGGAAAGUCUCUAAUUACCAAUUGCAACAAUGGUUAAUGAGCGCCACACGUCCCUCUAUGUGUGGGCUGUAGCGGACAGCACUGGGCUGUCCUGAAAAUUGCAUGUGUAUAACUGUAUUCGGGUAAAUUGAUGUUUUUUAUGUGUCUAAAUAACGUGUGUUCGUCUGAUUGUACGGUAGAAUCAUUCGAACAAACUAAGGGAAUGGAACUACCCAACAGUCAGACCUCCCCUGUGUGAAGUGUGCCUUCAAUUACCCGUUGCAACAAUGUUGCGAAUGGGUAAUUAACAAGCUAUGCAGUAGGUCCUUUGUUCUCGGGGUGGCCACCAUUCGGGAAACGAACACGUGGCGGCGGCCAUUUUAAAACUCCCGAACAGCGGUGUUUUGCCGUCAAGUGUCUGGAACCCAAAUCGGACACUCGACUAGGCGAACACCGCUGAGACCUCCACAACCACGGUCCGUUCGGUUCCAAACUACCGAACGGCCCCUCGUUCGGUAGACAGAAACAACCGAACGAGGGGAUUCAUGCGAACCCUACCUGAUCUCUGUAGCCUUAGCCUUUCGUGCAAUUUAUUCCCUUAUACUGUGACCGACCGCAGGGCCCCAUCGCAUGGAGCCCAAUUCGGCUGUUCUCUCCAGCGCGGUCGGUCUUUUUAGUGCCUCCAUGAAUUUCCCGAACCCCUGGUCCGAUCUGGGUGAUUUUUGGAUAUGCUGCUCACCCAGAUCAGGGCUACCAGGGGAUGUGCCAUUUAAAGGGGUACCCCUAGGUUUAGGGGUACAUCCAGAAACUGGGGGAAUUUGUGUACAGUAUAAGGGGAUUAUGAGUCAGGCUGAGGGGAGGAGAUGUGUGGGAGGUUACCAUUGCCGGAUUGGAUACUGUAGUAAUUAAUGAAAAUCCCUCCCUUGCAUGGGAGCAUGCUUUAUAAGGCCACUGUGAAAUAAAGGUUUUUAGUUCUGCUCCUGAUACUGUGUGUCGUCCAGUUAUUGGGAUUGCUGUUGGGAUAUUGCUGGAUUAUUUUACCUGCUGGAAACCUUGCUUUAUGGAUUUAUAAUUACUUGUUCCUGAGCAUCACUUGGAUCUUAAGCGGAGAUAACUUGUGGAAUACUGGAUCUCCGCUACAUUGGUUGGCAGCGCUGGGACCCAGACUCACUAAGGAACAAGGAUUGAUGGAGAUUGAUUACACACUAAAGAGAUCCACACUGAAAGAUCUUCUGGAAGCAAGGGGUAUUUCAGCCAGCAACAAAACUAAAGCAACGCUUAUUUCAGAGAUAAUGGCAGAAUACCGAACAGAGGAGGAUUCGGUCACCGAACAGAGGGAGGCAAGAGAGGGAACAGAGCAGGAAGAGUUCCAAAGACAGCUCCAAUUUAGACUGGCAUUUUAUGGGGAGAACUCACCGAUGGAAAUAAUCUCCAAGACAAUGACGGAGGUCCAGGAAUUAAUAAUGCGGCAAAGAGGGCCACAAACACCAGAGAGAAACACAGUGGUGUCCACAAUACAAGAGGGUAAGACAAAAAUUCCUUACCAGGCAAAAUGUAUGUGGAAGCUGAAGAGGUUAUAGAUGCAUUCCUCCAGGACUUUGAGAGACUGUGUAUGCUGCAUAAAAUAAAUAGGGAGGAUUGGGUCCCCAUCUUGGCAGGGCGGUUGACAGGGAGAGCUGCUGAAGCCUACCGUAUCAUACCAGAUACGGAAAUCAGAAACUAUAGCCGGGUAAAAGAAGUUAUUUUGGCCCGAUAUGCUAUUACCCCAUAAGCUUACCGGAGACGCUUUAGGGAAUUGAAAAAGGCAGACAAAGAUUUGCAUGCAGAAUGGGCCUGCCGAUUGCAACGGGCAAACCCUCGGAUGGGUGCAAGCGAACCAGGCACGGUCCAUGGAGGACCUAUUACAAAUGCUGCUACUAGAAAAAUUUACCCGCCGACCUGCAGGAGUGGGUGAGGGAUCGUAACCCCACUACUAUUACCGACGCAGCUAAAAAGGUGGAUGAUUACAUGGAUGGGAGAAGGCAGCACAAACCAGUGGUAGUCAGAGCAGCUGUAAGGCCAGUCGGAGGGGGGGGCUACCCCAACAACACAGUAACCCCUCCAUGACAACUACCACUACCACCAACAACUGCUGCACCGAGACUUCGUCCAUCCAGUUCUGUGCAAUGCCAUCACUGCCAGAAGUGGGGGCAUUACAAGCGAGAGUGCCCACAGCUCAAAGACCGGUCCACAUGGAUCCGACAAGGGCCACCACCACCAUCGAGAGCAGCCGCCCACUGUUAUCAAGGAGAAGGCACAACCUCAUAUGGCGCGGCAGUCCCCAUCACAACUAUAGAACAGUGGGAAGUUCUUCACGAAGCUAAUCCAGUACAGGCCAAUGCUGAUAAUUGUCAGCACCAUAGACAAACUGUAUACUUGGAGGGUAAAGCGGUCCAAGGACUACGUGACUCAGGAGCUACUAUAACCCUGGUAAAAAGUCACCUGAUCUCGGAUCAGGCUAAGCUCAGCAAAACUGUGGCCGUCAGGGUAGCCGGGGGAGCAGUGUACCGGCUACCUACAGCAAGGGUACAUUGGCAUUGGGGAGAGGGGUCAGGAAACGUGGAGGUGGGGUUGAUGCCGCAGUUACCAGCGGAGGUUUUGUUGGGGAACGAUCUGGGGAGGCUCACGUCUGCUUUUGAGCCCCAGACACCAACCACAGGAGAAGCUCACCCUGUGGUCACCUGACAACAGGCCCGCACCCAGGACUACAACACACUCCCGGAGGUUCAGGUAAGAGACCCUUCCCCUUCCUUAGAAUGUGUCCCCUGGGCCCCACCUAAUGAAUUCGCAGCUGAAGUAAUAACUGACCCUACGCUGCAAGUAUAUAGGGACAAGGCUGUCACUGACUCACCUGGGGGGGAGGGAGAGAGAUUUGUCCCCUAUACAGGGAGUCGGACAAGCAGAUAGCUGGGUCAGACGCGAAAGUGAUGAGGCAGCUAGUGGUGCCGCAGGGGUACCGAGCAGAGUUACUCCGGAUAGCGCAUGAUAUUCUGCUAUCCGGACAUUUAGGGGUCAGUCGCACUAGGUACAGACUGACCCAAAGUUUCUUCUGGCCAGGGAUCAGCCAGGAAGUGCUCAAGUAUUGCUGUACGUGCGAUACUUGCCAGAGGGUAGGAAAAAGGGGAGACCGAAGGAAGGCGAAACUACACCCCCUACCCAUAAUUGAGGAACCCUUUAGCAGAAUAGUGGUAGAUUUGAUAGGCCCUCUCAAGAAAGCUAGCCCAUCAGGCAAAAGGUACUGUAACGAAAUCCCUUAUUUACAGACCAUACGAACAAGCCUGUUCGGUUAUUUGGAGGAUUACAGCGGGAUUUCGUGAAAAUAGCAAUAAAAGCGAAUAAACUACCGAACCACCGACCUCCCACUGAGGUCGUGUGGUGCCUAUUGACCACCCUGACUGUUGCGGUUAACCACAGACUAAUUGGGGAAUAGCUGGUGGUCCGCGUUCGUUUACCGAACACGUGGCAAUCGCCAUUUUGUAUUGUCGAACACUCAGCGGUAAAUGGCGAGGAUUCCCUGGAACUGAUUCUGGCUACUUAUUUUGUCGAACACCGCUGCUAUCUCUUCCCCUCCUCGUUCGUACGGUGGAAAAACACACGAAUGAAGGGGAUACUACUUCAUUCGUGCGCUGAAAGUAUGCGAAAGUGACCGACCCCAGAUAGCUAUAGUAUGGAACUUGUAGUCGGCUACAAACACACGAACGGCUGGUGAAAGCCAAACUUCAGUCGACGAUUCUGAGAACUGUGUUUGUGGGAUCUGAGCGCUAUUCGCCUAGAAUAUGCACUCAGAUCCAAGCUAUCUGGGGAUAUGUGGGACUUAAAGUUUAUGUUGUAUAAAAAGAAAGUUCUCGAUUUUUAUUCUGUUUUGCUGAAAUAAGAAAAGCCAUGUUUCUUUCUUCCUGGAGAUAAUUAAGGCUCUCUUUGCUACCUUAAGUUAAUUAUCUCCAGGCUGGAAAAGAGGGAGUGAUUUAUGGAAAGGGGAGUGCUUAUGCUAUAGCCACUGUGAUUAGCUACUGUGAUACUUUUGUCCCAGUCUUCCAUCUGGUCCCCUAGGGGAGUGUCCACCAGGUGGGAGACCUGCAUAAAUACCGGGCGGGUAGCCCACAGUAAAUCAGAUCGUUUUACCCCUUCAUGAAGUCUCGACUCAUGUUAGGGGGAUUGGGAGUUAUAAUCACUUUGUUUCAGCUGGAUUUCGGGAAAAGCUGCAAGGAUCAUUGCUGCACGAAUAGAAGGAUCCUUUACAGGUACAUUCUAACUGUAGUAGAUUAUGCCACUAGACAUCCAGAGUCAGUGGAUCUGACCAAUAUCCACGCUGAAACGGUCGCGGAUGCCCUCAUGCGGAUCUUCUCCCGGAUGGGGUUACCCAGGGAGAUUAUCUCGGAUCAGGGUACCCAAUUUACCGCAGAAGUCACCCAACACCUCUGGAGGCAUUCUGUGGUAUAAAGCCUAUUAUCAGUGCCCCUUACCACCCCCAGACUAAUGGGCUCUGCGAACGGUUCAAUGGUACAUUGAAACAAAUGCUCCGAAUCUUUGCAGAGACCCACAAGGACUGGGAGCGAUUACUGCCGCACCUCCUAUUCGCUUACCGGGAGGUACCCCAGGAGUCCACAGGGUUUUCCCCGUUUGAACUGCUAUUUGGGAGUCAGAGGCCCCCAAGAUCUGAUUAGAGAGCAUUGGGAGGGAGACCGGAGUGCAGAUGGCACUCCCAUCAUACCAUGUGUGUUGGCCUUCCGAGACCGCCUGGAAACAUUGACUAGGACGGUAAGGGAAAACCUUCAGGCGGCACAGACCCGCCAGCGCACAUGGUAUGAUCGGGGAGCCAGGGACCGUAGCUUUCAGGUCGGGCAGAAAGUGUUGAUUUUAAAACCUUUACGACCCUAUAGGUUGGUGGAACAGAGAUGCAACACCACCUAUAUAAUUGGCCCCUGCACAGGGACUGGAGGGCAACCCAUGCUCCAUGUGAACAUGAUGAAGCCCUACUAGGAGCGCUCCGAGGAGGUAACCGCCAUAUGUGCGCCCAACUCUGACGAGUUUAACAGCUUACCUCUCCCAGAUCUGCUGGGAGAUGGGCAGUUGUCUGGAGAUUUAGGGGAGGUUGCACUGGGAGACCGACUGAGCCCACAGGAGCGUAUCGAGGUACAACAGCUCUUGGAAGAGAAACGAGACACAUUCUCUAAUGUACCUUGAUACACCCCUCUGGCCACUCACCGGGUAGAGACCCCAGGGCAACUACCCAUGCGCCAGACACCAUACAGCAUCCCUGAAGCGGUGCGGGAGAAUAUGCGCAAGGAGAUCAAUGAGAUGCUCCAACUGGGGGUAAUUGAGCCCUCAGACAGUCCCUGGGCUUCUCCUGUAGUGCUGGUACCAAAGCGAGACGGUACGACUCGCUUCUGCGUGGACUACAGGAGAUUGAACGAGAAAACCGUGUCUGAUGCCUAUCCCAUGCCCCGGAUAGAUGAACUACUAGACAGGAUGGCCAGGGGCUAAUACCUCACUACUAUUGACUUAUGUAAGGGGUAUUGGCAAAUUCCCCUGGCCCCAGAUGCCAUCCCUAAGUCGGCCUUUGUCACCCCAUUUGGCUUGUACCAGUUUAAGGUCAUGCCAUUUGGGAUGAAAAACGCCCAAGCUACUUUCCAGAGGAUGGUGGACCGACUCCUGGAUUGGUUCCAGGACUAUACCUGUGCCUACCUAGACGAUAUUGCCAUUUUUAGCAAUACGUGGCAGGAGCACUUGGCCCAUAUAGGAGCAGUCCUAGACAGGAUUAGGGAGGCUGGUUUGACAUUGAAACCGGCCAAGUGCAGUAUAGAGAUGGCCGAGGUGCAAUACCUGGGACAUAGAGUGGGGUGCGGCAAGCAAAAGCCCGAACCAGCCAAAGUAGAGGCCGUGGCCCAGUGGCCCACCCCUAGGACUAAGACCCAAGUUUUAGCAUUUCUAGGGACAGCCAGGUAUUACAGAAAGUUUGUCCCCAAUUAUAGUGCCCUGGCCAAACCCCUCACCGACCUGACCCGGAAGAAUCAGCCCCGCCAGGUGACCUGGACCCCGGAGUGUGAACAGACAUUCCAACAUCUGAAAAAUGCACUGAUAAAUGCCCCUGUCUUGGCAGCUCCCAAUCCAACUAAACGUUUUCUUGUUCACACAGACGCUUCUAUGUUUGGAUUGGGGGCAGUACUGAGCCAAGUCAGGGCCGAUGGCGGAGAACAUCCCGUGGCUUACAUCAGUAGCAAGUUACUACCCCGCGAAGUAAGCUACGCCGCCAUCGAGAAGGAAUGCCUGGCUGUGGUGUGGGCCCUAAAGAAACUGCAGCCGUAUUUGUAUGGACAGCCCUUUUCAUUGCUCACGGAUCACAACCCGUUGGUAUGGCUGAACCGGGUGGCUUGGGACAAUGCCAGGCUGUUGCGCUGGAGCUUGGCGCUGCAGCCCUUUGACUUUAAUAUUCAGUACCGCCUGGGUAAACAGAAUGGAAAUGCUGACGGGUUGUCAAGACAAAGUGACCUGGAGAAGUGAUCCGUGAGCCCCCGGACAAACCCAAGCCGAUCCGUGCUGGAUCAGACUGUGUAUGCUGGCUUGUGGGCAAGGGGGAGCAGUGUAGCAGACGGCACUGGGCUGUCCUGAAAAUUGCAUGUGUAUAACUGUAUUCGGGUAAAUUGCUGGUUUUUAUGUGUCUAAAUAAUGUGUUCGUCUGAUUGUUCGGUAGAAUCAUUCGAACAAAUUAAGGGAAUGAAACUACCGUACAAUCAGACCUCCCCUGUGUGAAGUGUGCCUUCAAUUACCCGUUGCAACAAUGUUACGAAUGGGUAAUUAACAAGCUAUGCAGUAGGUCCUUUGUUCUCGGGGUGGCCACCAUUCGGGAAACGAACACGUGGCGGCGUCCGUUUUAAAACUCCCGAACAGCGGUGUUUUGCCGUCGAGUGUCUGGAACCCAAAUCGGACACUCGACUAGGCGAACACUGCUGAGACCUCCACAAGCCCGGUCCGUUCGGUUCCAAACUACUGAACGGCCCCUCGUUCGGUAGACAGAAACAACCGAACGAGGGGAUUCAUGCGAACCCUACCUGAUCUCUGUAGCCUUGGCCUUUCAUGCAAUUUAUUCCCUUAUACUGUGACCGACCGCAGGGCCCCGUCGCAUGGAGCCCAAUUUGGCUGUUCUCUCCAGCGUGGUCGGUCUUUUUAGUACCUCCAUGAAUUUCCCGAACCCCUGGUCCGAUCUGGGUGAUUUUUGGAUAUGCUGCUCACCCAGAUCAGGGCUACCAGGGGAUGUGCCAUUUAAAGGGGUACCCCUAGGUUUAGGGGUACAUCCAGAAACUGGGGGAAUUUGUGUACAGUAUAAGGGGAUUAUGAGUCAGGCUGAGGGUAGGAGAUGUGUGGGAGGUUACUAUUGCCGGAUUGGCUACUGUAGUAAUUAAUGAAAAUCCCUCCCUUGCAUGGGAGCAUGCUUUAUAAGGCCACUGUGAAAUAAAGGUUUUUAGUUCUGCUCCUGAUACUGUGUGUCGUCCAGUUAUUGGGAUUGCUGUUUGGAUAUUGCUGGAUUAUUUUACCUGCUGGAAACCUUGCUUUAUGGAUUUAUAAUUACUUGUUCCUGAGCCUCACUGGGAUCUUAAGCGGAGAUAACUUGUGGAAUACUGGAUCUCUGCUACAUGGGCUAUUAGGGGGUAGCUCAUUUGGUUCACGAACAGCCAAUAAAGUCGCUGUUCGUGAAACGAAACACAUGAAUGCAAGCGGCUUUCGGCUGCUAGCAUACGAAUUCCAUGCACAUCACAGUAUCAACCCAGGUUUACACAUACAUUACAGCGGUUAUUACAGACAACCUUUUUAUACAUAUAGUCCAGCAUCCCACAAGUGGCUAGGUUUGCCACAGCAUCAUCAAAGCUCCUUUCCAUUAUGGGCCAAUAUGCAUCCCUAGCUUUAAUUUCACAUAGACUAAACAAAUCAUGCCAUGCAGCAGAAUAUGUUUUAUGGAUCUGAGCAAUCCUUCGAAAGAAGGGCAUGGGUUGUUUCUCUGGGUCUGGAAGAGAAAUUACCAGGAUUGCAGCUUGGAACGGAUUAAAGGUAACAUACAUCAAAGGGAAUCCAUCAACAGCAGGUAGAGCACCGUGAUGGCUGGCUGCAGGCCGUGGUGGAGCGCUGCCAUUAUCAGAGGGUUGUCUGUGAAGGUUAACUAUAUCAGAUAUAGCCAGGGCUGGUGCUGCUGCAGUGCCAGUAUCAGGAGGGGUGCUUGCAUUAGCUAACUGAAAUGAAACUAGUUGUGAUGUAGUGGGGUGAUGGCCUGAGGCUGCAGAGGAAGCAGCGUGAUGAUUGCCUGGUAUAACAGAAUCAUUUGAACCAACAGUCAUAAUAGGAUAACUGAGAGCCCCCAUAAUAGAGGCGAGGACGGAAACGGACGUGGGGAUGCGAGAGGAAACAGCAGCAAGGAUGCUGAGGGGGGAAGUGACAACCAUGACAGGGGCCGGAGAUGACACAACGGGGGCAGGGGAAGGAGGGGUUAAUAACUGAACCUGGGUGGACAUUACAGGAAGGGUGGGACAGGGGCAGGAAUGGAAGGAAUGACGGAGGGAGAAGGUGGGACAGGGGCGGGAACGGAAGAAAUGACAGAGGGAGAAGGUGGGACGGGGGAGGAAACAGAAGGCAUGACAGGAAGGAAGGGUAGGACAGGGGCUGGAACGGAGGGAAUGACAGAGGGAGAAGGUGGGACGGGGGAGGGAAUGGAAGGCAUGACAGGAAGGAAGAGUGGGACAGGGGCUGGAACGGAAGGAAUGACAGAGGGAGAAGGUGGGACGGGGGAGGGAAGGAAGGCAUGACAGGAAGGAAGGGUAAUAAUAAGAUCUGUCCGCUCCAAGGAUGGGGUACAGGGGGGUGGGGGCUGGAGGGGCUGUGUCAGUUGGAGCUUGUGGCCGGACAGGGGCUACGGGGGUUGGGUUAGCCCCCUUCUCUUUGCGCCAGACGCCAUCAUAGGGCGGUGGCUGGGACACAUUUGGGGUAGAAUCAACAGUACAAACAUUUUCAUGGUAUACAUAAACUUUUUGUCCUUCAAAUACUAGUUCUUCCUCUAACCACCCUUCACGUUUAAUUCCUUUUGCAACACGAUACCAAGCUUCUGCUGCCUUAGUCAAUCCAUUAUCAAGCAGCAAUCCCUCUUUAUCUAUCAACAAUUUUCUCCAGCUCUCUGGUCGUAACCGGCCUCUGGGAGACAUAGUAAUACCACAGAUCUUAGCAAUCUUUCUCACCUUAAUCACAGCCUCCUCACCUGCCUUCUCUUUCACAAUAUCACAAGCCAACUGGCCCUUAGAGGGCCUAGCAUGCUCCUGUCCCAUUCUCAAAAUACAAGUCGUCACUUGAGAGAGAGAUAGAAACAGGAAAAAGAUCGUCUACAGUGUUUGACUGCCACGUGAUACGUGCGUCUUCCCAAAAUGUAGAUUAGUCACUGGAUCCGCCCACCCAAAGUGGUCAUGGAUUGGAGCGAGGCGAGCAGUGUGUGACUAACACUGUUCUGGAUUAAAGGUACAGUAGAGGAAGAGAGAGAAAGUGAAAGUGAAAAUGCCAAUAAGAAGACACUUGCAAGAAUCACAAAUAAAAAUAUGUGCACGUAGUCUUGAAUCAAAGAUAAACCACACAACACACACAGAUGCAAUCACGUCACAUACAAUGCAAUAAAGAAUAACAUAUCAAGCAUAACAAUAAUAAAACCAGCAAUCUCUGCUCCUCUCUGAACAGUAUAGCACGUUUCCAAGCCUCUCCUAGGCGGUAUAGCGGUCCCGGCUCCUCUCUGAACAGUAUAGCACGUUUCCCAGCCUCUCCUAGGCGGUAUAGUGGUCCCUGCUCCUCUCUGAACAGUAUAGCAAAUAGACAAGAUACUGCGGUCCCUGCCAAUUAGGCAGUCAAGCUAAUAAUAUGUAACAAUACAAUGCAAUUAACCUAUCUUAAAUCCCCAAGCAAACACUUUCACACCCAGGAGGCAGAUAGACAAUCAACAGGUUCUUAUAAAGAGACACCGGGCAAGAAUUUUUACCUGUCUUUGAUGCCUUCUGGCGGCCGGAGUGGACACAGAGGCAGGCCAGUCACAAAAACAGGAAAUAUAGGCAAAGUGCUAAUGUGCAAUCAUUACCGUAUAUAUAAGGAGGUGAUCAGUCUCUGGUCCCGUCUCCGCGGGUCCGCUCCGGCCGUCCUUUCGGGCAGAGCCGUGGAGCCCCACGUUGGGCGCCAAAUUGUCGUGGAUCAAAUCAAGUGUUUGAUCAUUUUUGUAUUUCUGCCCCUGUCCAAAUUGUUGAAUUAAAUACGUGCACGCUCCCAAAGUAAUUCACACCAGACACAAGUUUCAGGUUAAUGAAAAACUUAAGGAAAGUUUCAUCCAGGGGGCCGGUAUGCCCCUUAUAAAGCAAGAAUACAUGAUAUGCAUAAUUAUAAAUAACAGAGAAAAUACAUCAAUAAUUGGUUAGGUGUUAAGUGGUUCAUCUAAUGCACAUCCUACCGGGUGUGAUGUCACUGUCAUCAUGGAUCUCUCCUCCAGAUUCCAGCGCCAUCUUGUUAAUUGAGGUGGUUAGUCGAAGGGAGGAGUAACUCCCUAGCGGCCAUUUUAAGUAAUUUAUGAAUAAUACUGAUUAUAGUUAUGCAGAGUAAAUAGGCAUUUUACUAAAGUUAAUAUUCUGUCCAUAACAGUGGGAUUGUUAAUUAGUGAUAUGUGAAGUGAUUUUGUGGGGUGGGUGCCAAGUCCAAGUCUUGAAGCUUUCAAUACCUUUAUUAAACAGUAAUAACUGUUAAGGGGUGUGUAGUAAUGCUGUUAAAUCGAUAGGAUGUACUACCGUCGUUUCUCAAUCUGUGUAUGUAUAAUGAGUAGGAGCUCCCAUCUUGUUUCUCAAUCUGUGUAUGUAUAAUGAGUAGGAGCUCCCAUCUUGUGUGCAUUAAGCAAGUUCAAUUUUAAUUGAUUCAGGUUGGUUAGACUUAUGGGUGCAGAGGAGCCAUUCCAUAUAUAAAAUGACAAACUUUAAAAAAAAAAUAUUUUAUUAAAUAUAGUUUAUUCUUUAAAGAGAGCAUAAGUGGGGGGGCUUGCAGUUUGGGAAACCUCACUUUUUAAUAGAUUUACUCUACCACAAAGUCAUGGUAUAUGUACUUGCAUGUGUUCUACAAAUACUAGACAUACUGGAAAACAAGAGGAAAAAAUAUAUAUAUAAAGUAUAUGACAAAAUAUAUUUCACAUGCAUUCAAGUCAAAAUAUAUUUCACAUGCAUUCAAAAUUGUGGCCUCCUAAUACACUACUCGAAAAAAUAAAUGGAACACAAAAAUAACACAUCCUAGAUCUGAAUGAAUUAAAUAUUCUUCUGAAAUACUUUGUUCUUUACACAGUUGAAUAUGCUGAUAACAAAAUCACACAAAAAUAAAAAAAUGGAAAUCAAAUUUUUCAACCCAUGGAGGUCUGGAUUUGGAGUCACACUCAAAAUUUAUCCAACUUUGAUGUAAUGUCCUUAAAACAAGUCAAAAUGAGGCUCAGUAGUGUGUGUGGCCUCUACGUGCCUGUAUGACCUCCCUACAACGCCUGUGCAUGCUCCUGAUGAGGUGGCGGAUGGUCUCCUGAGGGAUCUCCUCCCAGACCUGGACUAAAGCAUCUGUCAACUCCUGGACAGUCUGUGGUGCAACGUGACACUGGUGGAUGGAGUGAGACAUGAUGUCCCAGAUGUGCUCAAUUGGAUUCAGGUCUGGGGAACGGGCGGGCCAGUCCAUAGCAUCAAUGCCUUCGUAUUGCAGGAACUGCUGACACACUCCAGUCACAUGAGGUCUAGCAUUAGGAGGAACCCAGGGCCAACCGCACCAGCAUAUGGUCUCACAAGGGGUCUGAGGAUCUCAUAUUGGUACAUAAUGGCAUUCAGGCUACCUGUGGCAAGCACAUGUAGGGCUGUGUGGCCCCCCCAAAGAAAUGCCACCCCACACCAUUACUGACCCACUGCCAAACCGGUCAUGCUGGAGGAUGUUGCAGGCAGCAGAACAUUCUCCACAGCGUCUCCAGACUCUGUCACGUCUGUCACAUGUGCUCAGUGUGAACAUGCUUUCAUCUGUGAAGAGCACAGGGCACCAGUGGCGAAUUUGCCAAUCUUGGUGUUCUCUGGCAAAUGCAAAACGUCCUGCACGGUGUUGGGCUGUAAGCACAACCCCCACCUGUGGACGUCAGGCCCUCAUGGAGUCUGUUUCUGACCAUUUGAGCAGACACAUGCACAUUUGUGGCCUGCUGGAGGUCAUUUUGAAGGGCUCUGGCAGUGCUCCUCCUUGCACAAAGGCGGAGGUAGCAGUCCUGCUGCUGGGUUGUUGCCCUCCUACGGCCUCCUCCACGUCUCCUGAUGUACUGGCCUGUCUCCUGGUAGCGCCUCCAUGCUCUGGACACUACGCUGACAGACACAGCAAACCUUCUUGCCACAGCUCGCAUUGAUGUGCCAUCCUGGAUGAGCUGCACUACCUGAGCCACUUUUGUGGGUUGUAGACUCCGUCUCAUGCUACCACUAGAGUGAAAGCACUGCCAGCAAUCAAAAGUGACCAAAACAUCAGCCAGGAAGCAUAGGAACUGAGAAGUGGUCUGUGGUGCUGCAGGUGGUGACUUGCUAAUUGGCUAUUUCCACCUGUUGUCUAUCCCAUUUGCACAACAGCAUGUGAAAUUGAUUGUGGAUAUGUGUAUAUGCAAACUAUAGCCUUUUACUAGAUAUGAGGGAAUGUUCAAUUCUCUACACAUGGGGCAUAUUUAUCAACGUGUUCUAAAAAAUUACAGUUAAAUUCCAUUACUAUUUUGAUUGUAUUUAUUAAAGUGAUCUAAAAAGUGAUAGCUAUCUUUGCAAAUUCAAAUUAUAUUUCAAGACCAACAAAUUUGGACUUGCGGAAGCAAGAGAAAUUAAAUAAAUGGUGUAUAUAUAAAGAAAGAAAAACUUAUAGUUGUGCCCCUAGGAAUUAGUAAUGUAGAUAUGAUAAACCAAGGUCGUCUGAUGAUUUAGGAUGGAAUGUUACGUGCCACUCUGUCUUUUAUGUCGCCAAAUAAAAUUAUUGAUUACUUUUUGCAGUAGGGCCAAAUCCCUUUUGGAUAUUUAUAAAGAAAAUUACAUGGUUACAUAGCUGACCUUAUGUCGUAUGUAAAGUCCUAUUCAUGAAUAGAUUUCCUAUUUGCCACAGGAAUGCCGGCUGCCUGUACCUAUGGCUGAGCAUGCUGGAGUCCUCGGCGUGCACCUAGAGUAAACCGCCGCAGCUGUGGACUGAGACGCGGUGAGGGACCUCCAGGUAAGUGUAGUCGUGACAUUUAGUCCCCUCCAGUGCCCCUCCCGAGAUUUGGUUCUGGAUCCGCCCCUAUGUAGGGGUUCAUUAUGUGUGUGUGGAAGGGGUGUAAUGUGAAAAGGGGUGUUGUGUGUGUGUAGGGGUUCAAUAUGUCAAGUUAUAUCACCCCCCCCUUUGAAUCCCAGGUGGUCCAGUGGUGGCACGCACAGUUCAGCCUUCAGCUCCGCUGGCUGCAAGCUGACUACUCUCUCCUUCCACGAGUACAGUGCAGUGUCGGAGCGUUGCCAUGGUAACGCGUGGCAACGCUCUGACCUGCCUGCUCGUGUUGCCUCCCAUGCCCUUUCUCCCUUCCUAUGCUGUAGCAGCAAAGUGCCUUGGGGCCAGUGAGGGAGAUCUUUGAACUCCCCACCGGCCCAGGAAGGCAGAUAGCAUAGCCUGCUCUGCAUGAGGCCGGCAGGGAAGAUGAAAGGAUCUCCCUUGUCGGCCUUGGCACAUGGGGAAAGGAGCCAGCUCUGCAGAAACUGGGACAUUUAUGCGUUCCGAGAAUGAUUCUCGGGAUGCCGGGACAAACAGGUGAAAACUGGGAUGUCUGGUCACCCUGAUCUAAAUUUAUGUGCCAGUGAGUGUAUCAUUGUUUGUGUGUGCCUGAGUAUACGUGCCAGUGUCUCUAUCUUUGUUUCACUGUGUAUCUGAGUGUGUGCCAGUGUGUGUAUCUGAGUGUAUGUGUGUGCGUGUGUUUCAAUGUGUCAGUGUGUAUCUGAUUGUGUGUGUGUGUGUGUAUAUAAUAGUGCAUGUAUGUAUGUGUCAAGGUGUUCACACGUUUGAUGGCUAUGUGUGUGUGGGGGGAGGGUGGCGCAGUAGUUGGUGAAGCCACCACCCUGGAAAGCAUUUUUGCACGCUGGUUUCAUUGAUAUGCUUUCCUAAAGAAAUGAUUUUUUUUUGAAGAAAUGGAGACAGGGUGAGAGUCGACUCAAUGACAAUACACGAUCCUCCGGAUUGGCUGAACCACUUCCAGGCCUGGGAGGCGAUCACUGUAUGAGCUGCGCGGCCUGGCUGCAGGGACUGUAGUAACGUGUCAGUUUUUUUAAUUGUAUCGACAAUGGGGAGUGUCCCUUACAGGCUGGCAAGCCAUCAUAUGAGUUCUAGUUCUGUAAAAUUCUUGCAUCCAACCAUUUCGUUUACAAUCCCUGUCCUAAAGUUUUAUGAGUCUGAAGAAAGAAGAAGGUUGCGAAACCCUUGUUUGCAGCCAAACAGCAUGACAUCACCCAUGCCAUGGUUCCGUGUCAGCGCUACUGCGCAUGCGCCAAGGCUCAGCGCCAGCGCCGCAUUUCACACCGCGCAUGCGCCAACCCACCCCCCCCACCCCCAAUCCCGCGGCUUUACAAGCUCUCGCGAGAACUCCGUGUUUUAUUCCUACGUAAUGUGCCGUGCUGCUUAUGGCGGCGCUGGUGAUGGUGCUGUGAGCUGUUGGGGUGAGUUUGGCUUUGUGAGCGGGUAUCUUGCCCUCAGACCCCACCAUUGUCCCGGUACAUGGCUGGCUGAGGCGGUGAGGGUGUCGGGAAGGGCUGGCAUGCAGUGAUAGCGGGCGGGGGAGGUCGGAGAGGGUAUCCGCUGCUGGCCCUCAGUGUUGCGCCUUAUUGCAUCGUAAUGGCCAGCCUGUAAUGGCUCGCGUGGACUACAUUUCCCGUGAUGCUCGGCCGGCUCUCCGGCUGGCUAGUCAUCAUGGGAAGCGUAGUCCGCGGCAGCUCGCCGUGCUAAUGGCUGUGUAUUGAUGGCGAGGCUGGCUGUAACACGCACUGCAGUCACGGUGUAUACGGCCUCCGUGGUGGGGAAGGCUGGCUGUUCGAAUAGCGGACAAUGGGGGGGGGGCACACAAUGCGGUGCCGGAGGGCUGGGUCUCGGGCAGGCACGGCCAAUGCGAGGGCGCAGACUCAAUCCGCGGCUCGCGCUGGCCAGGCCACGACCUUCCUGGGCCCGUGAUGCGCCGUGCGGCACGCUGGGAGUUGUAGUCCGCCCUGGCGUGUUCAGUUGGAAUGGGUCUUGUUGGGAGAACUACAAAUCCCUGCAAGCACCGGGCUGAUCUGGGAAUGUGCUUCCUUUCAUGCUGGGGCUUUUUGUUUCCCUCUCCAUGGUGUCGCAAUAGUAACUCACAUGACUCGGCGUGUUUUGUGUGUGUGUUCCUUGGUGCAUUUUACGGCCUUUAGUUUCAGGGCUUAUAAACUGAUUGGAGACCAGCUGAUGUGGCUGUUGGAGGGCUGUACAUGAAGUGCUGGCCUGCAGUGUGUGCAGUCUAUACACAGCAAGGAAUCAGUGAAUCAGGCAAAUUGUUUAAUAUGUUACCGGGAGCCAUCACUUUAACACAUGCUACAGGGCUGCUCACCAGCACGUGUUAAUGUGUGUCCAGGGAAAAAUGGUGGAUCUGGAAAGCACGGGCUCAUCAUAGCUCAUCUCUCUUGUAAGGGGAAGGAAACAUGCAAGACACGUGCAACUGCAUUUCCCUUUCUCAGGAAUGAGUGUACUUGUAAUAUGAAGCAAUCAAUGUUUUGGGAUUUUUUUAUUUAUUUUUUUAAAGCUAGUGUUGCUGAAAACAGAUUUGCCCAGUUUCCAGUAGACAGAGAUAAAUAUAUAUAUAUCUAUAUAUCUCGAAUUUCUUUAAUGUAAACAUUUUGUUGGCUGGCAGGAGGUGUUAAACAGCUGGAGGUCCAUAGUAGGACUGCCCCUCCCCUAAUGCAUACAAUUAAAACCUGGUGGUUGUAAUUAUUUUUGUGCUUGUGUGGGCUUUGGGAUGCUGUCGAAUUGGACAUGCAUAGGACAAAAUCUAUGAAAAAGUGCACUUUUGACACUUACUGUGCUUAGAAUAGUGCAUCUAAGAGUGAUUUUCAUUAUUUUAUAGAAAAAAAGUGUAAAUACAUCUUUGUCGUUUUAUUAGACAUUUUGUAAUAUGGGAGGUAUGUGUAUUUUUCUAUUCUUAAAGGAUCAGUUUUAUACAUUAUCCACACUUCUGGUUGAUGCCUGCUAACAUUAGAUUAGCUUUCACCAUUGCAAUAGCUUUGCUGCAUAUAGUUUUGACACUUCAUAGUGAAAAGGCUUUGCUUGUUUAUCUUCAUUACAGGUUGACCAUGUGGACCGAGCAUGUCUUUAUGAAUAAACCAUAAAUGGUGGAGGGGUGUGCUCUUUAAACAACCUGUCGUGUCUGACUAAAGUAAUAACCAGAUCUUAUUUUACUAUGUGGUAUAUUUUCUUAAAUUAUACAGCUUACCUUAUGGUUGGGUUGUUUAAACUUAAAAACACUGUGAUCUCUAAAAAUGCUGAAACAUACAUUUUGUUUUUUUCUAUACACUGUUUUACCUCAAAGGCACCAUCGUUCAGUACAUAUCCUUUUAGAGUGACAUGCUGGCAUGGGUUCAUGGGAGCUAUUUUUUCCAAAGGAAAUUUUUGGUUUGCCCUCUGUAGGUGUUAGCCAUAUAGCCCUCUGAAAAGCAGUUUCCAGUGAACCAAUCAAAGGCUGGAAUAGUGGAAAUAUAGGAUCACGUCAUUAUUGCAAUAGAGGAAAAAGAGUCAAUACUGGUUCUGAGAUUCUACACGUUAAGCUAUUGAAUAUAUACAUGAAAUAUAUUGAAAGAGAAUUUUAAAAACCCCAGGAAUUUUAUCUCGGCAGUCUUGGCCUACACCGUUCUUUGUCUAUCCUUCUAACAGGAAAGUAGUCUUUUCUAAGUGGGAGGAAUGUAACUCCUCACACGCCUGCUGGCUUUAAAAAAAAAAACAAAAAAAAAAAAACCUUGGUUAUAAAUAGUGAAAUAUCUGUUUAAUAAUUAUACUGCGGAGCAUACCCAUUUGCCUAUUAAUCCUUCUAUUGACAGAGAGCAGUAUCGGUGUAUAUCAGAGAUGCAUAUGUGUAUAUUCUAGUACCUUACUUGUCAGUCUGGACACAGUGAAAACCUAGACAUGCUUGACUGCUAGCACAACAGCAAACCCAAUGAGGGGUUACAUGAAACAUAUUUUGGAAUGGAACUAUGGGUGAGACCUUCAUCUACCUUAACACCAAAACAGCUAGUUACACAUCAUUUGAACAUUGUCAAGAGGAAGCUAGUGUCACAACUAAAAUCAGAUGGAAUACACCAAACCUCAUACAUGAGGAGGAAGAAAUUCUGAUACCUUAGGAGGGUUCCUAACCUGAAUUUCUUGCUCAAGAUGGCAUAAUGGGUGUAAGAUGAUCAUAGAAAAGCUAGCAGUCCUUGACCACUGGACAAGAUGAUGAAAGAUCGCUGGGAAAACGGUCACCAGACAUUAUUCUGGCUGAGGCACUGUCUACAGAUCGUAUGCCACAACAUUAGUCUGACUAAAAGAUCAGGCUGAAGGGACAAAAAAUGCCCACCAUAAAGGCAACAUAUAAGUAGUUAGCAAGCUGUAUCAACUUCAGAGGUGGAACGAUCAAAGAUAGACCUUGCCAACUGGGCAAAUACAAGGGUAUGCAUGUACCAGAGACACUGGAAACCGCUAAGCAGUGGCUAACUGCGCUGGCAACCAGACUGAGCAGAUGCACCAGAGAAGCAGAGGCUGAGAAAAUACAUGCUUUGUUUUUUUUUUGUUUAUAUAGCGCCAUCAGAUUUCGUAGUGCUGUACAAUGGGUGGACUAACAGACAUGUAAUUGAAACCAGAAAACUGAACGUACAGGAACAUUGAGGUUGAGGGCCUUGCUCAAUGUGCUUGCAUUCUAGUGGGAGUGGGGUAUAGUGACACAAAGGGUAAGGGUACUUGAUCCAUUCAAGGUGUAUGCAUAGCUGCAGGCUUACCAUUUAUCCACCCAAAGAUAGAACAGUGCUGGAAGAAUAUAUGGGGGAGAGAAGCAUCACUUAAAACAAAGACUCAGUGGCUUCUACAACUGAAAGCAGUCUACUGCAUGCUUUCAGAAAAGGAACCUGUCACCAUCAUAUUGGGAGAUCAAACCAUGAAUAGCCCACAUAAAGACUUGUUUAGACCCAGGACUUGCUAUGACCCACACCUAUUGGGUAAAGAUGACAAAACACUGUUUGCUAAGAGUGAGUGGGGGCAUUGACUCCCUAAUCCACCUAACUCUGAUAUACAGCAAGGACAUCAGAAUCUCGUUCCAACUAGAGAAGUGUGGGUGACUGAUGUCAAAAAAGAGGCAAGAUGAUCAGGACAGAAGGUCAAAUAUGAGACACAUGGAACGUCUACAAGUACCUCAAACACAUGGCAACCAUGAGGAAAAGGCAGGGAACAUCAAAGUACCUUCAAUGUCACAGGUCCUGAAGUCCCUUUUCAAUGGCAAUAACAAGAUCCAGUCAUCUGGUACCCAGCUAGAAUAAUAACCUGGCCAAGCGAAGAGUUGGUCACCAUGGAUGUCAACAUCCAGAAACUACUCCCUAUGAAUGGAGGAUUCCAUCCAGGUACUGUACACCUUCCGAAAGCAAGGCGAUCAGGGACUGAGUGUCAUGGCCACAGACCUGGAUGAAACCCAGAGCAUCAACGAGUACAUGACAAAGAUGAACUACUAAGGGAAUGUCUGAAACAGGAUGCAGAAAAUGUGGUUCUAUGGCAAGACAAACCUCUCCAUGGGGUGUACAAAUGGCAGUGAAUGUGCCUCACAUUACGAAAUCCUGCCAGUGGUUGGAAAUUGCAGGACAUAGACUGCACUGAGGCACUAAUCCUAGCAGCAUAGGAAUACACUUGACGCAAGCACUAUAGAACCUGGGGUCUUCCACAUCUGACAAAAACCAAGGUGCAGACUGUGCAAAGAGGCCUCUGCAACAAUCCAGCACAUAGUAGCCAGGUACAACAUAUUAGCAGGAAUGGCAUACACUGAGCGACACCUCAAAGUUGCUGGGAUUGUGUACUGGGCUGGACUUGCCGAAGUUCAAAUGGGAAUUGCCACAAAGGGUAAUUGAAAAUUACAGGGCUACGAUCCCGUGGGACUUUCAGAUACAGACACUCAUUUUGGCAAACCAACCUAGCAUCAUGGUGGUGGUUGAUGUGGCAAUAGCCAGUUACAAGAACAUCAAGAAGGAAGAACAUGAGGUGGACAAAUACCAAGGACUGAAAAAGGAGUUUGAAAAGAUGUGGAAAUUGAAGGUGGUGGUAGUUUGGUUUUGUGAUUGGAGCUUGGCUUUAACAGAUUCCAGGGAUCACUGUCCAGAAGAGUGCAGUUUUAGCAACAUCUAAGAUGCUGCACAAAACUUUCAGCUUCCCAGGGAAAAACAAUUUAGGGGUGAGAAAAUCAAUUCUACAUCUCUCAUUAAGGCACUUAACCUCAUAUGUGCCACAUAGGGAAUACACCCUCUACUCCCCAAGCAAAUCAGCGUGAAAGUAGCCUAACCAGGACCCUUGUAUAACAUUUCGGUUCUACUGCAGACUUGUGUAGUAUUGGUUUUCAAAUUGAGUAAUUUGUAGUUGGUUGCAUAAGGGAUAAAAAAACCUCAGCACUGGUUCAGACUUUGCUUCCGUUCCUCCCCUGCCCUCAGACGCAGUGCUCUCAUUAGUACUCCCCUUUCCCCCCGCCCCCCAUAUAGGAAAGCAUGUGCAAUGCUUUCCAAUGGGGAUUUGGGCUUGCUGGAUGUCAUCGUGCAUAGAACGUCCAGUGUCAGGCAACCAAAAGUCGCUAUACUACCUGGAAGUCCCUCUAGUGGCUGUCUAGUAGACUGCUACUAGAGGUGGAGUUAACCCUCAAAGGUAAUUAUUGCAAUUUCUUAAACUGCAAUAAUUAAAUUUGCAGAGUUAAGGACCUAGGGCACAGCACCCAGACUACUUCAAUUAGUGGAAGUGGUCUGUGAGCAUCUAAUGUCCCUUUAAGACUGGCAAACUCCAAUUGUGCUAGUAAAAUUCAGUCUCUGUAGCACACUCCUGAGAGGGAUGGUGGAAUUCCUCUGAUCUUGUGAUGGUAAGAUCCAAGCAGAUUUUUUUUUUUUUAAUUCUUUAUUUUUAUUUAUGUUGUGCACAAGUAUAACAUUAUGCCUGUGCAGCCACAACAGCUGGCACAAGCAAACCUUUUACUUCAUAACAAACAGGUAUUAUGGGUAAAGCAUUGAGGGUAAUGUGUCCAGUUUUAGUCCAUGGUAGCAGGAAGGAGCACACGGUUUCAAGACAGGUUGAUCCUGAAGUCCCUAUUGUAGUGGCCGUCUAGGUGUGUUAGGCACAUUACUGCUCCGAUCGUGGGUGAUGUUAUGUAGUCCUGCUAUCAGUGGACUUAUCAAUGGGUCUGUGGGCUGUCAUUAUGGUGCAGCAGGGACUAGGCUCCGAGGUGGCUAGUGAAAGGACAUACCCCCAUGACUAGGGAGAAGAUGUGUCAGUGUGGCCUGUUAACCCGCCUGUAGGGUGUUUGUUUAGGUGCAUGGGUAUCCAUGUCCCUAAUAUGUCCGUUCGUGGCCUGUCAAGUCAUCAGUCAGUGAGGGUGGCCCAUAGCCCGGUUUAUGAGUGAGAGAUUGUCGGUGUGUCCGGCUAGGUUCUAGGGACCCCUGAUUGAUUGUGUGCCUCAAGUGCUAGCGCAUUUGUGUUGUGUGGGCUAAGGUUGUGUGAUUGCUCUGGUCGUUAGUCUAGCCUAGGUCGGUGGCAGGAGGGAAGUGUAAACAGCGGGUGUCACCUGGUGGAAGUCCUGUAGGGUAAAGUCGUCGUUGGAGGUGCAUCGCAUUACUUGUGUGGGCUUUCUUCGUUUUCAACAGGCAAGAGUGUGUUACAGUCUUUGGCAGGUCCCGGGGGUAUUGAUGUCCCCUACCCUCCGUCAUUCAAGCCGGUUUAUGGUGGGUUCAGUCUUCUUGGUUCUCUAUGCUUGGUUCCCGCCUCUGGAUUCCGUCUCCGUGCCGGCCUCUUCAGUCGCCGAUGUUGUUUCUGCAUUUGUCGCAAGUUUUGCCUUCUGCGGCAAGUUAAGUGCCAUCAGGAAACCGGUUGGGUCCUCUUGUGCAGAAAGGGUCAGUAUCUUGUCUCCCUGCUGUACCACGAGGGUGCCCAGUGCUCCCCAUCUGUAUCGGAUCCCGUUUUCCCUGAGUUCCUUCGUCACGGGCAUAAACCUCCGCCUCUCCAGUAGGACAUUGAAGGGUAAGUCAUCGUAUACCCGUAUUGAGCAUCCGUCUACUCUGAUGUCAGAGGUAUUCCUCGAUCGUGCCAGGAUUGCAGCCUUAAUUGAAAUGUCUCGGGUGACAGCUUUGACGUCUCUGGGGGCAUCCGCAGGGGCCGUCGGAGCCUUUCGUAUUCGGAACGCGGUCAGGAGGGGCAUGUCGCCAGCUUUGGUUUGUACUCCCAGCGUUUUUGCUACUUCAUUGGCGAAGUCCAGUAUAGUCUCCGUGUUCACUCUUUCGGGUAUCCCGCGGAGCCGUACGUUUUUCUUGCGGUGUCGGGAUUCCAGCGAGGUGACCGUGCGGGUAAGCCCCUGAAUUUGUUGGGACAUAGUUUCUAUUUGGGCUCGGGUCUCCUUGAGCUCCUGCUCCCUGUGUGAUUCCUUAGUUUCCACCGCCGCAACCCGCGUGGAGAGGCCAUCAACCUCUGUGCGCACGCCAGCCAGGUCGGCCUUCCAUACCUCACGUAGGUCUAUCAGUAGUUUUUUAAUGUCCCCUUUGGUAGAGGGUGAGGUGUCGGAGUCCGACUCUUCGCUCCCAUAUACCUUGCUCAGGGUCCUUGCUGGCAUAAAGCUGUCUUCCUCCAGGGACUCAUCUGAGUAGCUAGAGUCUCGAGUCCUUGUGGGCGCCAUCUUGGGUAGCGAGGUCUGCUGCAGCCUUUCAAAGGACUCUCGGAUGUCCGGCUGUUUUGCGCUCCCCGAGUGAGUUAAUUUGCGGUUUUUUCGCCCCAUUGCGACCUGGAGGGGUUCUGCAAGAGCUGGUGUGUAUUUUUGGGGUUAAUUCUGUCUGUUUUCGUGGCGAUUUGUGCUAUUUAGCCGUGAGGCUUACGGGAGCUCCACAGCAGCACGUCUUGUUCUUUGCCCGGCUAGCCACGCCCCCCCCAAGCAGAUUUUUGAGGUGACAAAUGUUUUUUUUUUUUAACUCGAUUUCUGUAUUCAAGAAUGUCGUGGGGAAAUUACAUUGCCUUAUAUUGCUGCAGCAAAUAAAAAAAUUGCUUCCCUAAUGGAAUCGUCCCUGGUUAGGGCACACACAUUGUUAUACCAUCCAAAAACAGAAAACCCAAUUUGUUGGAGAUCCAGAAUUUUAUUUUCUUUCUUUUUUAAAGCCAGUUUAAUAUGUCUAUAGCACAACGUUCUUCCACUGCCUAUGUAUAAAGUUCAACUCUCAACUUUGUGUGGGGUGCUACUGUUGAAACAGUAAAAUUUUAAGCAGUACUUUGGCUUGCUGUAUGUGAAAUGUUAUGCCAAUGCAUAUCCAGAUGUGCUGGUCCUGAAGAAACAUUGUGUGAGUAACAGGUUGACUUUCACAGUGUCCAGUUAAGUGAUUUCACUGUAUUAAAAUUACUAAUUGGACUUUCUAUAGUUUGCUUCAAAUUUCUGCCCUCAGAUCCCAGGAAGUAACUGGGAGUGUGUGUCCAAUUUUGGACUUACAUUUUUAUUAAUCUGACUGCUUGGCAUUACCCCAGCAGGGCUUUAUAGGUUUUGUGUGGUUAAACACUCUCGCAGAAGUGUGCAUAGGUUACUUGGUAUUAAUAUGCUGGCAUCAUUAUAGACACUAUAGGGGGGUUAUGUGUAAAAUGUUGUUCUGAAAAGUAAUUUAAAGUACAAAAAGUGGGGCAGUUGUCAUGGAAACAAGUAGAACCUGCAGGCACAUCACAUAUGCAACACCCCCCUCACUCCAUUUCUGUGCUACUUUUCUGAACACUCUUUUUAUGCAAUUACCCACUUUGUCUAGUCAAUAUAUUUACCGGUAUAUGGUUAAUGUUUAAAUGGGAGCCAGAACAAUGAUACAUUGAUAAGCGUAUUACAUUUGUCUGUAUCUUAAUGUUUGUUUUUUUUGUGUGAAAUUACAUGACAUUCAUUUAGGCCCUUUGUGUACAUCUGUGUGGGUUAUUUUUAUUUUAUUUUUUUAAUGCGACAAUCCUGUUCCUAGCAGCUGCACACAUUUAGGUCUCUGAAGGAAUUCUCAUGCAGCUGUUAUAGCUGACUGCUCCAGUGCCUAUUAAUAGCUGCAGAUUUUGAGUAUUUCGUACAAGCGCUCUGUAUUCUGAGACCAUGACUUGCAGAUUUUGUAGUCCUUGCCAUGUGAAGGAAUGUCAGUGAUUGGGGAAGCUUCUCAGCCUGCCAAUCUGCAUUGUUUACUCCUCGAGAGCUUUCUAUUUCCUUGGAGCAUAUUUUAGUACAUUUACAAUUCUUACAUUGUACACCACACAGGGACAAGUUAAAUGGUGAUAACUUGUCCCUGUGUGGUGUACAUAGUAUGUGGUACUUAGCAGAAUUAGCAAAGACCACCGAUGGUGAUGUCGCCUGGGCAUGGGGGCAGGCUAAGAUGAGAUUUACGUAACUGAUCCUGUCUCUCACAAGUGGUGCCAUUUUUCGCUCAGCGGUUAACUUCAGCGCCAGGAACUGAUGUCGCUGAUGUAGUCUUGCCCAUUGCAAGAGUUCAUCAUCAAGGUCUCUGGUGGAUCUAUAGAUAAAGCAAAUUCCCUGCAGCCGUCACUUGUCACGGCUUUUGUGUUUGACCCUUCUGGAUAGUGGUAGCUUUACCCAGUGUUGAAGUGUCAGGCAUAGGAAAUAUGACCACGUGAUCUUUGGCCAGUCGCACAUGAUGGUAAGAUCUAAAAUAUUUCUACACAUUAGUGCUUUAUGAGAAGAUGAAUUUAUUUUCCUCUUCUGUAUUUGUCUUGUGUUUUGAUCACACAAUUGGGGAGGUGGGGUUGUUCCAGGAGAACCCAAAUAGAUCUAUAUUUUUAUUUUUUAUUUUUAUUUUUUUUAGGCUUUCUCAAUUUUUAGCCAGAGCCAUGACUUAAAGGUACACUAUAGUAACCAGAACAACUACAGCAUAUUGUAUUUGUUCUAGGGAGCAUAAUCAGUCCCUUCACACUUUUUGCAGUGAACACUUUUUUUUUUCCCCAAGAUAAAGGUCACUGUUUACAUUACAGCCUAGAGACCCCCUUCACUAGACACUUCUCAGAUGGCUACUAGAGGGUCUUCCUCUGCAUGGAGACACAACUUUCCUCAUGGAGAUGCAUUGAUUCAAGUCAUCUCUGUGAGGAGAUGCUGAUUGGCCAGUGGUGUUUGGCUUGAGCUAGCUCUGAUCUGUCUCCUUGACAGUCUCUGCAAAUCCAAUGCUUUUCAUAUGUGAAAGCAUUGUGAUUGGUUCAGAUCAGCACUUCUGAUGUCAGCCAAGUAGACAGAUCAGGGGCAGAACCAAGCACCGGCAGACUGGAAUAAAGGUAAGUUUUUACUAUAUUUAGGGGGAUAUAGUUUUUAACAUUAUAGGGCCAGGAAUACGUUUGUGUUCCUGACCCUAUAGUGUUCCUUUAAAUAGAAGUUCAGGUGCAGCAUGUAUUCAAAUUUAGUGUCACUGGAUUCCUUCUGUUAUUUGUUGAUACGUUAAUAUUCCAGGUCCUGAUUGGGAUCUAUCCUGAUGAUGAAGCAUUUCCCAGGGUCCUAUUGUGCCCUGAAAAGCAAGAGCGCACAGACGGUCAUGCCAUUCUUUAGGACCCCUGGAGUCUAGGCUGUGGAUUGACUUUUUUUAGAAUAUCUAAAAAUGAGUGGGUCUGUAUGUGUAAUACCCAGCAUAAAAACAAAUUAUUGACUUUAAAGUGUGCUUGCUGUCCUGACUAGCGCAGGUAAUUUGUACUGCCAAUGCAUAUUCUCUUUUUAAAGAUUGUAGAAUGCAUUGUUGCCCAUUAGAUGCGUUAACUUCUUUUCUACUAGAUAGUUACUAAUUUUUUUUAUUUUAUUUUUUUCAUUUUCUAGUAUGAAGUGUAACAGACCAGAAACUACCACCUGAAACUGCUGCUUCAAGUUCAGAUCAGUCAAGGAACACCUGCCACAAUAGUAACCAACAAGACCAAAGAAGAGAACUUGCGCUGAAGACACAACGCUUGAUCUGAAACAAGAAGUUUGUGCCUACUCAACAGCUACACAAGAGCACUUCCCAACGCUGCUAUUAGUCUUUGUUUUAUUCUCAGUGCUGCACUUUGCCACCGCCUAGUGCAGCGGGAGUUGUCUUUCUUAGCUCGAUAGAUCAUUUUCUCUAGCUAUCUUUUAAUACUAGCAACCGAAAACCUUCUGAAGCCUGCGCUGUCCGAAAAAAGAAAAAAGCAAAAAAAAAUUGUUUAAAUACUACUGAAAGUGCAAUACCUGAAUAUCUCAUCAAGGUGGGUGUAUUUUCAUAUUUCUCAGUGUGUGGUAGUUAAUCCCUAGUACAUAUUUGAGUAAUUUUUAUUCUAAUUACUUGCACUAACAUCACCAUCAUGAUUAUUGAGCACAGAAUUACUUGGGAAUAACCUAGUUUUACAAAAACGUUGUUUUGAAAUACAUGACUCUCGUUAUGCCUAUGGCCAAGGAAGUGUACUGAACACCACUAGAGGUCCUAUAUUAAAGGACCACUAUAUGUACCCAGACCACUUCAGCUCAAUGAAGUGGUCUGGGUGCCAUGUCCCCCAGGUUUUAACCCUGCAGCUGUAAACAUAGCAGUUUCAGAGAAACUGCUAUGCUUACACUAGGGUUAAUCCAGCCUCUAGUGGCUAUCUCACUGACACGCUAGAGGCGCUUCUCACUGUGAUUUUUCUGGGCGUCCAUAGGAAAGCAUUGAGAAAUACUUUCCUAUGGACUGUUUGAAUGCGUGCGGCUCUUGCCGCGCAUGCGCAUUCAGCGCUGACGUCUGGAGGAGGAGAGUUCCCUAGCACUGAGGGAGCCCAGAGCUGGAAAAGGGUAAAUGUUUAACUCCUUCAGCCCAGCGGGAGUGGGACCCUGAGGGAGGGGGACCGAAAGACCCUAUAAUACCUUGUUUUCCUGGCACUAUAGUGGUCCUCUAACCAUUUGAAUAGUUCAGUUGCAAAUGGCUUGAGCUGCAAUAAAGUGCAUUUUGUUUGCACGCUUUAAACCAUUGAAUUUGGCUUUUUACACAUGCUCUGCAACUUGUUUCAUGGAUUGACAACCUGUUUAUAUAUCCGUUCUGUACGAUCCGAUGCGCAUAGAGUGGGCUUUAGACUGGAACGUGUUCACCUACAAUUAGCCAUACUGUUCUCUUAAUCCACGAUAACGUGGAUAAAUGUAGUUUCACUUAUUUUAUGUUAAAAAAAAAAAAUAUCUUGUUCAAGUCAUCCCUCACCAAAUGUCAGUUACAAAGUGUACUGUCUUGCUCUUCAAUGUUAUUGGCUACUGAAAGUGUUUUUGUUAAACUGAGGUCUUUUCUGCACAAAUACUGGCAGAGCUCAUUUUCCAGCCAUUGCCUAAUUUUAUCUUCAGAGCAAUAUACCCUGGGAACUGUAGGCAUACAGCAGGCGUAUGUUCUCCCACACCUGUACUGGGAAAGACCGUAUCACUAUAGUAAAUGAGCAGUUGUCUGGUGCCCAACAACAAGUGCUUGUUCCAAUAAUGGGAACCCAGUUGUCCUAGCUAAAUGUCUAAGAACCACUGCUUUAGAGAUUGCAUCUGUGGCAGGGAACUCAUAAGGUUUUAGGUGAUCCCCCUUCUCCCUACAAUGCCAAAGUGUAUGUGGUUGAUAACGUUAGGCAUGCAGAGGCUUACACAGUCUUAAAAGUCAGUCAAUAACUUGACAGACUUCUAUCCAUGUUUAGGUGCGGGGGAGGGUUAGGGCUAAUCCGUAAGGGGAAUGAUCUUUUAGGAAUACAUGUUGAAUAAGUCUUUGGCACAGUUGGCAUUCCUGGAGUAAGAGUUCAACCACAAGCUCUCCACAGUAGAUGACAACUGGACAACUGUCAGAAACAAAAGGCAUUCCAUAGUUUAGUUGUAUUUGAAUGUAAAAAGUAAAUGGUGGGAUUAUGGAGUUGGUUUUUUCUCUUUAAUAGUGUUGGAGUAAUUUAUAUAAUUUCUGGGUAGUCAUAUACUCAAGUAUUUGUGAGCAAUUGGGUGACGCAUUUUUCACAAAAUUACGUUUUUGAAAAAGUAUUCUUUAGAGUCACAUUAUGCAGGAAGUGACUCCAAAUUUUUAGUUCCACUAUGGCUAGUAUGUUAAUCAUGUAAAAAAAGUCAACAUAGUUAUACUCCUCUUCUGUCCCAUUAAGGACCAAGGCUUUUUUGGCACUUUAUUUUGUGUUCAUUCUAACAAUGUCCCCCUUUUCUGUUUAAGUGCUCCUAUUAACAUUAUAUUUAACACUUUAAAUGAGAAAAGGGGCUUUCUUUUGUUACCCUACAUGUAUAAGCUAUAAAAAAAAAAAAUCCACGUUUUUUUAUUUCAUUUCUACACAAGUGCAAAUAAAAAAAAAAAAAAAAACUCUAAUUGGAUUCAUUAAUUGGUCCUGUAUGUUUAGGACUUCAUUUGGUUUUUAUAAGUUAUAGAACACAUCCUGUAAGGAGUGAGUUAUGGUUAAUAUCAGAAUCCAAAACUGCUAUACAAAAGUAUAUAUUUGUUGAAAGUAUGUUAACCAUUUUAACACUUCUCUUUUAACCAUUUUUAUCACAAACCUAGGUCAUAUUUUAUUCCAUUUUCUGUGGAAAUGCACAGACCAAUACUGCACUUCAUAGUCUGCUACUGGUUUAGAGUACGUUGAUACCCGACAUGCAUAACUUUUGCUCCUAAUCCUAGCUCUGUUGAUGUCAGUAAUGAUAUCCGCAUAGGGCUUGUGAGUACUCUGUACUGUAGAAAGCAAGAUGGUGUGGCACUCCUGGAGACAGUGCACUGGUUCCUACACAAUUUGGUACUCUGUGAUGAAGGCCCGCAUCCUCCAAGUCAUCUCAAGUAGCUAAUCCACAGGUUCAACAGGUAAAGUGCAUCAUCUAGGUUUAUUAAAGACAGGGACUCAAAUAUACAUUUUGACCAACAUGCCUUAACCAUACAUGAAACUGUGGAUUCUCUACUUGAUAGUACACGCCGUAUUGUCAUUGCAGUGUGAGAUGGCAAUAUCCUCUCAUCCUGUAGCUCCAGCACACAAACUGGUGCUGGGCACUAGGCAAAGCCCAGCACCGAUCUUGCAGCAGGGGACCUCACCAGAGUAUUUUCAGACCCUGGGGUCUACUUGACAUUGUUUUAUCUACCAGAGCAACCCUCAGCCAACACAUGAAAAUCCAUUUUAAAGGGCUAUGAGUAGCGCUCACAUUUAUUCGGUCAGUCCGUUGCCCCAAUAGAGAAUAGACUAAAAAGUAUUGAGAUACCUGGACUUUCUUGGUACCAGCAAGGAUUUAGAUAUGUUUACUGUAUGACAGCCUAUGCCUUCAACGGCAUUAAAACUCUACGUUGAAUGAUUGCAAAGUCGUCUGGUCAUUAAAGGGACACUACAGGCACCCAGAUAACUUAGUGGUUUGGGUGCAGUGUCCCUGUUGCUUUAAACCUGCAGUGUAAACAUUGCAGUAUUAAGAAUGUCUUUUGUGGCUGUGUAACCUCCUGCGGUUUGUUUGACUGUGAAACGACGCUGGACGUUCUCACACAUCCAGUGUCUAGAAAAUCCCCAUAGGAAAGCAGUGAGGCAAUGGUUUCCCAUGGCGAAGGUCUAAUGGGCACGCAUGCAUAUUAAGUGUUUUCCCCCCAUGCGUGACGUUGGAAAAGCAUGAUCCAGUGCAGAGGGAACUAUGAAGAGGAGUCCAUACAGUCACUUAGAUAAAAUCCAUUAAUGAAGCUACAGCUUUGCUAAUAGCUAUACUAUUACCCUAACAGAUGGUUUCAUGCAGUUCAUGAAUUUUGAUUAGUGGUUGAAAAGCUUUCAAAUGAAAGAUUAUCUUCAACACAUUAUGAAGACAUGCACAUUAAUUCCUUAUGAAACUUGUACAACUCUCCCACAGAAAAUAGGGGAACAUGAGCGCCACUUCCCAGUCUAAAAGCUUGCUGAAAGUGCUUUGGGCUGGUACCAAAUGGGAACUCUCUGGUGGUUUCAAUUGCCAUAUAACUGGCUUGGUAUUCCCUGUCAUUCGUGUAACUUAAUGCUUUUGUGAACCUUGGUACCCAUACUCCUGAUUAAUCCUUCAUAAAUGAACACUCCAAGCACCAUAGUAGAUACAGCCUGCUGUUGUGGUUACCCUCCCAUGAUAAGUAUUAAAGCUAUUUAUGAAUGGGUUGACAACCUGUCUGAGGACCAUUGGAUCUGGUCACAGCCCUGCUCGUUUUCUGAAGAUGUGCAGAGUGCCGCCGGUCAGGGACGUCAUUGAUUGCCUUAGAGCAUCAAAUGCCCAAUAUAAGCCAAUCACUAGUUUCCUAUUCAUAAAGUAUGUGGGUUUUUUUUUUUGUGUGUGUGUGUAUGUAUAUCGAUUACACAUAUACACACUUUUUAACACUCAUCUACCUUAUGAACUGUGUGGUGGUUCUUGUGUAUAGCAAUCUUUAUUUCCAGAUAACUGUGUGUGCAGAGUAUCAUUUGGAGAUUUAGAAGAACAAUUUCCUAUGUCAUGCACUGUACAAGAUGAAAGCUACUUGGCAAACAAGAGCCCACUUCAGAAUGUCCUUUAGUGCUAAUCCCUAGGGCAGGGAUAGGCAACCUUUGGUACGCCUGAUGGUGUUGAUUACAUCCCUUAUGCUCUUACACCCUUAAUGCUGGCAAAGCAUCAUGAGAUGCGUAGUCCAAAACAUCUGGAGUACUGAAGGUUGCCUAUGCCUGCUCUAGGGUAUGCAGAGAUCAGAAAAGGUCAAAGUCCUAGUUCUCUCCUCGUCAUUCCAUUAUUUAAAUGAAGGUGCUGUGCAAAUCUGUAAUAAUCUGGACAAUUCAGGUUGAAUAUGUAGCGAUUAGGGAUCGACUGUUUAUCGGUUUUACCGAUCUUCGUUAUUUUCGGCAAUAUCUGUAUCAGCCAAUAAAGAUCCCUAUAUUGACAAUAAUACACAGCAGGACCACCGGGCUCAUUACAAGCUCGGUGGUCUUGGGGACCCGCAGCAAGCUGUUACUUAGCUUCCAAGCAGCUCCCUGUGUAAAUCUUGCGAGUCCCGCGGCCGUCAGAGCGUUGCCACAGGUUACCAUGGCAAUGCUCCGUGUCUCACACAGACCGCAAGAUUUAGACAGGGAGCUGCUUGGAAUGUAACCGUUUGGUGCGGGCCCCCACUGCUCAGUACAUGCCACUGGACCACCUGAGAAUGCCAUAGCCCCCCUCCCUGGCAAAGUAAGAAGCAGGGAGGGGGGACAAAAAAAAAUAUAUACAUUCACUCUGAUAUAUAUAUAUUCUCUAUAUCUCACUCUGCAUUAUGUCCUGAUGAAAGCUCCCUAGAGGAGCUGAAACAUUGAUUUUCAGAUGUAUACUGGAGAGUAAAUCUUUGAAAUUCCUUGAGUGCCGGUAUUUUUCCUUCAUUUAUAUCAAAGCACCAGGUACUGUCUUUUCUUUACAAGUUGGAGUGCAAGGGCUUUCUGUAUUUUUGUGUGUAUGUGUAUACUCCGAGAGAGAGAGAGAGAGAGAGAGAUAUUAUAAAUAUAUAUAUACACACACACAUACACACACACACACUCUGCAUACACUAUACGUGGCAUGUAUAUUUUGUGCAUUUAACUUUUUAGAAAUAGUUUAUUUUUUCAAAAUGGUAAAUGUACAGAAUAAAGUUAUCGGCCUGAAAGUUCACAGUAUCUGCUCUAAAAAAAUCAAUAUCGUUUGAUCCCUAGUAGCGAUCUGUCACAAGUAGUUUAUAGCUAUUCUGCACAUUUUCUUGGACUUCUUGUGACCUUAACUGCACUAUUAAUAUUUUUUAUAUUGCUGUAAAAGACCAUGCAUGCCAGACAAUUAUGUGGUCCGAGAGAAGCUGCAGCAGUUUUAGGAAAUCGCAGAUCUAAUAAGGAUGGGACAGUGCAUAUGUUAGUCUGAGGAACCUCCUGUAUAAGACAGCAUGUGGUCAUGAUGCUAGAUUACACAAAUUAAUUAACCUCAUAGUAUUCCAUCAUAAAAUAUAUAGUGCUGACAACAUAUGUUUAGUAUAGAUUGCUUAUUUUUCCUGUUUAUUGUGUCUGUGCAGUCAGCAUGUGUAAACCUUGUGUCUAAACAAAUCACAAAACUUAAUUUGUCAUUGGUUUGCAGACAGUGGAACAAUUUAGUCUGCUACAAGUCACCAAGUAGCUUUACUCAGAACUUUUGACUUGAAAUUGAUGCAAGUACCAUUUACACAUGUUGAGUAGAUUGAGGAUCUCCUUAUUUCAGAGCAUUCUCAUUGAGGUUCUGGUGACUUCUAAUGUGAACGGUUUCUUACGUUUUCAGUCCUGGAAUUAAAUGGUUAAAGGACAUGUCCCAUUACAUGCAUAACAAAAUAAUGCUUUGAAUUAAUAUUGGGAAUGGGUAUCUGCAGAAACACAAUGUUUACUCUUAACAUUGUUUUUAAUUUUAUUUUUUGAAAACCUAAACUGAUUCUGCAUAUUUAAUUUUUUUUUCCCUUCAAUACAAUCAUUCCUUGUUUCUAUAUGUAUUGUUUUUGUGACUUGUAUGGUUUUAAACUGAAAAAUCAUUUUAUAUACAAUUUUUAUUUUAUUAUAUACAUAUAAGUGUUUUCUUAUUCUUUGUCCUCUGCUUUGCACUCUUCCUUCCACCUUGUGUCCUCCCAUAACCUUGAUUUGAGAGAGAAGUGCAUUGGGUUCUCAUCGACUUGGCUUCCUACUCAUUAUUGGGACCUAACCAGUAUCAUAUCAUACGGCAUCUUGCAAAUGAGCUUGUCGUUUCCAGCCACACGUGAAUUGAUCAGGUUGUCUUGUUUUGAUUUUGUUAUAUGCAGCAUUGUAAAAUUAAGUUGAAACAGGAGUAGAAAUAUGGCAAGCACCUGGAAAGAAUUUGUUGAAUUUUCCAUGCCGUCUUCUCCCCCUACUGCAUACGUUAGUGCCAACCUGGGCAAUGCAUCUCCUGUCGGACUGACUUUAUCACCUUAUGGCCGAUCAGUAAGUUAUUUCACCCUACUAGAACUCUGCUACAUUAAUCCCUGACUCUAGUGCAUAACAAGAUCUGUGCCCUGCUCAAACAUGGCCUUGUAUUUUCAUUUUUUUUUUUUCUGCCCAUCUUCACUUUAAUAUUUUUACUAACUUAAUAAAAUCCCUCCAUCCUUUAUUUUUUGCUAUCCACUAAAGUGCAGCAUUACAUAUUUAAAACUAGUGUGAAUAUAUAUAUAUAUAUAUUUAUUUUUAUUUCCCAUCCCUCCCCCCACAUAAUCCCAUUGCUUAUGGGAUCUCGUAAACUUGAGUUGUGAAUACCAAACACUUGUUUAUUUGCUUUACCUCUUAAAUAAACAAAUUGUGCCACCACUGACUAAAAAUACAAGGGGAGUUUAAAACCUAUGUAGACAUGACCUACUGUUCAACUAAACCCCUUUCUAAUAAAACUGCAAAACGCAUCCUCAAGCAUGGUCUGUUUCCAACAGGCAUCCAAUUAGCUGUGCUGCUGUAGCAUGCAGAGCAACAUUAAUCAAUGAAGAGUUUGUUUAAUGCAGACCCAUAUUAUAUUGCAUAUAUAAAAUUAUCAUAAUGGUAACAAAAGAAUGAGGGUUAACAUUAAUAAUGUUUGAGAACAGACUAGUUGUAAUUUCAGUAUUAUCCAUGUUAAUGUCUUCUAAUACAGUGGUUAUAACAUGAUUUUCUAUGUAGUUAACUGUAGUAUACCCUGUCUGCGAAACCAAGAACUGGUUUCUUAUUUAAAGGGACACUAUAGUCACCCAGAACACUUCAGCUCAAUGAAGUGGUCUGGGUGCCAGGUUCCCCAGGUUUUAACCUUUAAGAUGUAAACAUAGAAGUUUCAGAUAAACUGCUAUGUUUACAUUGCAGGGUUAAUCCAACCUCUAGUGGCUGUCUUCCUGACAGCCACUAGAGGCACAUCCAGCGUGCAGAACCUCCAUAGGAAAGCAUUGAGAAAUGCUUUUCAAUGGACUGUUUGCGCGCGCAGCUCUUGCCGCGCAUGCACAUUCAACUCCAUUCGGGAGCUGAUGGCGGAAGAGAGGUCAACAGCGCAGAGUGAGCCCUGCACUGUAUAAAGGUAAGUGGCUCAAAGGGUUUUAAUCCCUUCAGCCCAGCAGGAGGGGGACCCUGGGAGUAGGGGGUCCUAAGGAUGUUAUAGUGUCAGGAAAACAAGCUUGUUUUCCUGACACUAUAUAGUGAUCCUUUAAGUAAUGUUACAGUGCAUUCGACCUGCUUGCACAAGGUGUUUUGUUUAUUUUUAUUUUAAAUCUAAGAUUCCAUGAGUAUUUUUUCCUGUAGUCUUUGCGUAGGCCUGGAUGUGUGUGCAUAGUAGUUUUUGACCGUCCUGGUCUUGGCUUUUGUGGUGGGUAUUUGUUAUAUACCUGUUUUAAGGCUGCCACUGGACCAUAUCCAGACAUACGGUUUUAGUGCAAAAGAGAAUAUUUUGGGGGCUUGUGUGUGUGCUCCCUGUGAUGUGUGUAAAGAAGCUGAAGCCUGUAGAGGUGUGUCUAGGACUGCCUAGGUGCUUUAACUCCUAAAUUGCAGAGAAUAGAGAAGUGGGAAUGCAUAAUCUGUACACCAAAACAAUUUCGGCCAUAAUCUGUACACCAAAACAAUUUAGUUCGCAUGUGUAAUUCUAUGUAAUUUUCCUCUUAGUGCCUUUUCUGUGUACAAAUACUAACAUUUGAUUUAUUGUGCCAAACUCCAAACAUGACACACACUAAAAAGUUAAAUGUACAAAUCCCCAUUUACCUGCUAAAAGUAACAUAAGAUAAGAAUUCUAUAGACUGUCCGUUGAUCAAGUAGUUUGGUUAUAAUUACUGUCACACAUUCUUCUCCAUAGCUUACUAUUUCUAUUUUGAUCUUUGCAAAGUGGUUAAAAAAAUGAUUAUUGCGAUUAAGCACUUUAGAUAUAUAAAUUUGUCAAAAGAUUUAACUGCUGGGUCUCUCCUUAGUAGCAUUUCUGCUCGUUGGUUACCAGCGUGAAACUGUGGCCUGUAGAAUCUCCCUUACAUCAAAUGAGAUUGUCUACUGUGCAUCAUGUGAGAAGAUGCAUGUUUCAUGGACCAUCACAAUGGUCAGCUGAUUGGGAAUGACAAGACACAAAAGCUUUCUAAAGUGAUGUGUUCAGUUAGACAAACUGCACAGUAAUUUUUGUUUGUGUUCGUGUUCCUGUUGUGUUGAACUUUUUAAUCAGUCUCUAUGGGGGGAAAAUGGAAGUGACAGUGUUACUAAGCCUCCUUAUUUUGAUUGUUCAUAAUAUGUAGUAAUGUCAGAGAGUGACUUCUGUUUUUCAAUUGCAAUAUCCAUGCAGACUCUAUUACUAAGCAAUUUCUUCAAUAAAUAUCAAAAUCCCUUCUGUAUUCGUAAACUGACUGGUACAGUAUUGUCAGUGUUGCAUAUUCUUACGUGCGAUUACCUAAAUGAUGCAAGCUAUAAACAUUAUUACAAGCAAAUAUUGCUUACAUUUAUAUGGGGGGGAGAGGGUGGCAUAUUUUUGUGGGGUCUAGUUCAAAAUAAUUCUCAUUAUAUGGGACUGUUUGGAGCUUUGCAGAGAGUUGAUGCACACUAAUAACAAUUUGUAUUAAGGGGCACUGUAAGCCACAAACCUUUUUUACUAUUUUGUUUUAAUAUAGUUUUUGGUGCAUAGAUGCUUUUCUUUUUAGCUAGACAUUUGAAAGGGGCAAUAUAAACACCCAUACCACUUCAUGUCACUUUAGUGGUCUGGGUGAAGUGCCCCUGUAUGUUUAACCCUGCCAUAUAAAACACUGCAGUUUUCCAGAAACUGCAGUGAUUACAUUGCAGGGAUAACUUCUGCCUAUCGUGGCUCUUCUGCUCGAUAACGGAGUUUCAGUCUGUGAAAUGUUACACUUUGCAUGAGGACGUCUUAUAUCUAUAAAUUCCCCAUAGGAAAGUAUUGAUGCAAUAUUUUUGUGUGGGGAAGCUUUAAUGUGUCAGGUUAGUACCACACAUUAGAUUACCCACCUCACCUUACUAUUUUUUUCCAUAUUAAAUGUAAUCCGGCAUCCUGGUUCAGUCCAAGACCUAUCAUAGAGAAGCCAGUGGUUGGACUGUUUUGUGCGCUUAGAGCGCUCUAAACUGUUGAAUGGGGCAGGUGGAGAGGACAAGAAUAUUGCGUCUGUUUCCGGUGCGCUGACGACCGAUGUAGAAUAUGCACAGAACUGACAGAAUUCAUGGCUGCAAAAGUAGUGUCCUGGGGGCGUAACAAGCUCCAGCCCACAAAUGCAAAUAUCUGGACAUGCUGUGUGUAACGGAUCACUGGGUACCUCUGAAGGAUGCUCCUCGCGCUUCCUGAGGACUCCAAGCACUGCAGCAGAUACCACAACCGGAGAAGCAUACAAAUGCUCUCAAGCAUAUGAAUGCUGUAAGCAGCUGAACAGGAAAAGCAUACAAUCAGCUUACACUCCUGGCAAUCAGCAUACAAUCCAAUAACAAGACGAUACUUCGUUUUGAGGUCAAGCAGAACUGACUGUACUGGAACAUACAGCCUCUUUUAUUCCCAAUCCACAAAUUUUAGUACUGCCCACAGGGUUUUACAGAACAACCAAUAACACACAUACAUUACUGAAAACACUCCCAGCAAUUAUACACACAAGCCUCCCCUCUGCCUGUGAUAUAAUUAUGGUACACAAUGGGUUAACAUAAUUAUCACAAGCGGGAAAGUUUUUAUACAUGUGCUAUAACUUUAAAAAUAUACGUCCAAUCUUCGUGAAUUACAUAUUCAGAAUCAGCACACUUUAAACAAACUCUCUCAAAAAUUAGACAAAUCCAUCCAGUAGAUAGUUAGCUGGGAGUCCUUUGACUGACCGCAAGCACCAUUUCCUGCCCCAAACAGUUCCAUAGAUUUGGGCUGUGCGGUCGGUCUGUUUUACACAGAAAAAUGACUAAGUCCCAUUCGAAUGCACGAACGGGGCCAUUCGUGCAUUUAGCUUGGUAUGGCAGGGAGUUCAAACUGCCGAACGGGACUUAAUCUCUGCAGCUGAAAACUGAGUGUAGAAGAAGGUAAGGGUCAGCGGUGUUUGUUGCAAUGUGUAGCAGAUUUCAGUUCCAUGGAUUUGGCUACACAUAUCGCUGACCUCGUUCGUAUGAACAAAGAUGGCCGCGGCCACUUCGACUACUUCGGCUGCAUCCGAAGUGCCAAUUUAAAGCUGCAGAACUGCUCCAAUACAAUUUUUAAAGGGGCAGCAAGUCUUUUUUUAAUCCAAUCUGCUAAAAUAGUCUUUAACAGGCAAUAUCUUCCAAGGGCAUUGUUCCCAAAAGUCACAGUAUGUCCCAAGAUAGUCCUUAAAGGGCCAGCAGCAUAAUAAAAUACAAUAUGCCCAAAUACUGUAUUUAAAGGGCCAAAUCUCCCAGGGGUCAUAGUCAGGAGGCAGGCAAACAGGCUUCUCCAAUGCCCGGUGGCGAGGUUGGUUUCGCCACACUGUUUCAAGCAGAAAUCCUCCACUUCCAUACUCCAUGACCACUUCAAAUCACUGAAGUGGUCAUGCUUGUGGGAAAACAAAAUUCCUACUGAGCAUUUGUGAGGCGCACCAUUAAUCCAGUGGUUUUCUGAGAAGCAAUAACAAUGUUCAGUUAUACUGAACAUAAAGACUUGUAAUUGAAGGUUCCACUAAUUUCAGAUGUAAAUUUACUAAAAGUGUCAAAUUACAGAUUCUCACAAACUUCAAAGUGUAAAGGAGCACUAUAGUGUUCAAACCACCCCCUUAGAAAGUGUUAAAACGAGCCAUUGGAAUGACUAAGAUUGUCAAGAAGGCGGGGCAGGGGCAAACAUCAACCUGGCCAAUCAGUAUAUACUCUAGAGAUGCAAUGAAUGCAUCAUGAGGGUAAAGUUUAGUGUCUCCAUGCAGAAUGUCUGCACACUGCAGCACUGACCCAGGAAUCACCUCUAGUGGCUGAGUGAGGAGUGGCCAGUGAAGGUGUCCUUAGGCCAGGGAUAGGCUACCUUUUGGCACUCCCAGAUGUUGUGGACUACAUCUCCCAUAAUGCUCUUACACCCAUAAUUCUGGCAAAUCAUCAUGGGAGGUGUAGUCCAAAACAUCUGGAGUGCCGAAGGUUGCCUAUGCCUGCCCUAGGCUGUAACGUAAACACUGCAUUUUAUCUGCAAAGGCAAUGUUUACAGCAAAAAGUCUGCAGGAACAAACUAUAGACAGCAGAACUACAACAUUAAACUUUGCGUUUGUGAGACUCCAUGGACAACCUCGAGGCACCUAAACAACUACAUUAAGAUAUUGUGGUUUUGGUGCUUAUUGCUCCAUUAAACGGAUUUCCAACUUGGAGCCUGACGCAAUUUAUUUUCUGCAUUCUUACCUUUUAUUUGGCCACGUGUAAAUCCCUUAUACAUUUUAGUCAUUCAAAAAAUUGAUUGAAAAAGUUGUGUAGCAUUAUUUCCCAUGUUGUCAUAUUCUUGCAGUGAUGGCCCUUCCCAUGCUAACUGAAGUCAAAACCUUAACUGCUUGCUUACUUUUUAUACACCAUGCCAGUUGGAUAAUUGUUUGUGUCGCAAAGCCUUUUGGUGUGUGAUUCUGUUCUUUUUCUGGUGUGCAAUAUUUAAAAACGUUCAACAUACAGACCUCUAACCUUGAAUUAUUAUCACAGCUCUAUGUGAUGGAGAAGCUAUAUAAUGUACCAGCAGAGCCCCUCAGCCCAUCUGCAGCUGGUCUUCCCACUCACACCUCUUCAGCAUGUGGGUCUAAAAAGCAGAAGAGGACCCCUUUGUAUCAAAGAUCUGUAAGUCAGGGAAGCCGUGUGUAUCUCAUCAGUUGGCCCAACAUUGUUGGGCAAGAGCUUUGCACGGUUUUGUGAAUAACCAUACUAAAAUGUCUGGAUUUGCAUCACUGAAUAAAUUGAUACCACUUUAUUUUAACUUUUUUUUUUUUCUUUUUUCCUCCCCUCUAAUUCUUUAAGCUAAUAGCGCAUGUAUGCUAUGUACAUGCUCUCCACUGUCAGAAUGUUCAUGCGAAACCUUAAACACACACUCCCCCUUUUUCCCCCUUCCCCCUUAUAUUUGGACAUUGAAACUGAAGCCAUAUUAACUUUUUUCUGACUUAAUUGACUUGUUUUAGAUUUUGUUCUGAUAUCAGUUUGCUAGACUUCUGAAAAUAUUGAUAUUUGACUAUUUUCUGGUAAUGAACCCCCUCACACACACUCUAAUUUGCUCUCUCCAUACCCACACAAUUGUCUCAACACUCGUUUUUUUUUUUAAAGUUUUGCUUUGUUCUGCAUCUUUGCUAUUUCAUUUUAGUACAUCUGUUUUCACAUAACCGUUCUUUUUUGUUUCAGUGAAUGAGCAUGGUGUUAAGUACAAAGCCCAUAGCAUUACUGUUUUUAACCAAGUCCUGUAUAUUUUUGUUUGCGUUCCGGUCCUGAUUUCUUCAGAUUUUCUUAACUUGUUUUCUCUUUUUUUUUUUUUUUUAAACCAGAUGAGUUUUGACCCAAACCUUCUCCACAACAAUGGACACAAUGGGUACCCCAAUGGUACAGCAUUACGUGAAACGGGUGUUAUUGAGAAACUGCUGACAUCCUAUGGAUUUAUUCAGUGUUCUGAACGCCAAGCUAGACUCUUCUUCCACUGCUCACAGUAUAAUGGAAACCUGCAGGAGCUUAAAGUGGGAGGUAAGGAGUGCUCUCAUUAAGUUAGGACCUUUUGGGGGCAAUUACAUCACGCUUAGUUAAAAUGUUUUACAGCUCGGUUUCUUUAUUAAAAGGACAUUAAUCCCAAAAGGUUGUUUCCUCUUGUACAACAUUAAUGAGAUUGUAAACAUUGUAUGUUGGUGCUUUAACUUUUUACUUUUGAUCUGACCCCUAAAAGGAAUAUAUAUAUCAUUUUGCAUCAAGAGGAUCUCAACAAUGGGAUUACACCGAGAAUAAAAAUUAGGCUUUUAUAUAGCCACUUUAAUGUUCAAUCAAGGCUAUUGGUUAAACAUAUCCACAACACCUGCAUCUGUGACUCUUACAAUACAGUCCUCUUCACAAAUUAUGGCUACUGUAAUUGCCACUGACUCAAGUCCAUCAAAUGACUAACUUGUACUAUGAUUACACUCAUGUGUAUAUAACGUGUACAAAUAGUGCUAUGACACUGGCCACUGACCAGCUGAAAAAACAAAAAUGUCCCAUUUCCCCAUCUCCCCCUUUUGUGUGUGUUUUUUUUUUUUUGUGUGUGUGUGUUUUAUUUAACAUGGCACAUUUGGAAUCCAUAUCAAAGUGCAGGCUAAAAGUUGUUUUAAUAAGGAACUAAAACCGAUGUUUAAAACUGACUUCUAUGCUCUAAAUGCAGUAUGCUAUCUAGUGUAUUUACAAAUAGGAUCUCUACAAUGUUCUUGCUGCUUUUCCUCCAGAUGAUGUUGAAUUUGAAGUUUCUUCAGACCGCAGAACUGGCAAACCAAUUGCUGUUAAACUGGUAAAGAUAAAAACUGAGAUCUUGCCAGAAGAAAGAAUCAGUGGUCAGGUGAGUGACUUUCAUUUAUAUUAAUAUUGCUUUUUAGACUGUUGUAUAAUGCCGAUGGUAAUCUAUAGGGAAUGUCUAGUUCUGUGCACCAUUCCUCCCCUUUACUUUAAUAUAACCUACAAAUCAGUGAUUUAUGUAAAAGGCAAAAUCUGUAGCCUGUCUCUGGUGGGCUCUCUUUAAAACCUUUUAUCUUCCUUUUGCCUUUACUUCUGGAACACAUCAGCUGGCAGAUUUAUAGAAGUGAGAAUAUGACUACAGUGGGCUGUAAUGGAGAGCAAUCUUCUUUGUUUUCAGCUUCUAUUUCCAUUGCUUUUCUUACCAACCUUUUGGCUUGUCUGUAGCAGUGCUUAUCAUUUUGGAAUCCUCCAACUUGUGUUUUUAUGGUCGAGUCCCUUUUUACAAAUCUUGUAAAAUUUUGUAGUGACACUCCAAGUAGUCUUGACUUAAAGUUAUUACAACCAAUACUUCUGACUCUCACUGGUGAGUUGAAGUCAUGACAACUGGCAUGGAGUGGAAUUCUAGUGUGAGAACAAGUGAGAUUUAAUGAAUACUAGUGUCAGGGAUGGAGAUGCUGAAUGCUAGUGCUGCACACUGAAGCACUGACCCAGGAAGCACCUUGCGUGGUCUGAGUCUGAGUGAUUGUCACUAGGGGUGUCACUAGACUCCAUUGUAAACACUGCCUUUAUCUCUGCAAAGGCAGUGUUUACAUUUAAAAGCCUGCAGGGACAGACUAUAAACAAAAAAAACUACAUUAAGCUGUAAUGGUUUUGGUGACUAGUAUCUCUUAUUGAAUCUUAAAUAUUCCUUACAUUAUAUACACUUAUUCUACUAAUAGAUUUUUCUAAGGGUUAUCACCUUUUUGAGCUGGAAUAUUGCUGUAUAGUAGUGCUUGUCCUAUAGUUACCAAAAAAAAAAAACUUUAGUAAAUACAUCGUUUUAAUGGUUUUUCUAUGUGUAAUGUCUAAAUUUGUAACUUACAGGUUGUGUGCGCCGUGCCUCAUAACUUGGAAAGCAAGUCCCCAGCUGCUCCAGGCCAAAGUCCCUCAGGAAGUGUAUGCUACGAACGCAAUGGGGUAUGUGUCUUAAUUUGUUGCCAUUUUGUGAUGUACUUGUACAUAAUUUAAUUGUCAUUCUUGAAAAACUCCUAUAUCUAUUUUCCUCUUUAUAGGAGGUGUUUUAUCUGACUUAUACCCCAGAAGAUGUAGACGGCAAUGUUCAGCUGGAAACUGGAGAUAAAAUAAACUUUAUUAUUGAAACCAACAAACAGUGAGUGUUUCUUUGUGUGAGGGUUUUGUCAAAUGGCUUAAUAUUUAGAUUAGUUGAACUUUACUGUACAUCUGCUCUGUGAGUUUAUGUAUUUGAGCACAGUACCUCCACCAUAUGUCUGUGCAGUAGUGUUGUAUUUAAUAAGAUUUGUUGGUAUUUGUGGUUUUAGUAGAUGUAAAAUAAGUGCCUGUUUUUACUCCUAGUACUGGUGCUGUUAGCGCUCGCAACAUUGUGCUGCUGAUGAAAAGGAAGCAAAUGCGCUGUCAGGGAGUUGUCUGUGCCAUGAAGGUGAGUAUUAAAUAUCCACUGGAACUGCUAAAGAUAUGGUUUCUCCUGUUUUUGUUGGGGUCUUUUUUUAACUCUCGGUCACAUCUUAUUCUGCUUUUUAUGACACCCACUCUCCCCUUCAAUAACAGCAUCAGUUGUUUAAGUGUUAAACUAUGACAUAUCAGUAUUGUUUCAGACCUGAGGAGCAUAGGAAAACUCUCAAAAGCUUGUCUGUUAAGUAUUAUGUUGGUCCAAUAAAAAAAUAGAUCCUUCGUAAUGCAAUACUCUAGUACAGAGAGAGGCAACCUCAGGCACUCCAGAUGUUAUGGACUACAUCCCCAUUGAUGCUUUGCCAGCGUUAUGGCUGUAAGAGCAUUAGGGAGAUGUAGUCCAUAACAUCUGGAGUGCCGAAGGUUGCCUAUCCCUGCUUUAGUAUUUUACCUUCUUGUAUAGAUGUGUAUGAAAAACUAUGUAUAAAAUGUCUUAAGUGCUGCUUAAUAGGAGCAGUUUGCUAACGUGAAUGGGAACUUUGUUGGACACCUAUAUAAGCACUCUUAUCCACAAUAUAUACUGUAUGGAUAUACUUUGUUAACCUCUCUUUGGUUUGCAGGAAGCCUUUGGGUUCAUUGAAAGAGGUGACGUGGUCAAGGAAAUAUUUUUUCACUACAGCGAAUUUAAAGGUGACCUUGAAGCCUUACAACCUGGUGACGAUGUUGAAUUUACAAUAAAGGAUCGAAAUGUAGGUUUGACCUGCUGCCUAUACUGCUCUCUCCUGUGUUUUUAUGGUAUUUAUUUAUAGGGUGUUUAUUCUCAUUUUUAUGUACUACAGGGCAAAGAGGUGGCAACUGAUGUGAGAUUGCUUCCUCAAGGAACUGUUAUUUUUGAAGAUAUCAGCAUUGAACACUUUGAAGGAACUGUAACCAAAGUUAUCCCUAAAGUACCCAACAAGAACCAGGUAACAGCUCAUUCUUAAUUUCCGUUUAUUUUGCUUAUACGUUAAGUGUCACUCCCCUAAACGUAUUAACUUGUUAAUUGAAGCUGUCCUUCAACUGACGUUACAUAGGCUAUGUAUAUCUGAGGUACACACCUACAUACAAAAGGUAGUAGUAACCUUAGUCUCUGUAGUUUCCUCUGUAUUUAAAGAGCUUAUAAACAUUAUUGUAAUUUGCUAUCUUCAUGCAGUAUAAACAUAAGCACUUUACUUUUUCUCCUUUCCCUUUAGAAUGAUCCUCUACCAGGCCGCAUCAAAGUUGAUUUUGUAAUUCCUAAAGAACUCCCUUUCGGUGAUAAAGACACAAAAUCCAAAGUGACCCUGCUGGAAGGUGAUCAUGUGCGAUUCAACAUUUCCACUGAUCGAAGGGACAAACUGGAACGUGCCACUAAUAUUGAAGUACUCCACGAUACGUUUGAAUUCACAGACGAGUCCAGAGAGAUGGUUAGUAUCCACAUGUUUUUCUAUAUCUGCACUAAUUUAUAUUUUGUAUAUACACUUUACAGGAAUGAUUAAAAUGCAAGAGGUUUCACACAUCUCUUAUAAAUUGAAUUGUUACUCUUGUUUGUUCUGUUUUCCAGUAAUAAACCUGUAUAUGGUAGUUAACCACUGAAUAUUCUUACUAAUAGAAAAUACACUAAACCAGUUCAGUGUGUAGAUAAGUAGUUCUUUGGAGACAUUUAUUCAUACCUUUGCCAGUCUAGGUAAAGAUCCAUGGGAAGUGCUUGCACAUGUCAUGAAUAUCCAAGUAACAUCACAUUAAUAUGAAGUUAUUGACUAAGUCUUUAUACUUCUGAUUAGGGGAUGGGGGAGUUUAGAAUUAUGUUUGUAUAGUUUUAAAGGGUACCUGUCACUGUGCCUACAAAGUAUGCCUCUAUAUCUUUAUAUUUUAAAGAACAUACAAUUUGAUCUAUACAUUUUUCUAGCAAUUGUAUAAAUUAGGCCUUUCUCCCACCUGUCAUUCUUCAGUGUAGACUCUUCCAGGAGUCAGUGCCAAGGGAGAGCAGAAAAGACCUCCCACAGAUGAUCCUUCUGCUCUCCACAAUGCAACCACUGCUCAUGCGCUAUGGUAACUCCCUAGUGGUUGCUAGUGUUGGAUAUGGCGUAUAGGAACAUAUGUGACUGCACAUCAAUCCAUUCAGAUGGUGGCAGCAAAGUCAGAGGAAGCUUGUCCUAUUUGGGAAAGCAUUCCGAAGUAGGGUGAUUUAAAGAAGCAUGCAGGAGAAGUUAAGGAUUAGUAUUAUAGAAGUUACCCCAUCGAAACUGAUGAAAUGGCGGUGCUGGAUCGGAGGUAAGGUGAGUGAAUAUCUCCAUGUUUGACAUGAAGUACAUCAUGCAACCACGGUAUGAUGCAUUCAAUGCAUCUGGGAGAGAUUUACAUUAAAGUGGAACUGUCAUGACAGGUUCACUUUCAACUGCAGAAAAUGUACUAUCUGGUAAUGUAACUUUCGAUUCUUUAUAUAUUUUUUGUUAUAUAUAUAUAUUUUUUUUUUUUUCCCUCUUGAAAACGUUUGGCAAUUUUCUAAAACGUUGUUAGGAUAGAUUUAAAUUGCAGUUUAAAACAUAUGGGUAAUUUGAGCCAAAGCAGGGCACAUCUCAUGUAGCUUGUUACUGAUAAAGAAAACCUCCUGUCUCAUCACUUGGUUUAAAGGAAAAUAUACUCUGAAUAGACUGUUCAUACUGCUAGUACAAAGUAAGAAUUCUAGAACCAGAUAUCAAGGAUUAAGAUAGUCCGUGCUUUGCCCUGUGCAUCACUGUAGUUGACUUUAUUGGAGGGUCAGUAAAGGUCUGAAGGCUUAGUUUUUGAAUGGGAAACCAAAGUUGUAAUAAGGACGAUAAAAAUAAUGCACCAUAAAACAGCCAUCCUCAAAUGUUUUGUAUGAAUUCAGCCACACAUUUUCUAAAAGAAUUGAACACUUAAUAACUUGUUACUACACAAUGUUGCAUAAUCCAAACAGAGGUGUACCAUGAUGCUUUAAAGUUUAAUAAAUUCCCCCCUGCACCCUCAAACUUAUAAACCAGCACCAUCCCUGUAAGUACUUGCAGUUAAUCUGAGUAGUACUUGCUCGAAUAGUUUGCAUGACCCUGAUGCCGGUAAAGUUCUGCACUGUGAGCAGCUGUGGAGCUACAUGAUGUACUCAUACUGCUGUUUCCCUUUCACAGGGUGUGAUUGCAGCAAUGAGGGAUGGGUUUGGUUUUAUAAAAUGUGUUGAUCGGGAUGCCCGAAUGUUCUUUCACUUCAGUGAAGUCCUGGAUGGAAACCAGCUCCACAUUUCUGAUGAAGUUGAGUUUACUGUUGUCCCUGUGAGUAAACAUUCUUAAUACGGAGUCUAAUAGUGCCCAUUAACAUUCCGUAAGCCAGUCUUGUAGCAUUUUAAAUGAUUCUUCCCCAAAUAUAAACCAAAAACCAAUUACUUCUCCAUUGGAAUUCUUGUCCUGGUAUUUAGAUGUGCCCUUGCAUGUGGACUGUUUUGUGUCUUUAUUUUGGACUUUGCAGGAGAUCACCAACAAUGGAGAUACAUGCUGUAUUGUAAUGAGCCAUAGUGGACCAUCAUUUUUACUUUGUUAAAGUGUUCAUGUAACUAUUCAUAUCCAAAUCUUAAGCUUGUGUCUGUCUGUUCUAGGACAUGUUGUCUGCUCAAAGAAAUCAUGCCAUAAGAAUUAAAAAACUUCCAAAGGGGACAGUCUCGUUUCACACACAAUCAGAUCACCGUUUUGUUGGAAUUGUGGAAAAAGAAGCAAUCCCAGCCAGUGCGAAGUCAAACAGCCCCAACAAAGGAAAGGAUAAGGUAACACACUUUUCAAGGGUUUUCUGUCCUAGAACUCAGACAUACUUUUGUUACACCAGGGUAUUUUCACAGGAUUUUCCUUUGUCUAAUCCCACCCUUGCCCUGGCAGUGACUUUUCAAUUAUAGCAAGAUCUUUGUCCAAAAGUGUCCUCUUGUGUCUUGAGUGUAGCAUUUAAGAUCCCAACCUUGUGUUGGCCAAGUUGAAAGCCGCUGAGGACAGUGUGUAUACAAAUGUAGACUCCAAAACAAACGCUUGUCAAGGUAUAUGGCAGUACUGCUUAACAUGAUUUUUAGUUUCCGUUGCAGUGUUGAAUUACAUUUAGACUUUCAAUUUUUUUUAUAUAUUUUUUUUUUAGUAAUUUGAUUUUCUUAAUUUAACCUACAUGUACUUUACGUUCUGGCCAUUCUCCAGAAAAAGGAGAAGGUAAGCUGUUUAAGCAUGAUGUGAGUUGAGAGCCAUUGUCUUUGUGGCUUUUAAUAAACUAAAGUGUGUUCGCUGUGUCUUUGUUUGGUCCAUACUUUUCUCGUCGUCUUUCAUUCUGCCUCUGUCAUCUCUUAUCUAAUAUGUAGGUUGCAUCUUGCUUAAGAUUGUUAUUAGGGUUAUAAAAGCUCUGUCCUGGAGGAAUCUAAAAAAAUAGUGGGAAGUGAAUAUUUCAUCAUGUCCAAUUUAAAAACAAAAAAACCCUUGUGUUUGGAACGAGAUUUACCAGCAUGCUCCUGACAUCCUUUUCCUGAUUUGCUGCUCAUUUGUUUUUAUGUGUUGCAACUUGUUUCAUAACUGGUUUAUUAAUCAUCAGAGUGGCAUGGACUUUUGCCCCAAGUCUAUAUUCUAAUAAGUCCCAGGGAAAAUUGAAUUGAUGGAAUACAAAAUCUAAAUUUAGGCGCUCUAGUUAAACAGAUCAAAAUUAUACUUUAUUGUGAAGCCAGAAGAAUUAUUGCAUAAAAUGUGCUAAAGGUCCGUUCUUUUCCAACAGCCAAGGAUUUGAGUAUUUCCCAGAUCAGUUCCUAUAGGUUUACAGACAAAAUAUGCAUAGCUGGUGUGCAUUGAGUACUGGGUUGGAAACCCCCUGGCCCAGAGUAUAAAAGCAGAAGCCACUUGGAUAAAAUAUAAGCAUGUAGGCGUUGAGAGAGUUUGUGUGUGUCCAAACUCCAUUUCUUUGAAGCAUGUUCCACGUUAGUGACUGAAUGUUGCAGGUAAGAGGUUCUGUGUGUGUAUUAUAGCAGAUGAAGUUCAGUCUGUGGAAUUUUAAAAUCCUGCUUAACGAUGCUCUCCCAGAAAGCCUCCUUGCAUCUUGGGUAAUGCAGUACAAUAGCUGGAAUGGUAAAACUUUUAUGUAUUUCAUGUGGCUCAGAUAAAACUUUGAUACAAUGAUUAGAUAAAGGCGUAAAAUACAGAAUAUGUUCAAAGGUUGUUUGACACCAUUUGAUCAUUACAGCAUUACGAUUUAUGUGAGGGUUUUUGCAUGGUUAAAUAAACAAAUAAAUGGCACAACCAAUAUUUAAUUCUUAAUCUUUUUGAGCACAACAUGCUAAAUUGGUUAAUUCCUGGGAAUACUGUAUUCAUAGUCUAUGCAUGCACACAGCACUACUGAAGGAAUGCAAUUGACUUGUGCCCAAGACAACAGGGCAGCAAAUUCAGUGUUGGCUUUGGAUGAUAUAACAAGGACCUGUCUCCACCAGAUAAGUGAAAGUUCCACUUGAUUAACUAAUGGUAAACACCACAUUUGUUAAGCAUCUUGGUACCAUGCAUCCUAUACUAUACAUUUUAGCAAACCACCUUCUGAUUGGACGAAGAAGGCUCUUAACUUAUCCACGUCUCUAUUUUAAUAGACAACAGCUGGCCUGGACCCAGAUAAGAUUCUGGUAGUGGACAGAAAGGUGACAGGCUAAUAAUGUGGUUAAUGUCUUAAGACACUAGUAAAUCUUUGUGUGUGUGUGUGUAUACUAAAACAGUGUUCAUUUUCUGUAAUAGGAAGGUGAAGAAGGAAUAAUCUCCUAUGAAGAUUGUGGUAUAAGGCUGACAGUGCCAUAUCAUCUGAAAGAUCUGGAAGGAUCAGCUCCUCAACCUGGCGAUAAGGUGAGAUUUAUUCUCUCUUCCCCUCUCUAAUGUAAAAUUACAGUACAAACAGGCAGAUACUAUAGUUACACUAAUUCUGUGAAUGUAUCUGGGUGACAUCUUUAAUGUUUUUGUUUAGGAUGUAAUAACCCCCCCACUCCUUUUUACAGGUGUUUAAAGAACACUGCCUAUUCCCGAGUUUUAUCCCUAUAUGCUGCCUUUUUAGUUCUUUUAUACAAUUUUGGCUUACCAAUGACUUGAACGAGAUGUGAGAAGAGCAAUCCUAGCUUUAAAAGAAUUGACUGCAUGUGGAGUAAAUGUUGAUGGGCUUCAAUACUGGGUAAAGUCUCUGUGCAUUUGCCUUUAAAUGAAUUCUCUUUCAGGUUGAGUUCAGCAUUUGUGAAGCGAAAAGGACUGGCCAGCAGAGUGCGGUGUCCAUGAAGGUGAUGGGACGCAAUUCUAACGGCAAAAGAUUCAUUGGUUAUGUUGCCACACUAAAAGAUAAUUUUGGAUUCAUUGAAACUGCAAAUCACGACAAAGAAAUUUUUUUUCACUACAGGUAAUUGCAGGCAUUUACUGUAAUUCAGUACGUUUAAAGCAAUAUUAUAGCAGGCAACUGUCUUGAUACAUAUAAGACAAGUUUUUAGAGUUUUUGUUUGUAAACCCUUGAUUAUGAGCUCUUCUAAGCAAUUGGAAAAACUACGGAUUGUGUUGAUUAUGGUGCGUGGGGUCCUUGGUUGACCCCAAAGCCUCACCCUAUUUUUGCCACUGAGAUAAUGAGCAAUCUUACAGCCUUGUGUGUCUGUUUUGAUGCUAGUGAUAGCUGGGCUUGGUUACCUCAACCCUCGCAACUCUUAGAAUCUUUAUCUGAUCAUCCGUUUCUUUAGUCUCUUGACACCGAAGAAGUUAUGUAAAGUUAUGUAAAAGACUAACAGCCGUAGAAACGAAUCUCAUUUUAUUUGAUCACUGUAGAUUUACCAUCUGUGUAACUUAAAUGAACACUGUAGGGUCAGGAAUACAAACUUGUAUUAGUGACGCUACAGUGUUAAAAGCACAUUUUAGCCCUCUGGCCCACCUUGUACCACUUAAAUUGUUUACUCACCUUUAUUUCAGCGCCCCGCCACUGAUCCGCCUCCUAGGUGGACAUCCGAAUCGAUAAUCUCUGCCAAUCCAUUGGUUUCUCAUAUAUAGUAGGUUGGGGCAGAACCAAACGACCCACUGGCCAAUCAACAUCUCUUCUUAGAUUUAUGAAAUCAACCCACCUCUAUGGUGACGCGAAGUUCAGAGUAGGAACGUUAGUGAUGCAGGUUAUGCGGCACUGACCCAGGAAGCACAUCUAGUGGCUGCUUGAGUGGAAGUGUCCCUAGUCAGCACUGUAAACAUUGCUGUAACGGAUCACCUGGCACUCCGACUGGGUAUCUCCGUUGAAGGAUGCUCCUCGCGCUUCCUGAGGACUCCCAGCACUGCAGCAGACACCACAACCACCAAACCGGAGAAACAUACAAAUGCUCUCAAGCAUGUGAAUGCUGUAAACAGCUGAACAGGAAAAGCAUACAAUCAGCUUACACUCCUGGCAAUCGGCAUACAAUUCAAUUCCCCCAAUAAUGAGCCGACACUUCGUUUUGAAGUCAAGCAGAACUGACUACUGGCACAUACAGCCUCUUUUAUUCACAAACCUAGUACUGCCCACAGGGUUUUGAAAUACAACCAAUCAAUCCGUACAAUACACACACUCCCACACAAUCGUCCCCUCUGCCUGUGAUAUGAUUACUGAACCCAAUGGUUAAUAUAAUUAUCACAGGCAGAGAAAUACAGUAUUAUAAAACAUAUCACAGGGACCCCAAAACAUGCAAUAACCCCAUAAGUAUAUCCUCGAACCGGGGGAUCUGGGUGAACCACAUAUCAAAAAUUCACCCAGAUCCGUUCAGUAGUUUGGAAGAUACUGUUUAAUGCAGAUUCCGCAGAACAUAUACAGGCUAUAUGAAAAAUAAUUACUGUAUAAUGUAUCCCCUGUUGUCUAGUUUAAAACUACUGCAUAAUGUCUUUGUGCACCAAAUACCGGCGAGAUGGCAACGUGUAGAAAAGUCUAAACAGUGUCUGUGAGUUAAAAUGGCCGCCAUCCAUUGUUCUCACCAUGUCUUUCAUCCAUUGUUCUCACCAUGUGCCUCUGAUACAUGAAAUGGUGGCCACCCAGUAACUCCACAGUUUGUCUGGUAGUCUAUCCAGCCGGACCAACAGAUGAAACACAUGGGGAACAUGCAACAAACGAAGGCAAUCAUCAAAAAUAUGGACAAUAGUCAUAUUUGUGCACAAUCUCCAGUUUUGUCACAGGGCACAAAUAGUGUUUUCAAAUCCCAUAUAUCCCAGGGCCAUAGUCAGAAGGUAGGAGGCGUGACGAGGUCUGUUCCACCACAGUUGCCCUUUCUCUUUGCACAGCAUGGUUAAUUUAGAUUUUUUUUAUUUAGAUUUUUUUCUGCUGCUCUGUAUUAGGCUUUUAGAGCCUACAAUAGCUUUGUAUGUAUGACUAGAAGUACUUAUCUGCAGCUUUAAUAGAACUUUAAAGAUCUGAUUGAAAGUUAAACUUUUUUUUUUUUUUUUUUUUUAAGUCUCUCUCAGCCAGGGGAGGUGUAAUUUAACUGUUAAAUGGCAAAGAACUGCGUAGUGCGACUGCAGGCAAAUGAUUUCUCUUGAUGUUUAGAGUAUUCAAGUUACAGCUGCUUUUCUAUAUUCAUACCUGGACAGCUCCUGUGGCCGUAGAGGGUUGAAUAUUGUAUAUGUUUAGCGAUGCUAUAUAAAGGGAUCAUCUUCGUUGACUUAGUUGUUUCCAGGUUUGAUGAGACCAUCUUGCCAAACACUGCCUGGGAAUAGAAAACUGGAAAUAUAAUUUGUUAUGCAGUAGUUUAAAAGGACGCUGAUUUCUCUUUUUCUAUAGCGAGUAUUCUGGAGAUGUGGAUAAGCUCGACUUGGGAGAUAUGGUGGAAUAUUGUUUGUCAAAAGGAAAAGGAAACAAGGUCAGCGCUGAGAGGGUCACAAAGGUCCAUCAAGGUAACUAUUGUCUUACUAGUUCCCCAUUUCUCUCCAGAAUCUGGCAGUGUUUAUACCACAGAAUUCAUAUUUUAGACUUGCAUCUUUUGCAAGUGUAUAGUGAUAGUUUUACUGUAAGUCUUCUGCAGACACUGGGUUGUAGAAGUAGAGUAACUUGGUGUUCAUUAGUAAAAAGGUAGGAAAAACAGCUAGGAAAAUAGAACUGUUACAUUGUUGGGUUUCUGAUUGGGUACACGUCUCUCAUGAGGAAAAAGUGCCACUGUGGAUAUGGUUGCUAAACCCCACAUACUUUGCUCAAUACAACUGCUGAACGUAGCAAAACUGAGCCCAUUACAUAUACACAUCAUAAAGUUUACGUUUGUAAGGGAAAAGAGAAGCAAUAACUAUAGGAAACAAAAAAUAGAAAGCUAUGUAAUGACUGGCAUGGAGAAAAUCUGACAUUGUUCAGUGUAGCCGUAAAUACAGCAGGGUAGAUUUCUAAAUUUGUUCGAGUCUUGGUAAAGUAAGAGGGAAUCCAGUGCAUAUUAAAUUUUAAGCUAUAGCUAGACUUUACUCUUAAUUUCAGUUUUGAAUAGUCUUAACCAAAUGCCAUUCUUUUGAGGGUGGUUAUUUUUUAUUUUUUUUGGGGGGGGUGGGGAAUGUAAUGCAUCCAUAUGUUUUGCUUCUCUGGGUAAACCGUGCACAAUCUCCUAACUGUUUUUUGCUAUCUAGUUAACGGAUCAAAUGAUGAAGUGGAUCCAACAUUGUAUUGGGGUAAAGUUAUCAGACCCUUGCGAAGUGUAGAUCCAACACAGACUGAAUACCAAGGAAUGAUAGAGCUUCUAGAAGAGGGUAUGUAUGUCUAAUUUUACUAAAAGGUUUCCUAACAUAUUCUCAUGCAGCUGAAGAUGUUUGCAGCGUUUUAGGCCCGUUGGCAAUAUAGGCAAGCUGUAGUCGAUCUUGCUUGUAUUACCACUAUUAAAAAUUUCUGGGUAUUGCAUCACAUGAGACCUAAUCAUGACUACAGUUUAAAAGACAUGGACUUUAGAGAAUGUGUGAUAUUAGCCAAUAAAACGUUGUUUGGAGAAUAAUUUUAAAAUGUACUGAAUAGUUGUUAGUUGGCUAUUUUUUUAUUAUUUUUUUUCUUCUUUCUCUCUGCUACUUAUUCUUGCAACGAUGUUAAAAUAUGCAAUUAUUUAUGCCAACCUAACUUUCCUAUUUAGUUGAAGAUAAGCAGAAGAUCACAGAAGAAACUCCUGAGGAAACUGAGGAUUUAGAAGAGGAUGACACCGAAGUGAACAAGCCAGGUAAGAUAAAUAAACACAAUUUUCUAGAAUACUGAUUGUAUGUACAGAUUAUGUGAAUUAUCCUAAUUUUGUUGGACACUACUUAAUAUUGAUCCCAUGAUAGUGCUAACAUUUCUUAUUGGAUCUUACCCACCUGGAAAUGUAGAGAAUAUCCACAAAAAGUUUGUUGCACUCUUCUCCUACACCAUACUUGAGCAUCAGAAGGGCCAGGCUGCAGGUACUUGGGGACCCUCCGUCAAUGAUAAAUGGUUUGAAAGUGGGAUGACACCAGGAGAUGACUGCACCAUAACAUUUUUAAUAAAAUGUGGUUGUGAUGCCUAGAGUUGCUCUUUAAGUCCUGUAGGUGGAACCAGUAAGGAAUGUGAUGAGCCGCAUUCAGUGCAACCUUUAUUCGUGCUAGAAUGUAAAAUACCAAAGGGCUACUAAUACGUUGUAUCUGCAUGUGGGCUGGAUGGGAGCAUUACUUUAACCUAGUUUAAACUGUAUAUACGCUAGUUAUGAUAGUUGCAACUGCUUACAGCCAGGUUCAAAUUCCAGUCAGAACACACCACCAGUAAGUGUCCAAUGGGCAAGACACUGAAUGUUCUAGGAAACAAACCACCCCACACAAUGGUUCCACCUGUCGAUCUGGCCACUCUCCCAUGAGGCGGUCGGCACCAGCAGACAACACCAAUCCUUCCCAGCACCAAAAAGAGUAGAAAAAUUGGCAGCACUCCAGGAUACAAGUUGUCAGUUUAUUAGAGGGUAAGUAACCUUAGAUCCUUAGAUCCUCAGAAACGUUGCACUACUGAGGGUUCCUAACCCUCUAAUUAUAUAGACUGACAACUUGUAUCCUGGAGUGCUGCCCAUUUUUUCUAUUCUACUGAAUGACCUAGAUCUGCCUACCUUGGUCCUCAUUGAUUGCCAGUUAGUUUGCGCAGGUCUUCACCUCUUACCGUUUCUAUCAUUGUAAAGCUCUGUGGAAUAUGUUGGUACAUAAAUACUAAUAAUAAUCAGCUGAUAAAUAUUUAUUACAUUUUUAGCUAGCAUGAAAGGACAACUUAUCCCGUUUGGCAUAGUGGGAAUGAUCAAUAAAGCAGAUUGCCUCCAAAAGGGAGAAAUGGUAAAGUUCCAGCUUUGCGUUCUGGGUCAGAAUGGUCAGACAAUGGCUUGCAACAUCGAGCCCCUCCGCAGAGGUACAGUGGAGUGCGUGAAAGAUCAGGUUAGUACCCUUUUUUUUAAAAAAUUUUUUAUAUUUUUAUAAACCACUUACCUGCAACCAUAUUUCUUCUAUUGCCGUGUCAAGAUUGAUGUCUCAAUGUUUUGUAUAACGGUGUAUUUUAUAUCUUGUCUUUCAGUUUGGCUUUAUUAAUUAUGAAGUAGGUGAUAGCAAGAAGCUUUUCUUCCAUGUGAAGGAGAUUCAAGAUGGGGUUGAGCUGCAGGCAGGGGAUGAAGUGGAGUUCUCUGUGAUCUUGAAUCAGCGUACUGGGAAAUGCAGUGGCUGUAAUGUUACACUUCUGAGGUAACUUUUAUAAGUAACUCCAUAUUUGUAUCCUUUCAUAUGUUACACAACAUAGCUCCAAAGUGGGUUUUCUCACACUCUCUGCCGCUGCCUAUCAAAUGACCACUGAAUAUAAGGCUCAUUGAAUGUAAGCUCAUUGAGCAGGGCCCUCAACCCCUCUGUUCCUGUGUGUCCAACUUGUCUGGUUACAACUACAUGUCUGUUCGUCCAACCAUUGUAAAGCGCUGCGGAAUUUGACGGCGCUCUAUAAAUAUCAUAAUAAUAAUAAGACAGGUUGGAGCCCUCAGUCGGUUAAUUCACGGUGCUUGUACGAUUUCAGGGUCGUAGUUAUAUUUGCCAAGUCUGUAAAAAAAUAAAUACCAAAUUUCCAUACAAUUGUAGCAGUUUGCUCAGCCAGAGCCCUUCACAAACACAUCUUAUGAAGUGCUCAGCUAGCCAGGCCACCAUAUAAUAUAUGCUUGCUUCAUAUACAGUUAUACUAAAAGUUAACCUGUUUUCUUACAGUAAAGGUCCUGAAAUGGUGGCAGCCCCUCGACCUGAUAGGUUAGUGAGUCGUUUAAAGAGCAUAACCCUGGAUGAUGCCAGUGCACCCCGUCUCAUCGUUCUACGUCAGCCUAAAGGCCCGGAUAACACAAAGGUAAAUCUGGCUUUUAUAUAACUUGUGUAUGCUAAACUGUUCGAGGUAUCGCAUUUAUCACUUACGACUUGCUAAAACUGUAGCAGAGAAGCUUUAGAAGAGCAUGGAGCACCACAAACCCUUAAAAAUCUUGGAAUGUGUUCUCUUUAACAUUAGGAUUACGUAUCCCUGUAAUUUGUAUUUUAUUUAAAAAAAAAAAAAAAAAAAAGUUUAAAUUCAGAAAUCUGCUCCCUAUUAAAGGGAUAUUAUAGAUCAUGCCCCUGCAGUCUAGCUGCUCACUUCUCUGGCCUUUAAAAGUCCAUUUGCUCUAUACAUCUCUAGUUACCCCUACUUGCAUGUGACUUGCACAGCCUUCAUAAAUAUUUCCUGUAAAGGAACAUAGAUAAAUGUUCCUUUUAUUGCACAGUUUAUUAAGUGUUCUUGCAUAGCAAAACCACUUAAUGUUAUCUCACAUAUAUAUUAUUAUUCUUCUUAUAGCCAAAUUUGCCACCCUAACUCCUCCCACAGUUUUUACACUACAUAGACAAAAAUUUACCAAAACGUGCAGAUUGUUCCCGAUCGGAUUGCUAUUACUUUGUGGAACGUUUUGCUGAAUGGUUCACGGAAUAUCGUUGUUCUUGUGGCAAAAUUUGUCCCAUAGGAAUGAAUGGCAAAGCUAGAGUGGGAGCUGGCAAAAGCUGAAAAAUCAGGACAUGAUUUCUAAACUGCCACCACUCCCUCAUUUUCAAGCCCACCUACACAUAUCUUAUAUCAAAACGUUCAGCUAUCCCUGCUGCCACUAAACAUGUCAACGGCUAAGCCAUAGUCCUGAUAGUUUUCACAAUAUAAUCAUUUGUUUGCAACUCACGCCGUCCGUUGACAUUCAUUGAAACUCCACUCUAGCCAGCUAAAAUUUGAAGGGCAAUUUCUAAACUGCGACUGUGCCUUCAUUUUUAAUAUUUCAGACAUACUAUGCAUCAAAAUGUAGGUCUUUGUCUUGUGAUUCUCACAAUGUAAAGCUCUUCGCUGUAGAAUGUAUAGUUUUUUUUAAAUACGACCGUUUGAAGAUGGCAACCACCAAAAUACUCUGACCUGUGUCAAGCUGCAGCAGCAAUUGAUGUCAUAGACAGGGCCUUUUGUACACCUGCUAAUGUUUUUAUAAAUGUAUGUUUUAAUGUAACUGUGAAGCACUUUGGGCAACAACGUUGCAAUUAAAUGUGUUAUAUAAAUAAAUAACAGUUACUCCGCCCACUCCAGUUGUAGACUACUGGUGGAGGCAAGAACACUUCACACAAUUUCACCAGAAAUUGUAGCGUUCUAGUUUAAUCUAGAAUUUAUAUCCUGAUCUGUUAAUAGCCAACUAGAGCCUGCAGUAGCCUCCUGUGUGUGAUUAACGUUCAUUUUACAGAGCAGAAUAACUUCUAAAGCAAGUUAACAUCUGAUUGAAAGUGUGUCACAGCCUGGCUAGGGCUGCAUAGAAACAAGUCAUUUAAUUUCUCGAUUCUGUCACUUAUGAGUUAGACUGUCGGUGCUUGGAUCUAUACACUCAAACAGCUUAAAUAAACUGAAGUGUUUUAUAAUUUAAUGUUUAUUAAAGAUCAGUCAUGUAUUCAAGGCAGAGACAAUACAUCAAUACUGAGUAUAUUAAUAUUGUCAUACAGUCCAUACAAGAACAUACAGAGAAUUACCAAAUACAAUAGGUUUGUUACAACAGGUUAAUCUGUUAGUUUAAGGUGUAUCCACAGUGAAGUGUAGGGUUAUUUUAAGCCAUGAAAACGGCAGAUCUCUCUUAAAACGUAUUGGUGAUGGGGAAGUAUAGAAAGUGAGAGUAUAAAUAGCUUGUUAUUUUGAUGGCUAUAGUAUGCCUUUUAAUCAUUGUUAUAAGCUUUGUUCUUUCAACCCGGCAGUUGGCAUAGACAAAGUAUACAGCAAAUAGAGACCUCCUCUCCCCAGUUUUUGCCCUUGCUCUGCCUUCUCUGAAUGGGAUUCUCAUUUGUUAAAUAGUUACAUACAUUUAAGGGUGGGGAGGUGAACAGGCAUUAUAGAUUACGUUCAAUGUUCUAUUCAAUAGAAUAAAUUCCAGAAAGUUGAUAGCUCCCCUUAAUGUAGAACCUACCUGCAAAAUGGCUGGAACCUUGUUUUAAAUAUACUACAGAUUUGGGGGUUAGUCUAAAAAUCUGGCAUUGUACACACUAACUAAAUCUGCUUUUGGGGAGGUAUUUGAGCUUAACAGACUUUUUUUUUUUUUUUUUAACACUUAUAUUUUCUUUUCUUUCUAUGCAGGGAUUUGUCACCGAAAGAAAGAUCCGUCAAGCUGGUGUUAUUGACUGA